AUGUCAAUCAGUGGCCCGAGCCGUUCAGAUGUUCUAGAAGUCAGGCAGGGCUUCAACACUUAAUAUGACCAACCGCAUUCUUCUUUGGGCAGCUCACAAAUGAAAUUAUAAAAAAUACAAUCUCUUAAAAACAGCAGUUUUCAGUGUGAAAUCAUUGGGGGGGGGGGGGGAGAGAGAGACAGGAAAAAGAGCAGAGAACAGAUUCUUUCCUGUGCAGAGCAAUGCUGAGCAAGGCUGACACCUUGUGACCAAGUCAGUGUAGGGUCUCUGCCAAAACAACAAACGGUGUGGGUGCUUAGCCAUGCAGGAGAAUAUCUGCAUUUAUGUUCAAGUGUUCAAAGAGAUUCACGUACAUUACCUUGGAAUCUUUCCAAUAGCCCUGCAAGGUAGGUCAGUGCUUGGAUCCCCAAAAAGCAGGUUUUAAUUUUAUAUAUUUAUUUAAAUUUAUAUCCCACUUUCCUCCCCAUGGAAACCCAAGGCAAUGUGUAUGUGGUUCCUAGGUGGUCAGGCAUUAACCUGAUCUAGGUCAGCUUAGCUUCAGCCUUCAGACCAUAUCCUGGGAUAGUGCAGAUUAUGUUAGUCACUACUCUAUAAGAGUUUCAGGAGGGGAAAGUAGCAGAGUUUAAUUUAAGGGAAGCAAAUGAGAUAUCUAGAAGUAAAAGGUGCAGGUUAGGAGUGGAGAUUCCUGCAUUGUAGGCAGUUGGACUACAUGACCUUGGAGAUCCUUUCCAACUUUACAAUUUAUUGAUUCUAGAAAUCUGUUUUUCGGGAACAGCUGCUGUAGCUAAUAACGACUUGACAGGUAGAAAUUCAACAAGUGAGGCCUAAGAAGAGUCCUGCUGAAUCAGACCAUCUAUAUGUAUGUGGUUAUUAAACUAAAUAAUAAGAUAUGUUAAUUUGUCUCAUUUUCCCCCAAGCUCUGGCCUCCUAGGACCAGCUUAGUUCCAGCCUGGAGACAAGCACCAGGAUGCUUCCUUCACAGAAGGUGCGGGCAGGAGCGCCUUGGACAACUUUUUUAAAAAUGCAGGCUGGUCUAUGUAACCGUUCAGAUUCAUUCAGAUUGUCUGGUCUGAUCAUGUUAAUCGUAUAUCAACUGUUCUUAUGGUGUCAUACAUCUUAUUGUACAGUGGUACCUCGGGUUAAGUACUUAAUUCGUUCCGGAGGUCCGUACUUAACCUGAAACUGUUCUUAACCUGAAGCACCACUUUAGCUAAUGGGGACUCCUGCUGCCGCCGCGCAAUUUCUGUUCUCAUCCUGAAGCAAAGUUCUUAACCUGAAGCACUAUUUCUGGGUUAGCGGAGUCUGUAACCUGAAGCGUAUGUAACCCAAGGUACCACUGUAUAGGCUGCUGAUACUAUACUAUAUACACACACACACACACAAUGGCACCUUAAUAGUGAAGGGUACUUUUUUUAAAAAAUCAAAUAAUAAAAACCAUAUAUAUAUAUAUAUAUAAAAACACCUAAUAAUAAAUAUUUUUAAAACCCAAUGAUAAAUUAUAUUUUCUAAAAAAAAACCCAACUAAAUAAUAUUUUUUUAAAAAAACCUAAUUAAAUAAGUAUUUUUUUAAAACCUAGUAAUGCAUAAUAAAUAAAUACUAUUUAAAUAAAACACACCUUAAUAAUAGCUAAUAAGUAACACACAAUUUUAAAGACCUACUAAUAUGUAAUAAACAAACGAACAAAAACCAAUUAAAUACAUGGUAAGUAAUAUAAGGGCAGCUAACAUUUAGAAAGGCGGUGGCCUAAAAGUCCUCCCCGCCCCCAUUAACCCUUCCAUGGGAGCCUAGGCCGCCGUCCUUCGUCAUCACCAGCCGCCUUCCGUCGCCCGCGCCGCCCCUCUCCCCCGCACCCAGUGGUACUUCCCUCCCCUUUCCCAAAGGCCGCGGCGGGCGUCCCCUCCAUCCACAAAUGGACCAUUCCCCUCCCACCAACCCUCCUUCCCUCCCCGUCCGCCGCGUCGCGCGUCGCUCCGUCUGCCCGCCCCGUGCCGUUGGCGCCUGCGCAGUGGUGCCGCUGCCCUGAGGGGGGCUGUUUCUCCAGCUGGGCGACUGUUUACAGCUGCGGGGGGGGCGGGAGACUCGGCGUGCGGAGGAAGCGAGCGGAGGCCUGAAGGGGCGGCGGCGGUAGCUGGCGCUGGAGGAGCAGGUAAUCUUGAGGGGGCAAGGAGACCCCUCCCCCCUUCCUUCCUUUCUGUCAGUCUUGGGGGGGGGGCUCCAGGUCAUAAUAGGACCCCCCCCAAUCCCGUGACAAUGGCCGCCUCACCCCCGCCUGGCAGUAAAGGCCCCGGCCCUUUCUUCCCCCCUCUCCCCCCCCAGAUUGUUUACCACAACAGCCAAUGGGGUGCUUGCCCCGCCCCCCGCCCAGGUUGGGGGGGGUCUCCUCCUCCCGAGUCUCCUGUCUCCAUGGUGGUGCAGGGCCCAGAAAGGGCUUCCUUCUUGGGGGUUGGGUUGACAGGCACUUUGUUAUGGGGUGACACGCUUCCUCACCCUCCCCACCCCACCCCCAGUCACACACCCCACCCCAGACUCCAAGGUCAUGGUAGGGGGCUUUGGGGUGACCUAAGGGGGUGUGCUGGGGUGGGGUUGGGGGUGCCUCCUCCUCUGGAAGUGUCAAAAAAGACUAGCAGGCUUUGAAAGGGCUGGUACCUCUGGAUCAAGUACAGCAGCCUCUCCCGAAUUAAACUUGAGUGGUUUUAAUUGGGUUUUGAAUCGGCAUGCAAUUAACUGUUGCCGUUUCUUUCCCCCGGUUUUGUCGUGCUUGCUUGACUUAGCGGGUCCUGCAAAGUGCUGUUCUGCAUAAUGCUUUAUCUUUCUUUUUUUUAAUAGGGUAGGGUUAGGUUUCAUGGCACCGAGAAGAGGGAGGGCAGCCUGAAGAAAGUUUGGGAAGCCACUGGUAUAAACCAAGGCUGCAACCCCUACGCCUGCUAACCUUAAGAGUAAUCACAACUGGACACAGUGGGGUUUAUGUAAGGCUGCCGCUCAGUAUGUCUCCUUCCCCACCUGCCCCACGGAGCUGGAGCUAGCUGGUGGUUUGGCCUCUUUGCUUUGAAUGGUCCCUAUUCUGCCAUUGCCUAGAAUCAUAGAAUCAUAGAGUUGGAAUAGACCACAAGGGCCAUCGAGUCCAACCCCCUGCCAAGCAGGAAACACCAUCAGAGCACUCCUGACAUAUGGUUGUCAAGCCUCUGCUUAAAGACCUCCAAAGACGGAGACUCCACCACACUCCUUGGCAGCAAAUUCCACUGUCGAACAGCUCUUACUGUCAGGAAGUUCUUCCUAAUGUUUAGGUGGAAUCUUCUUUCUUGUAGUUUGGAUCCAUUGCUCCGUGUCCGCUUCUCUGGAGCAGCAGAAAACAACCUUUCUCCCUCCUCUAUAUGACAUCCUUUUAUAUAUUUGAGCAUGGCUAUCAUAUCACCCCUUAACCUCCUCUUCUCCAGGCUAAACAUGCCCAGCUCCCUUAGCCGUUCCUCAUAAGGCAUCGUUUCCAGACCUUUGACCAUUUUGGUUGCCCUCCUCUGGACACGUCCCAGUUUGUCAGUGUCCUUCUUGAACUGUGGUGCCCAGAACUGGACACAGUACUCCAGGUGAGGUCUGACCAGAGCAGAAUACAGUGGCACUAUUACUUCCCUUGAUCUAGAUGCUAUACUCCUAUUGAUGCAGCCCAGAAUUGCAUUGGCUUUUUUAGCUGUCGCGUCACACUGUUGGCUACACUGUUGGAGCCUACAGCUCCUCACAUAUCCGCUUUUACUCCAGCUUGCUUCUGGUGUUGCUGUAAUCAGUUUUUUAAAAUUUAUUUUAAGGCACCUUGUGAGCACUUGCCGUAAAAGACAGGGUGCUAUUAAGACAGCAACAGCACAAUCCUAACCAUGUCUACUCAGAAAUAAGUUCUACUGAAUUUAGUAGGGCUUACUCAUUACUCCCUGAUAAGUGAGGUGAGUGUUCCAGCCAAAAUGACAGCACUUGAGAAUUUCUCUGCUUUGGUUCACUUUCUCCCUUCUCCAAGUAAUUAGAAUAAAGGCUAUAAAAUCCCACCCCACACAUCUUGCUUACCCGCCAUGGGACUGGGGUCUUUCUACUCCUUCUCUCCUCCCCCCCCCCCCACCUUGAGGCUAGAACUCCAUAACUUCUUUCCCUCUCACUACACUUUUAAAAAUCCCUCUUCCCCCAUACACUGGGCCUGGCAGCCCUUUUCCCCUCUUUCCCCACUUUUCUUAUAAUAAAAAUACCCCAUAACUUCCUUUCCUCCCUUAUCGACCCCACCUCCACCAUAAAGUACCUGAUUCUUCCCAGCUUGGUAAUGGGACAAGCCAGCUCUUUAUCUCUCUCUUAUAAUGAGACCCCAUAAUGUGUAUCUUUCUAGCCCAACUUCCAAGAUAAUGGGCAUAAACCCGCAGUUCUUUUUCACUACUGUCUACACAAACUUGUGGGUCACCCUCUCAUAGUUUUCACUCUGCCACUGCAGUGCCUGGAGACAGGCAGUCAAGUCAUGUAUCAGUAGUGAUGACCAGAGGAGAAAUGACUACUGGGAAGAACAGAGAAAAGAAAAGGCGUGGUGCAGCUGCUGGAGCACAACUAGAUGCGUUCAUCUGCCCCAGCUGCAACAAAACAUGUCUCUCCUGUAUCGGUCUCUGCAGUCACAGCAGGCACUGCAACCUUCCAACAGCCUCAAAGGCAUAUUCCUCCAUUGUCUCCCAAGACAGAAGGAUGCCAACCGAAUUACUUUCUCCAGAGUAAUGGGUACAUUUUUUAAAUUUUGCUGUUAUCAUCCAUGGCUUUGUAAUAAUUCUCCCAACUCCAAGCCUCUCCAAUCUCCAAUGGAAGCUAAACAUUAAUAUUAAUAAUAGUAAUUAAAUUUAUAAGCCACCCUUCAUCUGAAGAUUACAAGGCAGUAUACAGCAUAAAAAUACAAAAUGAAAACACAAAAUACAUAUAACAACAACCACCAAUAACCCCCACCCACAACCACAUUUAAAAGACCAUAGAUUGCUUAAUCAGCCAAAGGCCUAGUUAUAGAGUUGCUACAUAACACAAAUUGGAGCUCAAUACACUCUGCUGCCACCUGGCUCUUGGCACUUUUCUGAUCUCUGCUGCAGAAGGGGAAAAGCCUACAGGUAAGGACAACCAAUGGAAGGUGUGAGAGCCAGUGGAUCUUAUUCACCUUCCCCAAGUCUCUCACUAGUGCCUGCAAACUCCUCCUCUCCUGGGCAUCCUGCCAAGGACAAGCUAUGCUGGUUCAAAAUGUAUUGCUCUGGGGAGCCCAUUGGGGUGAGUGUUCUGCUGAGAGGCAGUUUUCUCCUGGGACUGUGACCCAAAGUCACCCCUUGGACCACAACAACUGUUUGCAUUCAGGCAGAUUCUCCUAUCUGUGUUUUUCAAUGCUGAGUAAGGUUACCACUCCCACAAAAGUUCCUCUGAAACUCUAUACAUUUAAAUGGUUCUCCCCUAUGUAGGUUCUUUGCUUAUGAAGCUCUUUCCACAUACAGCACACUUAAAUGGUUUCCUCCUGAAUGUGUCCUUGGUAAACCCUCUCUUGUGAGAAUGGGUUACCAUAAUAUUAGUUCUUUGUAUUUCCAGCCCAAGCCUCCAGAGCAAUGGGUGCAGUCCCUCAAUCUUUCUCACUACUUCUCCCUAGCCUUAUGACAGUGGGAUGAUGCAGCCAGCCCCCCUACUCCUUUUGAUAAUAAGACCACCUAAUGUUACCACACCAUCUCAGGGGCAUUCGGGUCGAAAACAGGGAUGGCCCUCUAGCUGUUAUUGCUCUCCCAUUUCUCAUCAGCACAACCCAGUAUAACCACUGUUCAGAGACAAUGGGAGUUGUAGUGCAGCACAUCUUGAAAGCCAUAGGUUUCCCACCCCGCUCUAAAAUUUCACUCCUCCUCCCCCCCCCCACCUGCUUCUGACACUGCACAUGAAGUUCUUUUACAAUAAAGGACUGAUUGAACCUGCCCCGAAGAUACUUGAUAGAGAAAUGCUUACUAUGGCAUUGAAAUCUGGGGCUCUGAUUUGAACGCCAUUAAAGUUUUGGAAACUGCAGAAUAAUGUUUUUCAAAAGCUAUACUCAGGAAUUUCAGCAGUGCUUCCUCGUACAGAAUAAUAAUAAUAAUAAUAAUAAUAAUAAUAAUAAUAAUUUAUUUAUUUAUACCCCGCCUAUCUGGCUGGGUUUCCCCAGCCACUCUGGGCGGCUUCCAACAAAAUAUUAAAAUACAGUAGUCCGUCAAACAUUAAAAGCUUCCCUAAACAGAGCUGCCUUCAGAAUCCAGGUGGUCAACAAUUAAAGGCAACAGCGGACUACACUCAGUUAAAGCAUAUUUUUAAAAUUGCUAUUAUGUCUAUUGAGCUUUUCCCUGCACUGUGCUUUAUUGAGUUGGGUGAUAACAAACCCUGGAAAGCAGCUUGUCAACAUGUUUUAGACUGUUAUUAUUUACCAGAGCUGAGCUCUGCUUUGACCUUGAAUAAGUGUCAGCUAAGGGAUUUGCUCUCCUGGAUAGAAUCUAGAAGGGACCUGCAACUAUUUAGAGACACCGUAUUUCCUCCUUGGUAUCUGUUCCUGAGAACAAAGCAUUUUGAGCUAAUUAUCUAACCAAACUUUCACCAGUUUCCUUAAGAAAUGCUUAUAUUGGGCUGCGUUUCCAAGUGAUGCCCUCUGCAGUCUCGGAUAGUCUCUACAACAAGGUCCCAUAUGCAGACAGACUUUGUAUUUAUAGUCAGUCUCAGGUGGAAGACAUCACUCAUUAUCUUUUAGCCUGUCUCUUAUAUAGUGAUCCAAGAGAUUUCUUUCUAAAACCUUUGGUCCCACAAGCAAGCAGUCACACACCUUGACAGAAAUGGUUUGGUUUCUUUUGAGUGACAGUAAUAGCUUCAUAACAAAUAGUGAUCCUCUAUGCUCUGGCUGCAGGGGAAAAAAUAAUUCAGCAAAAAGGGGUCACUAUAAAUUUAUGUGAUGAUUUGGAGGUUUGAUCAGAAAUCAAGCUGGGUUUUCAGUUUGUUGGUGUCUCUGGUAACUUCUCCCCCUUACAUAAUGGAUGCUGGCAAACUGGAUUUUAAAAAGGCAAAAUAAUACUAGAAUUGGAGUUGUCAGAGGUGCACAAGGGAAAAUGUGUUUUAAUGAUCAGGAACUUGGCAGAGUGUUGCAGAUUUUUAUAUUAUGAAUGUAUUCUGUUUAUUAUUACUAUUGCUUAAUACAAGUUUGUCAUGGCCUUUGGCUAGAGCCAUAAACUUACGAAGUGAAACAGUAUUCACCCACAGUUUACCUCCAAUAUCACUGAUGGUACAAGCAUUGUGUCCUGCUUUAGUCCUAGGGACUCUUAGUUAACUGUUGCAAUGAGAGCUGCUGUAGAAGUUUAUCAGUAAAUGCAAAUUUCCCUCUUUCACCCAUUACGAUAUGGCCUUAUCCGUCACCAUUUCUAGAAUAAACGAUGAAGGUUCGUCCUGGUCUACUGAAAAUGUUACUAUUGGCUUUGAGAUCUGAACUUUGAUCAUUAAAAGUAUUUCAUUUUUCCAGGUGGCAUCCAGUGAGUAUCCAGACACACGUGCAAAGUUCUGUAACUCCACCUAAUUAUUUGUACCUGUCAGAGCUGCUUCCAGAUCCUAGCUCACAGAGGAUCACGCUAGCCAGCGAUCAUUAAACAAAAGUCUUUAUUGAGUUACAGUUUCCAUUCUCAAACUGCUGCGUGCAACUCUACGUCUCAUGGUUAGACCGGCGAAGCUCCGUCUGAGUCUCCGCCCCUUGUACACCAACUUAAUAUCCUAGCCCUGCUCCACCUUUUCCGCCUGACUGUUCUUCUCUGGGUCCCUCUGCCCCCUGGGGUCUCUUCUUUCCGGGAUUCCUCUGACGCUGACGCUGACCCCCCUGACUCUUCUCCCUCCUUUCGGCGGGCUUUAGGACCUGGCUCCCUUUCCGGGCUGCCUACUGUGCCACCUUCCUGUGCAUUUGAACAGGCGCGCGCGCCCAACCUUCCACCUUCCGUCUGACCGUUUCUUCGCUCCCUGAUGGAGGUGUGGCCACUCCUGACUCGUGCCCUCCCCCCUGUUGUGAGCUGCCAGCGCUUGAUCCCUGGCUCCCUUCCUCUUCCCUGCUCUCUGGCGGUGACGCUGGUCCCGAUUUCCAACUGCUCCCCUCUGAGUCCCCUCUGGCUCUAUCUUCCUGGGGCGUCCCCUAGGCUCCCCCUUGCCCUGGCCACUGGUGCUCCUUUCUGUGAAUCUUCUGAUUCACUGGAAAGACUCGGAGAUCUCGGGUCGUCGUCAUCACUCAUCUUUUCUUCUGCCUCCUCCCCCUCGCUCUCUGUUUCCUCCCUUGCCCUUGCCUCUGCUCCUGAACCCCUGACAGUACCAUUCAGCAUCCUGGCCUUUAGUCCACAUAACAGUGUUUUGGUUCCGUAUCUACGCACGAGGCACGGGGCAGCUGCCAGCGGCUAUAAUUCUAGUGCCAGAAAACAAAUGGAAUGCACAAAUCAUUCAGUGGCUCUAAUGCAUUUUGAAUCCAGGGUGUCUGAAGCAGGUCUUGGCUGCAAAAGGAGCAUUGCUCUGUGUUGUGGGAAGACUAUUCCUUACCACCCGCCACCCUCUCUCCCUGUGCUACACAGUUCCUCUGUGUUAGGGCAACGUAGACAGGAGACUCUGUUUUCAGCAAGUGUGCCCUGGGUUGGCCGCAAACCAAUUCUCUCUUGUAGUGGUAGAACAGAGCAUGCAGAGGCAUGCUAAUAGCCCUGUGACUGGACUGCAGCCAGGUCAGAUGGCAGCUGCCUUGUGUUGGGGUGCUUUUUGACUUUGUGAUCGUGUUGCUUUGUGAAGAAUGGAAAGCAAAUGGGGUGGGGGGAGAGGUUAAGCCUCUUCUAUUGUGGGUGUAUGUAAAUAAGGCCUAAGCUGUAUUAAAGGUCAGAAGGAGAAAGCUGGAAAGAGGUGCUUUCAAACUUAAAUCACCCUCGGGAUGCUGUUGGGAGGUUAGCUCUCCAUGCCUGGAAUAUUUUCUGCAGCCAAAUACUUCACACUGAAUAGGAAUUCCUAGACUCUGUUAGGUUUCUCUUUUCUAGAAAGCAAGUUAGUCCCUUCACAGCUGGAGGUACACGUUUUGAUAAUGUGAGGAUUGUAUGUUACCACCUUAAUUUUUACAAUCAUACCUCGGGAUGAAUACGCUUCAGGUUAAGCAUUUUUGGGUUGCACUCCGUGGCAACCCGGAAGUAACGGAACGCGUUGCUUCCGGGUUUCGCUGCAUGCGCAGAUGCUCAAAAUGACAUGUGUGGAAGCGGCAAAACGCAACAUGCACAGACGCGCAGUUGCGUGUUACGUUCGCUUCAGGAUGCGAACGGGGCUCUGGAACGGAUCCUGUUUGCAUCCAGAGGUACCACUGUACUGCACAAUUAUUGUGCCUGGCGCUUUACCGAGCAACACAGGCCAGUGCCGGAAAGAACAAGACAGGCCCUUGCCCCAAAGAACUUCCAAAUUAAUUUCAACAGGAAGACAAAUGAAGGUAGGGGAGCUCUACCGAAAUAUAAGCAAAGUCUUUGGGCUGUGUUUCUGUUGAGGAAAAAGUAAGUUUUUCGAAGGAUUUGACUGCCACCAAUACGCUGACUAAUGCCUGUAGUGUUCAUAUGCCAUAUGCAUUGAAUACCAGUUAUUGGGGGUAAAGGAGAGAGUUAAUAUCUUCAUGCAAUGCUUCUGGGCUUCCCAGCAACAUCAGUCUGGCUGGCCAUUGGAAAAUGCAACUCUGGACUAGAUGCAGCAGAGGCUUCUUGCGCUGGAUGCCCUCUUGGUUCUUCAGGUAUCUGCUGGACCAGUUAAUCAACAACUAGAUUGGUCAGAAGGCCAGUCUGGGGAAGAAUGCAGAAGCAAAUGGCCAAGUUAUCAUCCCUUUUACCUCUUUGUCAACAUAUACAUAGUUAGCAGAGGCUGAAAUCUCAUCCUGGCACUGAGCCUUUCCAGAAAGUAGAAAGACAUCAGGCCCUGGGCACUUACACCUCUAAAGGCAACCAGGAGGAGCUUGUAUGGGGCUUAAAGUUACAAAUUUAGCUACUACAGGGGCAUAGGUGGGGGUGGGCCACUUGAUGGUCAUCCCUGAAUCAAAUAGGUCUCAUGGAAUACUUCUAUUCUGUUCCUGCCUUAACUCCUCUAUUGCCCAAAGGGUAUCUGUGCUAAAGAGAUUACACUGUCUCGGUGUCAAAUUCUGAGCACAGUCAAAUAUGCAGUUUAUAGUCAAAACAUGCAGAUAAGCAGGCAUAUACAAACGGAGGAAUGCAUUGUGCAUAAAUUUUAAACUCAAUGUGUGCAAAGUCUGGUUUACUUUUGUGGUAAUGAGUCUGAGCAUUGCUGAUGAGAAUUGUUUCAAAGAUGCUCAAGAUUUCUGCAAGGAUGAUCAUAAUCUCCUGUGCCUUGGUUACAUUUUGCAGUACCUUCUGGUGCUGUUCCUAAGUUUUUGAUGUGCACGGUUGAAACGUUGUUUCUGCUGAAUACAUGCAACAAUGAAGCUGAGGCAGAGCCUUCUAAAGCAGGAACAAACACUGAAUUUGCCGCUUCUGCAGUUCUUGCCAGAAAAAGCACUGUAAAUAAAAAUUCAUGUUGUGCUCUUCCAGUAUGAAAUGUUAGCUGUCUGUAGAGAAAAAUGAGACAGCUUUGGCAUUGCAAAUUAAGUUAUUUCCCAUUAGAACCGGUUCUUUUAAAAAGGGCUGGUAUUGUUCAAAGAUUGUUGCAUAUUAUAUUGUGGUACAGAUCACUGCAAUGAUCUCCAAAUUGCUCUCUAACCCCACUACCAUUCACCUCUGGGUGUUGGUGUGGUGUUUGUACAUUUGCCUUAACAGUAAGGUUUUGGUUUGAGUCUGUUUGCCAUCCCUCUGGUAUAUUUUGUUUAUAACUAGAGCUACAGCCUCAGUUGAUUAUAAGGCUGGGAGCCAAGGUACUACUUUAAGGGCAUGCCAGGUUCACCUAGGAGGAUUUUUGACUAUUUCUAUUUUAGCUUUUAAGUCAAAUUGCUAUUUUCUAAUUGGCCAGCUGGCCACACUAAGGCAGACAUUUGCCCUUCCAUCUUCUUCUUCUUCCCUUAUGCACAUUAAUACAAAAGGCUGUAUUUUCUCUGUAAAGCAGGCAUUUGUGUAGGUCUACAUGGAGUCUUAUGCAUAUUUUUCUUACCAACACAGUCUGCCUUGUGCAUGUGUUCAGGCAUGCACACGUGGCUCAGUUUGGAGUCUGAUUUUCUCAGGGUGUUGUUGUUGUUGUUGUUAUACCCCGCCCAUUUGGCUGGGGUAUAAAUUAUUAAAGAAUGUCUCUUUAAGAGCCAAGUGAGGCUUACAUGGGAGAUCUGAAGGGGUUCUGUUUGACAGUCCAUCUCAUUUGCAAAGUUCUCCUUCCAGCAAACUGCAGUGAACUAGCACAAAGGAGACCUGUGUUUUCUUCCACAUGCAAGCAAGCACCUCCUAGUUUGGAGCAAGUUGCUUCAUCAGGUAAUCUCCAGCAACAGGAGUGGUCAUUUGGGAUGUUUUUGGAGUAAUGCCCACCCAGCCAUUCUUGAUUUAGGCUGCAAUCCUAACUCUACUGGCCUGAAUUCAAUAAGGCUUCAAUAAGACAUGCUUUAAGUUUGCACUGUUUGCGUUCAUCCCAAGAACCCUCCUUGAUCCAUUGUCCAGUGGUGGCACUUAGAAAACCAAUAUGGUAGGGAUAAGGAAUCUGACCCGCCAGAUGUUCUUGGACUCAUCAGCAUGGUCAGUAGUCCAACAACCUCUGGAGGGCCACAGAUUCCCCAUCCGUGCAGCAUGGGGUUAAGAAGUAGGCUCAAGAAGCCUCAAGAAAUGUGAGACCAGACCUGUUGUGAUACAUAGGCUUGAGGUCUCGCCAAUCCUCCUCUUCUAAGAAAUGUUCAAAGUUCCUCCAUGCAGUAUUAGUGCUUUUCUGCUCUGAAUGUUGGCAAAAGGCAGAAUAUGCUUCGGUGUGGGGAAUGCAAUAUAGAACUAUCCAGAAUCCAUGAUGUUUCCAUAACCAGAAGCAGCUUCACAGAACAGCUGACAACACAAUAAAAAGUGUCCAGAAGGUUCACUGGUAUAUCAUAUCAAAGGGUUUUUCUGCUCUAAUAAAUAUGCAUAUGUAUUUGAAAUCCCCCAGAGCAAAAAAGGAGAGCAGUAACUGGUGAUGUUUGUAUAUGUGAAAGUGAUUUUGGUUCUGUGUCUUUUGACAUGCAGGAUAUGCUCUACAGUGCACUUAGCAUCAACUGGACUUUUGUACUUGAGCAGUUUUCUUUGACUGGUGCAGUGACUUUCUCCUUUUUUCCUCCUCUGCUCUCCAGAAUUGGUUUUUGAAUUUGUUAGCGUGGACAAUGGGAGGUGCUGUGAGCGCAGGAGAGGACAAUGACGAGCUAAUUGAUAACCUGAAAGAGGCUCAGUACAUCCGGACAGAGCUCGUGGAGCAGGCCUUCAGAGCUGUCGACCGGGCAGACUACUACCUGGAGGAGUUUAAGGACAAUGCGUACAAAGACUUGGCAUGGAAGCACGGGAACAUCCACCUUUCUGCUCCCUGCAUUUAUUCGGAGGUCAUGGAAGCCCUGGAUCUGCAGCCUGGGCUUUCCUUCUUGAACCUGGGAAGUGGCACUGGCUAUCUGAGCUCCAUGGUUGGGCUCAUCUUGGGUAAGUGACUCUUUUGAUCAGCUAAAUGAUCCCUGCAACUCUAGUUUCUUACUGUGUGGGGUCAACACAUAUUCUUAUCACUGACAGUACGGUGGGCGCGUUUAACCUGUGGGCAUGUUUUGAGGAGAAGAUUAAGAACAAACAUAAUACAGUGGACCCUCUGGAUACGAAUUUAAUUCAUUCCGGGGGUCCGUGCACACCCCGAAAAAUCCGUAUACAGAGGUGCCGCUUCUGUGUGCGGCGUGAUAGAGUGCUUCUGCGCAUGCGCUUCUGCAUAUGUGCGUGAUGUGCAGAGCGCUUCUGUGUGAGUGGCAAAACCUGGAAAAAUACUUUCGGGUUUGCUGCUUUCGCAACCCGAAGUUUACGUUACUCAAGAGUAAUUUAACCCGAGGGUCUACUGUAGUGGUCUUCAAAUAUCUGAAAGGCUGCCCUGUCUUGCAGAAGGUAGAGCAGGCUUGUCCUCUGUUGCUCUAAGAGGGCAGGACAACCUACGGAGUGGAGAUUGCAAGGUGGCAAGUUUCAGUAGAGCUAUUUGACAGUGGGACAGGGUGCUUCAGGACAGGCUCGACUCUCGGCCAAGACCGGACAGCCAUCUAUCUGAGAUGCUGUAGUUGCUUCCAGCAUUGAGCAAGGGGUUUGGAUCACAGCUGUCAACUUUUCCCCUUUUUUAAAGGGAAAUUCCCUUAUUCCGAAUAGGAUUCCUCGCAAGAAAAGGCAAAAGUUGACAGCUAUGGUUUGGAUAGUUGUUGUUUUUAGUUAGUUAGUUAGUUAGAAGAAGAAGAGUUUGGAUUUGAUAUCCCGCUUUAUCACUACCCGAAGGAGUCUCAAAGCGGCUAACAAUCUCCCCCACAACAAACACUCUGUGAGGUGAGUGAGGCUGAGAGACUUCAGAGAAGUGUGACUGGCCCAAGGUCACCCAGCAGCUGCAUGUGGAGGAGCAGAGACACGAACCCGGUUCACCAGAUUACGGAUCCACCACUCUUAACCACUACACCACACUGGCUCUCACACUAACUAACUGGUUAGUUAGUUAGUUAGUUUAUGUACUGCCCUAUACUCAGGGCGGUUCACAGAAUAAAAUCAAGAUAUAAAACCACAAAGUACAUAAAAAAAACCCAACCCAAUAGCCCCUCCCCACAAAACAAAAACACAUUUUAAAAGGGCAUAGGAUGCAAAUCAGAUCAACCCAAGACCUGGUUUAAAAGAAAUGUUUUUGCCUGGCGCCUAAAGGGGUAUAAUGAAGGUGCCAGGCGAACGUCCCUAGGGAGAGUAUUCCACAGACAGGGAGCCACUGCAGAGAAGGCCCUGUUCUCGUGUUGCCACCCUCCAGACCUCUCGAGGAAGGGACACACGAAGGAGGGCCUCAGAAGAUAAUUCUCAGGGUCCGGGUAGGUACAUUUGGAAAGAGGCAGUCCUUGAGGUAUGGUGGUCCUGAGCCAUUUAAGGCUUUAUAGGUCAAAACCAACACUUUGAAUUGGGCCCAGUAACUAAUGGGUAGCCAGUGCAGUCGGACCAGGAUCAGUGUAAUAUGCUCAAACCUCUUAAGAUCUCUCCCAUCUUCAUGACUCCAUAUUCUGCUCUUCUGUGGGGUCACUUCAGACAGAAGAUGGUCAGUAAAUCAUCUUGCACAUCAAAUGAAAAGCACAGCACAGGUGGUUGCCUGGCUUUCCAAAUUAUGUGUGUAUGCGUGUGUUCAGGAACAGCCUGAGCACCUUGCUGCACAUUUAUUAUUUAUUUAGAGCAUCUUUACCCAGCCUUUCAGCUUUAAAAAAUGCCAGGGUGGCUUACAACACACUUUGAAAUCAUUAAAAAUGGAACAGUUAACAAGCAAUGAAAGAAUAAACAGCCUUUUAUCCGGCAGCUGAGUCUUUGAGAGUACCCUUCUCCUCUCCCUUUCCCAAUAAAAAUAACCUGCGUUCAACAAGUUCCUUUUUUCAAUUACAACAUUUUAUUUAUUUUCAUUUUUAAUGCAUCCUUCCUCCAAGAAGCCAAGCGUUGCACGCAUGCUGCCUCCCCUAUAACUUCACAACAACCCUGUGGGGUAGAUUAUGCUGAGAGUGUUUAACUAUCCUGUGAGUUUUAUGACUGAGCAGCUAUUUGAAUCCAGGUGGUCUCACUCGUUAAGCCCAACACUAAUUGCUACACUGCAUUUUCUGUUGAAGUUUGUUCCUAAAUACGACUGUGUGUGCUCUCUUCCUCUCUCCAUCCCAUCCCACCCACCCUUCCAUUUUUCAGCAGCAAUAAUAGCUUAUAGAAGGGAGUCAUCAGCAAUAAACAAUUGGGGCAAGCUACAACUGUGCCAGUUAUUUUCUGGAGUUCAAAAUUAGCGCUUGUUUUUGUUUUUUAGCUUUCAGUGUAACUGCUGAAUGGCAGGGGUGUAUCUAGAAGGGCUUAAGCACCAUUCUUUUAGAUUCCGAAGAUGGACCCUGAAGCAGUUCCCAGGGUGCAUAGAUGUGAAAAUGUUUGCCUAACCGGAUCAUCCAUGCAGCGUGCCUCAUUGCUGGCCCCGUACUCUGCUUCCAGGGUCAUCAGUUAGGAUGGUGCACUUGGGCAAAACGUUUUCACACACAUAUGCCAUGGAAACUGCUCCAGAGCGAUCCUGCAGAUGCAAAAUAUUGUGAAAUUUCAAUGAGCAGAGAAAAAUCUGGAUUUUGCAUUGUUGAGCGGACUCUCCUAAACUUGAUGCUUUACUCCCUUGCUCAGAGAAAAACAGCUGUGGUCCCCUGCCCUUGAAAUCCCCAUCAACUGUUGCUGUGCUUCACUCAUUUUUCAUGCUCCACUUCAUAUUGUAGCACAGCAGUAAAUAAAACCAGGAAUGGGUGGUUGGCAGCUUGUCAUUUGCCCCCCCCCCUUCGAGAAACAGCCUUCUCUAAUGGUGUUAUGAAGCUCUAAGAAUGGAAGUAAAUGCAAAACCCACUGGAGGAGAUUCUUGCUUAGUUGGGUCAAAAUAUGUUGGUGUAAAUGACCUUCUGGUCUAGAGAAAUGGGAGAGAUUUGUUUCCUCUGGAGAAACAGAGGGCAGGUAAACAGAAGCUCUUGGGAGGACUGCCUUUGAGCCCAUUAAUUGUAUGGGAAGGUAACUUUCACUAAAUAUACCAUCCGUAAGCAUCUUAACAGAAGUCUCUGAAUGCAUUUCUCCAAGGUUUUGAAUAUGCUUUGCUAAUAACUUGAAAAUAAGGUAAGCUUACCAAAACAAAAAAGCCAUGUAAGAGCCAGGUGUUGGAUUGGCCAAACCCAAACUUGCACAUCUUUUGUUUCAGAUGUAUUUUCUCAUGCUCCCUUGGUGGUUUUCCUCUCACUGGCAUCCGUUCCUCCCUGCCUAUUACUUUUACUGAGAUGUGGGACUUAUUUUGUAGCCAUUCAGUUCUACAGGUUGGGUGGUUUAUGCUAGUAACCAGCUCUCAAGUUUUGAGGAAUUUGCUUUGUAUCUGCGCCUUAAGAGAAGAUCAAAACCAGCUCAGAGUCUGAGCAAAGCUUUUUGGAUUCAUUCUGGUUCUCCAUCCAGUUGUUUUUCAAAUGUUUUUUCCCCUUGCAUUCCCUAAACAUAUGCAGGCCCUUUCGGCGUUAACCAUGGCGUAGAGCUUCACUCUGACGUUAUAGAAUAUGCAAAGCAGAAGCUGGACUUCUUCAUCAGAACCAGUGACAGCUUUGACAAGUAAGAUUGGACAUGCCUAAUUUGCAUUUAAACUGACUUCCAGAACAGAUUGUAGCAAUCUAGGUGGUAACUCCUAGUUAGCAGCAUACGGUGAGUUCAAGAUGCAUAUGGGUGUCUUGCAUAUGCAAUAUUAGGUGCUAGGACGCAGAAAGAAAUCGAGAACAGUUCUGUCUUCCACUCUUGCGGAUUUUACAUACCUGAUACAUGCCCGAGCUUAGAAACAAAAGCAGUUAGUUGGGUUCACUCUAGAAAUUUUAUUCAGGUUCUUUAUGGUACAUUACAAAGGAAUGCAGUUUUUGAAAAGGCUUCUGAGAUAAAACAAUGCAGUGGGUGAAGUUUUUAUUUAUUUAUCAAUAUUAAAAUUAAGAUUUUAAUCAAAUCUCUAAGUGGUUUACAUAACGUAGUAUAAAAUAUUGAUUAAAAAUAGCUUUAAAAACAGAUUUUAAAACAGUAGACAUAAUUAAAUUAUCAAAAUAUAGAUAAAGCCAGCAUUUUCUUUUUCUUUUAUCCCCCAGUUUUAUUUAUUUAUUAACAUUCUUCUAUUACAUUACAAAUAUAAUAAGCUCUGUAAUGUAAUAUGACAAUGUUUACCAAGCAUUUUCAAAAAACAAAUAUACAGAAUAAAAAUUACGCGUCAGGGUAAGCUUGCCUAAAGAAAUAAGUUGUUUUUCAUACAACCCAAAACUUGCUUUUCCAUCGGGAAAUUGACAUUGUGGUUUCACUGGGCAAGAAGGAGGGAUAUACACCACGCUGCAAACCAAACAUGCUUUUACUGCUGGACCCCCAUCCCCAAGGAAAGUGUACUUCUGGGAGAAGGCAGGAAGGAGCCAUAACCCAGUGGCAGAGCACUUGCUUUGUACACAAGAGGUGUAGGUUCUGUCUCUGGCAUCUCCAGUUAAAAUUAACUUAUAUGGCUGGGAAAGAGCUCAACCUGAGACUCUGGAGAGGUGCUGCCAAUAGUAGACAAUGACGGCUCACAGUCGCGUUGGUGGGUGGUUUUUGCAACCCAGCCCGGGCUCCCUGGCCUCCGGAGCCAUGCCAUAAAAGCCUGCCAUUGCUCCAUCCCUGGGCUGGCUGCAGAGGCUGCAGUGCUCCUGCCUGGCCUUGGUUUAAAUCAGCCAAUCGACGGUGGCCUGGGGGCGGAGCAAAGACCAGGUAAGGAGGCUACUGCCUGCACUGGCCAUUCAGUCGUCUCAGAGCAUCGUGGAGAGAGGUCCAUCGUCAGGACGUUCUGGAGGUAGUUGAUUGGGAGCAAGGGAGCUGGGAAGGGACCGGGGACAGUGGUGGAAGGCAUGGGGGGCUGGCUUGUAGCCCACAUAGAGGAUGCAGCACAGUGGCUCAGGGUGGCAAGGUUGGACGUUUUUGUUUGGGUUAGGUCCAUAAGUUAUCUCGUAGCCUUGGUAUCUUGCCCUUUUUAGUUUUACGAUGCAGUGUUGGGGGUUUUUUAAAUACUGGUUUUGAUAGACCAACUGUAUAAGAAGGUAAAUUGCUCAUUUCGGCCCCAGCUACCUUAGAAAACUGUGUUUGCCAAGUUUCCAUAACAGUAUUCCAAAAUGGCAAAGUUUGCAGUUCUGGAAUGUAUUGGCCAUAUACUUUGCUUGCCUCGAUAUUAAAGGAUUGAUAUUUUAAUAUGUGGGGGCUUAGAAGCUCCAGCCUGUGAAAUACUUGUGCCAUCUACAAGCAUCACUCACUUCUCAGGUUUGAAUUCUGCGAGCCUUCUUUUGUCACCGGCAACUGCUUGGAGAUCUCUCCAGACUGCUCUCAAUAUGACCGUGUCUACUGUGGUGCGGGAGUCCAGAAGGAGCAUGAAGAUUACAUGAAGAACUUACUGAAAGUUGGUGGGAUCCUCGUGAUGCCAUUGGAAGAAAAGGUUUGCUUGUGGGACGGCAGGUCCUCUCAUUCCUAUGUACCAUUUACCCCUUGCUUUUUGCAGUGAGCUCAAUUCACCAAAUUACCAGCUGUGUGGCAGAAAGGGGAGAGGGUUCAUUUUCAAGGCUGAGAAAUAGGCCAUCUAUUCUUGCUAUCAAGAGGUGAUUCAUCUUAUGUUUUUGUUCUCAAACGCAGCUGACAAAGAUAACACGAACUGGCCCUUUGGCCUGGGAGACGAAGAAGAUCUUAGCUGUUUCCUUUGCUCCUCUGAUCCAGCCCAACCACGCAGAUUCGGGGAAGUCAAAACUUGUUCACUUGCGUAAGUGUGCCACUUAUCUAUGCACCUUCUCUAUUUGUCUGUUUAUUUGUUGGGUUGGGCUGUGCAAGGCUCAGAGAGACAUUCCUCAGAGGUGGGCACUCUUUGCCAUAGCUUGCAGUCUGACUUGCCCUAGGCUGUGCACUUUCUCACCAUGGAAACAGGACUCACCCAGCAUUCAGUUCUGCCUGUGUGUGCUCAUGCUGGUGAUAUCAUCACUGCAUUGGCUAGCAUGGAGGCACCAGUUACACAGCAACUUAUGUGGUGACCUGCCCCACUUUGAGAAUGGCACAGAUUAGCCAGCUGCCGGCUUUGCUGGCAAAAUCUGUGGCAAAGCUGCUGUGCUCUCUUGACUAACGGUCAGUUUCUUCCAGCCAUUAUUAUUAUUAUUAUUAUUAUUAUUAUUAUUAGAAUUUAUAUACAGUGGUACCUCGUGUUACAUACGCUUCAGGUUACAUACGCUUCAGGUUACACACUCCGCUAACCCAGAAAUAGUGCUUCAGGUUAAGAACUUUGCUUCAGGAUAAGAACAGAAAUCGUGCUCCAGCGGCACGGCGGCAGCAGGAGGCCCCAUUAGCUAAAGUGGUGCUUCAGGUUAAGAACAGUUUCAGGUUAAGAAUGGACCUCCAGAACGAAUUAAGUACUUAACCCGAGGUACCACUGUACCACCCUAUACCCGGUGGUCUCAGGGUGGUUCACAGAAUCAAGAUAUUAAACCACAAAAUACCUAAUAAAAAUAGAAACAACAAGCCAAUAGCCCCUCUGCCACAAAAAAACCCACAUUUUAAAAGGGCAUAGGAUGUAAAUCAGAUCAACCAAACGCCUGGUUUUUGCCUGGUGCCUAAUGGUGUAUAAUGAAGGCGCCAGGCGAACUUCCCUGGGGAGAGCAUUCCACAAAAGGGGAGCCUCUGCAGAGAAGGCCCGUUCUCUUGUUGCCAUCCUCCGAACCUUUCAAGGAGGAGGCACACAAAGAAGGGCCUCAAAUGGUGAUCUCAGGGUCCAGGUAGGUUCAUAUGGAAAGAGCCAUGAUCUGAGGAAGUGUGCCUGCUCUUUAGUCCAUGCCAGCCAAGGUCCUACGCUUCUUACUCUUCCCUCUCUCACAUUUCCAGCACCAGUGAUGGUCCGCACGCUUCAGGACCUUGCACGCAUUGCUAUCCGCAGCACCAUUAAGAAGCUGAUUCACCAGGAAACGGCGGGCAGAAACGGCAACGGCCUCAGGAACCCGCCGAGGUUUAAACGAAGGCGCAUCCGCCGCCGCCGCAUGGAAACCAUCGUCUUCUUGGACAAAGAGGUCUUUGCCAGCCGGAUCUCCAACCCCUCCGACGAUAACAAUUGCGAGGAGUUGGAGGAGGAGGAGAGCAAGUUGGAAGAGGUGGAAAAAGCUGUCCCUGAACUGAAGCCCGAGCCUCCUAUAAAUGUCCUGAGAGAGAAGGUCUUGAGUCUGCCUCUGCCUGACCCUUUGAAAUAUUACCUGCUUUAUUACAGAGAGAAAUAAAGGUCACUGUCAGCAUCAAGCAGAGAGGUAGGCAGGACAAUAAAACAACUCAGUAGGGCUUGACAGAUGUAUGCCACUUGCUUGCCUGUUAAUGUGACCACGCAUGGUGGUAAGCUGGCCGGGGGAUCGUGGCUGCCGUGUACUUAAAAUGUGAUAGCAUUUUUCAGAUUCCUUCCCUUGGUUAGUGUGCUCCAGUUUUGUCCUACAGCAGAGCUUCCUCGGUUGGGGGUGGGGGGGUGGGGGCAGGCUGGCAGCAAAGCGUUCAGCUGCUUACUGAAAUGAGGGUCUCAUUCGGUAGCGGAGGGAAACCAACUUUGCCGAGACAUCUCUGGAUUUCUCAACUAUUGUUUUUUGCCAGGUGGCGGUUUCAGAAUCAUUUUGGGCAGCACCCAAACAAGUUGCUUCACCCUAAAAGUGGAAAUCAGGAAGAAGACAGACUCACACCCACAAAGCCUGGUCUCCUCCAAAAGCCCACAAAAAAAGCACAAUUUUACAAAAAAAAAAGUACAAAGUUGUGGGUUUGGUGUAUGUGCGAUGCCCAGUUAAAGCUGUUGUUUUUAAAUCAGCAGGGGCUUGGUUUAGGCAAACACUUUUUUUUACAAGGGAGGUUACCCUCUAAGAGUAUCAAUAUGGCCUCCUAAAAAACUCAUUAACAGAAUUCCUAUUUGAUAGGAGAGAGAGAAAUGGGCAUUGUGAGGUUGAAACAGAAAUAAUUAAGAUGCAGUGCUUUAUACUGCAAAACUCACUUUCUCUCUCUCUCUCUCUUUUUUUUUUUUUUUUUUUUUUUGCUUUUGACUUGAUGGCAUGAAGAACUUGCUGGGCUCAUCCAGUUUGUGGUUACAUUCUCUGAAAGGAUAUUAAGUGGUUAGGGAGAGCAGUAGAGGGGGGAGGAAGUGCAGAGACUGAUUAGUAUUUAAAAAGCCAUCAGACCUGUCUGAAGGUCUGUUUCAGGAGUGCUGAAUCGGGUAUGUAAUGUUGACAGCUGUCAAGUUCUUUUUUUAAUUGGGGUAAGCACCUCAUCACUUGGAAGGUGGUUCUUUUUUUUUUUUCAGAGAGUGCCCAGAAUCUGGAAUCAGUGUUUGUUUGUUUUUUUAAAGAAAACUUAAAAGGCUAGGUGCAUAGUGUUGUCAUUGACCCAGCAGAGACCUCUGCUGCAGCAAAGGGGCUAGGUGACUCUUUGUGUAGGUUUUUCUAGGCGAAAGGCAUAUAAUUAUACAGCCUCAUUCAUCUUAGUUUGAUUUUGUCCCUUUUCACCAGUUACACAGCUAUACUUUAGUUUGACAGUGUACAAAGAUGUGUUAGACUGCUCCAUGGCACAUCUACUUAAAUUAUUUCCCUAGCCUUGGUAGGUAAUCUUUAGCCUAGGAAUUUGAAGUGAGAAAAGAAGGAAGAGUGGAUCUUGUUGAAAGUCUAGGAUUUUCCUGGAAGUUGAAAUGCUGGGGACUAAAUGCAAUUUUUUCCCAAAGAAAUUUAAUGCAAUUCUUUUGGUCCAUUUUAUAGUCUUUGGAGUUUCCUGUUCAUCUUGUAAAAUGGCCAUCUCAUUGGCAUUUUCAUCUCAACUUGCAAAUAGACAAAUAAAAAUUGUCCCAUGUAGGAGUCGAUCAUCUCCCACAUGCAUAUGUGAAUCCAUACUUAAGGAUGCAAGUGUCUUUCUUAUCCAGCCCAUAGUAUUCAGAGGUGUCCCCAAGCUGUACUCAUGAAAGCAGGGAUCUGCUAUGAUCUGCAGCCCAGACAUUGCAUGUCCAGUGUUCUAUUAUUUCAUUUUGUGUCAACUGAGAGGUUUUAAGGCAACAAAAACUAAUCCUUUGUAGAACUCUGGUCCCCAUUUUGCAAGUUCAAAAUGCAUCUUAUAAAGUAAAAUCUGAAAAGUAACACACCACUGCUGUCUGUCAAAAUCCUUAUGUACUUCUUAGUUCUCCUGUUCAACCAUUCAGCAUUUUAAAUUUAUAUGAGGCUGCCUUAUACCGAGCCAGACUAAUGAUCCAUUUAGCCUGGCGUUAUCUUUUGUGGACGGCAAUGGCUCUUGUAUGGCAUGUGCCUCCCCAGUGAGCAAGACCAGUUUUUAUCUGCCAAAGAGCAGCUUGCCAGAGAAGCUAUGAAGUUGCCCUCCGUAACGUCGACUUAAUUUUCAAAUGAUCUGGUGAACAAGCCUCUUUGAGUUGUCAGCGAAAGCUGCCCCAGAGGGAGGCAAUCUUUCCAUUAACCAUGUUUGACUUCUUUUCCCCUGCAGCGUUAUCAAAGACAUUGUGUAAGGGGUUUUCCCCCUAUCAUCUUGUCAAGUUUAAAAUCUUCCAGGACUCUCCUUUUUUUAAUAGAAAGAUAGGCUCUUGUAGGGCUUUCCCCUCAUUUUGGUUGAAAAUACAUUCAUGAGUAAUUAUGCUCUGUCCACUUGCUGUGUUAUCGAAAUGCAAAAGUAGCAAAUGUUCGCUUGCGUGUGUACACACAACAUAAUUGUGAAAUAACGUAGGCUGUAGCAUUGUAACAGGAGGGAAAUUAUCAGUGGUAUUCCUACACACCAGCAUUUACACAAUGUUUAAUCCAGUUCAGUGGUUGUUCUUAGUAAACUAACUGUAGCUGCUGUCAUUGUUAUUAUGAUUAUUAUUUUGUGAAAUCUGUUCAUCUUUUAUUUCGCCCUCGGACAUCAACCGUCUGCAGUUUCACAUACCUGCGUUUAAGCCUCACGUGGUUGUUUCGUAGCUUUCGGUAGGGUCGCCAAGUUGUCCGCACGCAGAAGGAGGCUCUCCUCCAUAGGUUUCGUUUUCAUUUGGUAGCUGAAGAUGUACAUAGCUGUAGAAAUGAAGGUUUGCAGGGGUGGGGAGUACUUUCUGAGGCAUGGAGAAACGUUGGAAGCAAAUGAUUUAAAAAACAAAUUUUUAUCAAAAUGAAACGUCUUGUGUCAAUAAAUAUGUUCCCAUUGUAAGCCUCCUUCAGUUGCUUUUGCUUGGUGUUCAGAAAUCCCAUACUGGAAAGAUUUUCCAAACUGCUGUGGCUGGAGAGACUGAUGCUGGAGAGACAUGUUGUGUUGCAGCUGGGGCAGAGGAAGGCGUCCAGUUGUGCUGCUGUAGAUGCACCAGGGCCUCUGCACUCCUCCCAGCAGUCAUUUCUCAUCACACUAGAGUGAUAUUUAGCCACACUGAUCUGCUUGAUUUCGGUGGAGUUGAGGGUGGAUGGCAAGCUCAGAAAGAAACUAAUAGCAGAACGUUAUGUUUCUACUGCCUGAAAACCAGCAAUGACAUGCCAGAAUAAUAGGGUAUUGUGAAAGACCUGCAUAUUAUUAUUAUUAUUAUUAUUGAAGUCUGAUGUUAUGCACUGUUAAUACAGUCUAUGAGGUUUACCUGGAGAAAUAGUGACAUCAGCACACAGCAAUAGAUGGAAAUGGGUUUGGAAUUUGGGGCAGGGGAACAGCUGGCCCCUACCCCCAAAAAAAUGUGCUAACAAGCUUCCUUGCUAACAGUGACUUUGGAUGCAUAAUGGGUUGUUUUUACUUACUGGGAAAUCAUCAUUAAAUGGCUAAAAAGUGCAGGCUGGCAUUUUGAGGACAACAUCGGGUCAACUCUGCAAAAAGCUUGCAUGCACAAGCAGCCCUUGAUGUCUGGGAGCACUCACCGUAGUCACAUAACUCGGCCCAUCAGUCGAUGCAUCAAGCUUUUGAGAGAGAGAAAAAGUGCUUUUGUUUGCCACUAGGGGGUGCGCUCUUCCCAAGUUGUAGGAAUCCUCCAAGGGGGAUGGCUUCCAGCAAAGUUUGUCCUUGGUUGUUGAGUUAGAGCCAAGGAAAACAAAUAGCAGAUUGUUUGGAGGCUUGAAACAUGGAACUGCAAGCAACAAAGUCUUCAGUGUCGUGCUAGAAAGCUGCUGUUGUUUUUUUUACCACUAUGUCGUUUUCCUUUUAAACCAUGCCAGGUAAUCGGGGUAGUGAAAUGAAAGGUGCCAGAAGAAGACCCUUCCUCUUCAGUGCUGCCAUCGUGGAAUGUGCAAGGUUCUAAUUCCCUUUUAGGCGCAACUGAAAUAGCUUGGCGUUCUGUCCUUUUGCAGAGUCCUAAAAUGUACCACCUUCAACCCUCUGCCGAGACGAAAAGCUUUACAGCAGAAGUGUAUAAUCCUGCUCUUAGAGCGCAGUGUUGGGAACUGCCGGGUGGGGUGCAGGCUUACCAAGAAGUAAAACGGGAGCAAUUCAAAGUGCCGUGCAUGAGUGCGCAUGCUCACACGUGCAUGCACAGGAGAGGAGGAGGAGAAGGGUCGCUGGAAUCAGCCAGCGCAACCCUAGUCAGCCUACGCUGCAAACCCUGCUAUCAUACCACCCAAGCAAAGAAUGAGCAGGUGCAACCCCGGUUAAAGACCUCGGAGCAAUAGUUCCAUCUCACUCACGCGUGAGAGCCAAACCACCCACCACAAAGAAAAACAAAUAAUCCUUAGUUAUUGGUACACACACACACACACACACCCCAAUUGGCCUGGGGAAAGAUUCUUUCCUUCCUUAAUCCCCAGCGGAGCAAUGAGUCAAUCCCCAAGCAUGAGCAAACCCAUCCACUGAGUCAUCCAGGGAGGUGGAGAUGGGGAAUGUUUCUUUGCAGUGAUUGGUUGUGUUUGCAUGAAUGUAUAAGUGCAUAUAAAUUUUGAUCGUGGCAGGGGGCUGCCUGUGGUUUUUAAAGACCCAUGUUAGGGAACGCUGGGGUUAUUUUUACUUUGCAUGGUGCUUUGUGUUUUAAUUAUUUCGUGUUGUUUUUCAUAUUUGUUCAUUUCGUGUUUUGCUUUGAGGUGCUUGUGUAAAGUGGCCAUUGAGCUUAAUUGACGGUGCUGAUCAUCUUAUUGGACCCCAUGCACCACGCAGGUGCUCUGUGCUCUUGGGCUGAGGAGCAAGGGCAGCUCUUCCUGACCUCUGUGGGCCAUAACUGAAGGCUCUCAGAAAAGAAAAUCACUUUCUUUGCCACUGAAGAAAAAAGCUGUUCUGUGAAAUAUUUGGUUUUGACUCCUUACUCCUCAAUUGAAAUGAUGUCUUAAGUAUCGUAACAGCAUUUGCUAGCAGAAUCACGCACCGAUGACAUUAAUCACCCAAACACUUGUUGGAGGGCUUCAAAAGAGUUUUCUCCAGAUCAGUUGCAAAUUAGCUAGGUUGCUGUUUUUGGCAUCCAUCUGUUUCAGGAGACAAUGGAGAAGUGCCCCUUUGUGGGUGAAGUCAAACGGUUGGAUGAUUACAGCGCCUGCUGUGGCUGUAGAGACCGAUAUGGGAGAGACAUGUUUUGUUGCAGCUGGGGCAGAGGAAGGCAUCCGGUUGUGCUGCAGCAGCUGCACCGUGGUCACUGCUGUAGAUGCACAACCUGACAGUCUGUCUCAAUGCACUGCAGUCAUCUGCAAGGGAUUCCACAGGGCAGGGCUAAUGCUGCCAGCCUUCAUGCCACGUCUGCAGACAUCUUUGUAGCACAGAGUGGGUCUGCCAACAGGCCUAGUACCUGAAGCCAGCUCCUCGGGGAGCUAGGUGGCCCAUUGAUGUCACAGGUAAGUACUCAAAGUCUAGAAGGUAGUCUAGAAGACUUCUACAUUGAUCGACCCAGCAACAUCUGGGCAGCGCCAAGUUGGUCUACAGGUCAGGUAUGGGGAAUCUGUUGCCUUCCAAGUGUUGUUGGACUACAACAGGGGUCAGCAACCUUUUUCAGCCGUAGGCAAGUCCACUGCCCCUCAGACCAUGUGGUGGGCCGGACUAUAUUUGGGGGGGGGGGAAUGAACGAAUUCCUAUGCCCCACAAAUAACCCAGAGAUGCAUUUUAAAUAAAAGCACACGUUCUACUCAUGUAAAAACACCAGGCAGGCCCCACAAAUAACCCCGAGAUACAUUUUAAAUAAAAGGACACAUUCUACUCAUGUAAAAACACGCUGAUUCCCGGACCGUCCGCAGGUCGGAUUGAGAAGGCGAUUAGGCCACAUCCAGCCCCCGGGCCUUAGGUUGCCUACCCCUGGACUACAACUCCCAUCAUACCUGUCAUCUGCAGGACCACAGCUUCCUCAUCCUUACUAUAGGGGCAGCUAGGCUUCUUUGGCCUGAUGGUUGCAUUCACUCUUAGUCAACCUCCUGGAACCCUUAUCUGCUAUCUCAUGCACACUCCUCACAUGCAACAGCUCCCCUCUCCGCAGAUUAUCACUCCCUUGCCACUACUAGAGAUGGGGCAGAAGUCUGAUCCAAUUCACAUUGAAAGCCGAAGCAAUCACAUCUGCACUUUUUGAAACUUUAUGAGAACUGAAGAACAGCCAACCUUCGAUAAUUCGUAGUUCUCUGAAUUUUGUGAUGCCGUUCGCCAGCCAAAGGAUCUUUACAAAAAUGCAUAUACAGGUGAAGACAACACAGAAAGAAAUAGCAUGUUGAGGGAAAUAACUUGCAAAAAUCCAUGCGUUAGUAAAAGCUGCAUACAAAACGUGCUUAGGAGAAAUUUGCACUAAAAUACUGAAGAUUUUCCACGAGGAUUAAAAAUAAAUAAAUCACAAAUUGAACAUUGACGGUGAUAUAUAAAUGAUGGAAAAUUAUAAUGAAUGGUGGGAUGCUCUUCAUGAAUGCGUCCAACUCUGCCAGGAACCCAGUGAGGUUCUUUGCUCCGACAAACACAAUUAAUUAAUGUUAGUUAAUGCCCAGAGGCCGGCCAAGUGUGAAUAAUCUCCGAAACUCAUGACGGCUGCUCUAUUUGGCACUGGUACGGCCUUAACUGGAGUAAUUUGUCUGGUCUGGGUCACCGCAUUCUAAGGAAAUUUGGGGGCAGGGAAGUAAGGGAGACCAAGUGGAGGCAACUGAGGGCUUAGAACAGGCACCCCCAAAUUUGGCCCUCCAGAUGUUUUGGAACUACAACUCCCAUCAUCCCUAGCUAACAGGACCCCAGAGGUCAGGGAUGAUGGGAAUUGUAGUCCCAAAACAUCUGGAGGGCCAAGGUUUUGGGGGUGCCUGGCUUAGCCUUAGAAUAUUUAGAGCCCAAAGCCCACCAUGGAACCAGGGCAGGGCCUGGUCAGUCAGUGUGGAGUCAAGAUGGAAUCUGGGGGAAAGCCUGAUGGUUCCUGCAUGGAGAAACAUCUAGGAGCACCUUUCUCCCCACCUUCCAACCAAGGACAUGGGGCUUCGAUCCCCACAGCAAAGCAGCAACCCACAGCACUUAAUUCCCACCCCCCAUACUGGGUGAAGAAAUUCUCUCUCCCACUUCAGGAUAAGAGCAGGGGGGUUGAAUCCUGUAGGAGCUGUCAAGAGCCUUCACCUGCCACCCUCAGAUGAUGAUGAUGGUGCCCUGCCCAUCAGGUUGGAUUGCCCCAGCCACUCUGGGCGGCUUCCAACAUAUAUAAAAUAAUGAAAUCAAAUCUGCAGGCUGUUCCUCUGUGGGUAGCUCUUCCUAUUAUCUUUUCACUGGUGCAUGUUUUAUACUGCUGGUUAAGGGCCAAAGGGGGACGGGGGUGGCGCUGUGGGUUAAACUACAGAGCCUAGGACUUGCCAAUCAGAAGUUCGGUGGUUCGAAUCCCCGCGAUGGGGUGAGCUCCCGUUGCUCGGUCCCUGCUCCUGCCAACCUAGCAGUUCAAAAGCACGUCAAAGUGCAAGUAGAUAAAUAGGUACCACUCCGGCAGGAAGGUAAACGGUGUUUCCGUGCGCUGCUCUGGUUCUCCAGAAGCGGCUUAGUCAUGCUGGCCACAUGACCCGGAAGCUGUACGCCGGCUUCUUCGGCCAGUAAAGCGAGAUGAGCGCUGCAACCCCAGAGUCAGUCAUGACUGGACCUAAUGGUCAGGGGUCCCUUUACCUUUACCUUUAAGGGCCAAAGGUGCUUGAGUUGACAUGCCCAGCAUGCUAAGAAGAAUAAGAAAGAAAGAAAGAAAGAGAGAACAGUGCACUCAAGUCUCCAAAAACCAAUGGCUCAAAUGGGAGCAUUAGGCACCUUGAAUGGAGCAGGAUUUAUCCCCUGACAACAGCUGAUGAGUGGAUAUUAAAUCCUUGGCUAUGGGAGCCCCUUCCCUGCUGGGAACAGGUAUGUGCAGCCAGUGCAGGAUUUAAUCCUGUCCUCCCAACCAGCUGAAGGUCAGGUGGAUGUGGUUUGAGUAAAAUGGCCCCAAGAUCCAAACUGAAGUCCUUAGUGGACCAAGAUUGGCCCAUGAACCAGAAUUUCCUAGUCUUGCUUGCUCUAGAGCAGUGGUUCUCAACCUAUGAGUCCCCAGAUGUUGUUGGACUACAACUCCCAUCAUCCCUGAGCUCUGGCCUUGCUAGCUAGGGGUGAUGGGAGUUGUAGUUCAACAACAUCUGGGGACCCACAGGUUGAGAAAGGCUGCUCUAGAGUUUUCAGAGUUCAUCGCUGCUUAUCAGACUGAACACGGCGGUUUCAGUGGUUGGGCAUAAUGAACUCCAACCCAGGUUUGAGAAACCCAUGGCACUCUAGAUGCUGCUGGUCUGGUGUUCCCAUCAACCCUGACCAUUGGUUGUGCUAGUUGGGGCUUAUGGGAGGUGGCUUCAAACAACAUCUGGAGGACCAGAGGUUCCUCACCAUGCCUACAGCACCCGGCACUCCCAGGAGGUCUCCCCUCCAAGUACUAACCUGUCUGGACCCUGCUUAGCCUCCAGGAUCAGGGCGGUUUGCCUAGAGACAGGUAUGCCCCCCAUGUCAUAGCAGUUUGGUGCACCUGCAGCAAGCCCUUGUGAAAAGUGCUUGUUGGUGAUGCUCUGGUGAAAGAGUACACCAGCCAUUAGCAGUGUCUCUAGAGUCUGCUACAUCUGUGCUCCAAGAGUGAUGGUGCCUUUGCCCUUCCACCAUUGCAUCUCUUUAGAAACAACGACUGGGUCUCCAAGCUCCCUCUGCAAAGCAGGCUUCUCUGUCCCAUCCCUCCCCCCCCCCCCGCUUGCUGAUCUUUGGGUCCUGAGACCCCCCCCCCCCCUGCCACCCAGGGAAAACGAAGAGUUCCUGCUAAUCAGGCUGGGAGCCAAGGCAGAAUUAAUGAGGAAUCUGCUGUGGAGAGCAGAGCCCAACUGGGGUCGCAGUUUGAUUUUCGGAUGUUGUAUGUGCAUCGUAAGCUGGGAGGGUGGGAGUUGGCCUGUCAGACUGCCUUAACUUAAUUGGAAACAUAUGUCCGUGUGUGUCCCCACCUCCUCCUUCCUCCCCCCCCCCUUCUCCUCCUCCCCGUCCCUCAAGGCUGGGAGAUUUCGGUCUGCUUCUUUGCAGCUCAGAAUCUGGGGAACUUAACAUCCCUGCAAACACCAUGCUGGGCAGAGCCGCAGGCCUCCUCCCCAGCAUCUACCUGGUGCUUCUCUUACCUGUCUCAGCCAGCUCCUGCCCCAGCCGGUGCUUAUGCUUCAGGACCACAGUCAGAUGCAUGCAUUUGAUGCUGGAAACCAUCCCUGAAGUCCCACCACAGACCAAUGUCCUGUAAGUACCACUUUCCUUUGGAGAUUCUCCUCUGGGUGUUAAACUGUGUGCGCCAGUUUAGCGGAGUGCCGCUAGAGCUGGGUUUGGGAUCCGGAAGGUGGGAGGGUCAAGUUCCACCUCUGCCACAGACCUUGGGCCUUGGGCAAAUUACUGUCUCGUGGUUGCAGCUCCUUGCAUCUACAUGGGAGAGUGGACCUACCCUGGGGAGUUGUCGUGGCACCAAAGACAUUCACAUUUCUGGAGAAACUAUUGGAAAUUAUAGUUCCCCAAGGUUGUGUGUGUGUUUGUGUGUUAUUGGUUACAAAGCACUGGAAGUUGCUUUGCAGAAAAGAAUUCUGCAAACAUGGGGAAUGAGCAAAAGCAAUAUUAUUCCUACGGCACCGUUCAUGCACCAAGCACUUGAGAGAAGAAGCAGGAAAAGAAAAGGUCUCUGUCUCCAAGGAGUUUACAGUCCGCCGUUUCACAUGGAAAGGAGGAAAGUCAGAGCUUAACAAGGGAAGAAUGUGCAGAAAUGCACUCACCAUGUUUAGGUUUUGCUGCGGUUGGUGGGGAUGCAGACCCCAGGGUGGGGGUAGUUAAGCAAAGGAUUUGCAGAAAGGAGGAGAUGUUUGAAGGAUGUUAUAAAAUAGCAUGCACUUUUAGUGUGGAAGUGGAUCUUUAUGUGACUUGAAAGGUGGCUUGGGAUUCAUUUGUUCAGAGCAUCUAUUUCCUUCCAAGUGCUUAUUCCAUGUCCUGGUCACAGUCCCUUGCUCAUCUGCUUUCAAAUGUGGGGAUUUUAAAGUGGGGGCCCCAAGCAGGUGGCCUCGUCUAAGCAACCUGGAAUGAGAUGUCAGCUGGGGGAGUCCUUCCUCUGCCUUGUUCCUUGGAGUGUGUUUGUGCGUUUGUCUGCGUUUGCGUGAGUCAAAGGUAGACAUUUUCACGUGAAAACGACACAGCUGUGAUUCCUGCAUUGCUGGAUGUUGGGCUUAGAUGAUCCUUUGGGGCCAUUCCAACUCUACAAUUCUGUGACAGAUGCCCUUGUGCAUCUCCCACUCAUUUAAAUGCAUCUCCUUGUAAAGAACUUCUGGGAAGAUUGUGCCCAAAGUUUUGAUGCCGCCGGGCUGGGGUUGGGUAAAAUCCUAUCGUCAGAAUAGCCCAUCCCUCCUGCGGAAAGUGGAAAACUCCGCUGUGUGUGUGUGUGUGUUCAUUCGUUCAACAUACGCCAGUCUUGCAUUUCUAAAAGCAAACACAUGUGCUUUCUAAACUUCUUUGCACUUUCAAUGUUCCAGUUUCCUUUAUCUUUAAGCCGCAGCUUAACGUUCGGAGGGUGGGGUGCAGACAGAGCAAAUGAACACAGUCCUCAUUGAACCAACUCCAGCAGAAAUAUACAGGGGUACCUGUGUGUAAAUCUGCGAAAUUCCCAAACGUCCACUGGAUUGGGUGUGAUGUACGUGUGUGUGUGUGUGUGUGUGUGUGUGUGUGUGUGUAGCUGAGGAAGUCCAUGCAAAGUGGCUGGGAGAGGGGAGCAAUGGGUGAAACUGACACGGCUGGAGAGGAAGGAAGUUGCCUUAGCAAGUCUGGGUCUGAGUCUCAAACUCCCAGGAUGAAAGCACAGGGUAGGGGGGAGUGUGUUUCUAUUGCCAACCAACAUCUGACAGAAGGAAAAUAGGUACACUUGUUUUCAGCUAAAUGAACAAAAAGGUCCAUAGUAUAGUAUCAAGGAAGCCAAAUGGGCAAGCCACAUCCAGGGUGUCUGCCAGCCCUUUUUCAGAAACAUUAGCUGUAAAGCGCACGUUUCAAGCUACCAAGUGCUCUUCCACAUGCUCCUGGCAUAGAUGUGACUGUGGAGUUUCUUGUUUUGCAUUUUUCGGUUCAAGGUUCGUGUAGCAUCUCAGCCCCCUCUUUAAACAUAGGAAACUGCCUUAUGCAGUCUCAGCCUAUUGGUCAAUCUAGCUUGGUACUGUCUACACGGGCUGGCAGCAGCUCCCUAGAAUUUUCUGGCAGGGAUUUUUUUCCAGCUCUGUCUGGAGACGUCGGGGACCGAACUUGGGACGUUCUGCAUGCAGGUCAGAUGCCCUACCACUGAGCUACAGCCCUGCUGUAAGUUGGGAGAAGCAACAGCCCUGAACAGGAGGGGAGGCGAACUUGACCCCAAUGCCUACCACAGGUUUUGCUGAUCUAUCAAAUCAGCAUUAAACACUGUUUACAAAAGGCUGUCGUAGGGACGCGGGUGGCACUGUGGGUUAAACCACAAGCCUAGGGCUUGCCGAUCAGAAGGUCGGCGGUUUGAAUCCCCACGACGGGGUGAGCUCCCGUUGCUCAGUCCCUGCUCCUGCCAACCUAGCAGUUUGAAAGCACGUCAAAGUGCAAGUAGAUAAAUAGGUACCACUCCGGCGGGAAGGUAAACGGUGUUUCCAUGCGCUGCUCUGGUUCACCAGAAGCGGCUUAGUCAUGCUGGCCACAUGACCUGGAAGCUGUAUGCCGGCUCCCUCGGCCAAAAAAGCGAGAUGAGCACCGCAACAACCCCAGAGUUGGCCACGACUGGACCUAAUGGUCAGGGGUCCCUUUACCUUUACCUUCUACAAAAGGCUGUCAGGGGUAAGUCCUCUGUGUGAAGAUUUCCAUUUGUUUGUUUCAUUUAUAUACCACCUUUAUCUUCUCAAGGGGGGUGUAUACGGUUCUCCCCAUUUCACCCACGCAACAACCCUGUGAUGUUGGUUAGGUUAAGAGAUGGUGAGUAGCCUAAGGUCACCCAGUGAGCCUCAUGGCCGAGUGUGGAUUUGAACCCUGGUCUCCUGGGCCCUAGUCCAACACUCUAACCAUUAUGCCACACUGGCUCUCAUUAUUAUCAUUUAUUUACAAAGUGCUGUCCAGACCAGGUCUGAUUUAAAAGAUAAAGCACCCCAAGAAGGCCUUGUAGUUGCCCAUCAUUCGAAGCACCUGGGCAGCAGACUGAGCAGGUACGCUUAGUUAUUUAUUUCAUACAAUGAAGACACCGAUUGAUUGUAAAAAAAAGAAGAGAAAAACCUCAAAACGUUUACCCAAAUAAACCAUUUUUCACUUGGCAUGUGGACCCCACUGUAGUGAGAUGCAUCAUAUUCCUCUUCAAAUCAUUACUUUAUUUCUUUAUAUACUGCUGUGUCAUUAAAAACAACAACGCCAAAGUCGUUUACAGCAGUAAAGUAAAAGUAAAGGGACCCCAACCAUUAGGUCCAGUCGUGACCGACUCUGGGGUUGCGAUGCUUAUCUUGCUUUAUUGGCCGAGGGAGCCGGCGUACAGCUUCCGGGUCAUGUGGCCAGCAUGUCUAAGCCGCUUCUGGCGAACCAGAGCAGUGCACGGAAACACCGUUUACCUUCCUGCCAGAGUGGUACCUAUUUAUCUACUUGCACUUUUACAUGCUUUCAAACUGCUAGGUUGGCAGGAGCAGGGACCGAGCAACGGGAGCUCACCCUGUCAUGGGAAUUCGAACUGCCAACCUUCUGAUCAGCUAGUCCUAGGCUCUGUGGUUUAACCCACAGUGCCACCCGCGUCCCUACAGCAGUAAAACCGUGCAAUAAAAACUAUAUUAAAAAGUCAGAUAUCAAUUAGCCAUUACAGACAGUGGCUUAGCAUGAGUGACAUUUCCUCAUCAGUUCUCCAACGGACUGCUGUAACUUGGAUUGUGUACAUUUUUGUUCCAGGGACCCUGAAGUUCCUUAAAAGCUGACCAGAAGUUUCUCAAUAGGGAGGGAGGGAUAAUUGAGAAGGUGUUUCCUGGAACCAAUAUGUUUGCUUUGCAGAACAUCUCCUAUGGGUCCCUUUUUUGGCAAUUAAAACUGCAGGUGCAGGAGGGAGAGCAAGCGAGAUUGAGAUGCAACAGCCGUGGAGGAAAUGGUUAAAGUUCCCCUAACCCCACGCCAGGAUUAGGUCCCAGUCUGGAUUAGGACCCGUGCGCCUGCAACCCCCUCCCGCUUUAGUCAGCAUGGGGCGGAGCGUAUUAUCAAACCACAGAGCCUAGGGCUUGCCGAUCAGGAGGUCGGCAGUUCGAAUCCCCACGACAGGGUGAGCUCCCGUUGCUCAGUCCCUGCUCCUGCCAACCUAGCAGUUCGAAAGCAUGUCAAAGUGCAAGUAGAUAAAUAGGUACCGCUCCAGUGGGCAGGUAAACGGCGCUGCUCUGGUUUGCCAGAAGCGGCUUAGUCAUGCUGGCCACAUGACCCGUAAGCUGUACGCCGGCUCCCUCAGCCAAUAAAGCGAGAUGAGCGCCGCAACCCCAGAGUCGUCCACGACUGGACCUAAUGGUCAGGGGUCCCUUUACCUUUACCUUUUUACCCCACGCCAGGAUCCCAGUCCGGAUUAGGUCCCCCGCGCCUGCAAUCCCCUCCCACUUUAGUCAGCAUGGGGCGGAGCUUAUUAUCAACAGCGCCUUCAUGAGUCAAACACUGGAAUGACCUGCAAACCAGUACAAAUACUGCGAAAUGGUACAAACAAAUGUAAGUUACAGUGGUACCUCGGGUUAAGAACUUAAUUCGUUCUGGAGGUCCAUUCUUAACCUGAAACUGUUCUUAACCUGAAGCACCACUUUAGCUAAUGGGGCCUCCUGCUACUGCCACGCCACUGGAGCGCGAUUUCUGUUCUCAUCCUGAAGCAAAGUUCUUAACCCGAGGUACUAUUUCUGGGUUAGCGGAGUCUGUAACCUGAAGCGUAUGUAACCUGAAGCGUAUGUACCCUGAGGUACUACUGUACUACAAUUCGCACGUGCUCAGCGCCUGACUAAGGAGCAGGAGAAAAGCCUGUUGUUGUUACAGGACUGAGCCUGCAUAUGUACUAUAUAUAUUUAGAGCACACACCCCCCCGAAGAAUCUUGGGAACUCUAGUUCGCCCCUUACACAGCUAGAAUUCCCAGCGCCCUUAACAAACUACAAUUCCCAGGGUUCUUUUUUUCUGGAGGGGUGCUUUAAAUGUACAGUGGUACCUCAGGUUAAGUAUUUAAUUCGUUCCGGAGGUCCGUUCUUAACCUGAAACAGUUCUUAACCUGAAGCACCACUUUAGCUAAUGGGGCCUCCCGCUGCCACCGCGCCGCUGGAGCACGAUUUCUGUUCUCAUCCUGAAGCAAAGUUCUUAACCCGAGGUACUAUUUCUGGCUUAGCAGAGUCUGUAACCUGAAGUGUAUUUAACCUAAAGCGUAUGUAACCUGAGGUACCACUGUAUGCUGAUCAACUGUGAAUCAUCCAGAUACCCACCAGCGCACAGCUGUCCUGAUCUACAGCCUCCGUUCACACAGAACGUUACGGCGUGGUCUAACAGACUUGUGUGACUCCUCAAAUAUCUCCCAGACUCCUUUACACCACACAACCAUUCUGUGGCUGAUGCCUGGGGGAGUGCCUUGCCAGAAAAGUCAAUGUGGGAAGCAAUCCCUGAUCAGAAAAAGUCUGAACACCACUGUCCCCUGCUCUCAUAACACACACACACACCCCUGCUGCUGCCAAUUUUUAAACGUCUUCCUUGGAGAAGCAGUUUGUAUGCAAAGCCGGGUCAGGAUCCUCGAUUCUGCGGCCGCAUAUUAUUCUGGCUUCCACGCAUGUCCUGCCCCUUGCAGCUGGAACAUGCAGAGGUCCUGGCUCCCAUUGCAGACUGAAGCCAGCAACCCGCUUAAUGAGAAAUCCCGCUUCAUCCCAAAACAGAAAGGGCAAAUGGACAGAGAGGUCAGCGCUGAAAGUAUGUGAUGGAUAUGUGUUGGCUGUGGCCUGUUCCUCCGGAGCAACAGCAGCCCAGAUGUCAUCUGGCAGGACGGAGCCAACAGCUUGCAGAAAAGCAACAGCUGUGGACCGUUUGUGCAGACAGUAACUUUCGAACCAAGUAGGUCUUCGGCCAUUUGUCUCGUAGUGUCACAUUUGGGUGGUGGUUUUUUUUGGGGGGGGGGGUUUAAGUCCAGGUUUAAGGAUAUAUGGAAAAGAGAGGAAUAUCCGGCUGGAAAGGUGGUGGCAACUCAUAGAUCCUAUGCUGGUGAGAUGUAGAAAUUAGCCCAGGCAUGGAAAAAUUGAGAAGAGGAAAACAGUUUCUCCUUCUCUCAUAGCGCUAGAAUCCAUGGACAUUCAUUUUUAUUUUUAUUUUUAUUUUUUAGUUCUGUGUGUGUCAGUUUAUUUUAUGUAUUUAUAUUAUGUCCCAACACACACACACACACGCACACACAUAUAUAUAAUUGGUUUUCACAUAUUACCUUACAAUACAGAUGCACCAAAGCCAACACCAUUUCCUCCCCAUCCCCCCAUACAUUUCCAUUUAUAUUUCCUCAAUCCAUCAUAUUAUUAUUUUCUCCUUCCUCCCACUUCCCUCUGCCCCCACUCAAUGUCCUCCACAUUAUACAAUUUACAGUAAUCUUUGCAUUCCACAAUCUUCUCAACUCAUCUAUAUAUUCUUAUUAUCUUUCCUUACAAAUUUUUCUUCCAUCCAGUACUUCACAUUUUAAUCUAGGCAUAUUAGCGUAUCUUUUUCUUUUUCUUUUUGAGCAAUAUUUUGCCAUAUAUUCAUCAAAACAUUUCCACUCCUUUUUUAAAUUUUUGAUUCGACGGAUUUCUUAUUACAGUGGUACCUCUAGAUGCGAACGGGAUCCGUUCCGAAGCCCUGUUCGCAUCUAGAAGCAAACGUAACCAGUGUCCGCGCAUCUGCGCGUGCAUGGGUCACAUUUCGGCGCUUCUGCACAUGCGCGUGACAUCAUUUUGAGCAUCUGCGCAUGCGCAAGCGGCAAAACCCGGAAGUAAUGCACUCUGUUAUUUCCGGGUUGCCGCGGAGCGUAACUCGAACAUGUUCAUCCCAAAGCACAUUCAACCCGAGGUAUGACUGUAUAGCAGUUAAUUUUGCCAAAAUUAAAUAUUCAUUUAGUUUACAAAUCCAUUCCUCCUUUGUAAGUAUAGUUUGUGACUUCCACCUAGCAGCAAUCACUAUUCUAGCAGCUGUACUUGCAUAUAGAAAAAUUCUUCCCCCCCCCCCCCCAGACAUUCAUUGAAGCUGAAUGUUGGAAGAUUCAGGGCAGAUGAAAGAAGAUUCAGGAAAGAUAAACCAUGAAACUCACUGCCACAGGAAGCUGUGACGGCUACCAACCUCCAUGGCUUUAAAAGAUUGGAUAAAUUCACGGAGGAGGAGUAGAGGGCUCUUGAUGGCUUUGUUCUGCCUCCACGAUUGGAGGCUGCAGUGAUUCUGAACGCCAGUUGCUGGAAACCACAGGAUUAGAGAGGGCUCUUUUGUUCAAAUUCUGCUUGCGGGUGUUGCAGGAAUUUAUGUAUAGGUUGGGGGGGGGGUUGCCCCUCCAGCAGGUAUCAUGCACAUGCAGCCUACUACCAAAACCAGCAGAAUCACUUUUGUGACUUUUGCGAUUUGUCCCCAAAAAACACUUCAUCACCGUUUCUUCCUGCCUAUUCAAAGGGCCUUUGCUGCACGAUACCAAAUGUGACAAUUCACUGAUAAAUGUAUCUGUGUACUGGCUCACAGAGGGACGCGGGUGACGCUGUGGUCUAAACCACAGAGCCUAGGACUUGCCGAUCAGAAGGCCGGCGGUUCGGAUCCCCGUGACGGGGUGAACUCCCGUUGCUCGGUCCCAGCUCCUGCCAACCUAGCAGUUCGAAAGCACGUCAAAGUGCAAGUACAUAAAUAGGUAGCACUCCAGCGGGAAGGUAAACGGCGUUGUCGUGCGCUUCUCUGGUUCGCCAGAAGUGGCUUAGUCAUGCUGGCCACAUGACCCGGAAGCUGUAUACCGGCUCCCUCGGCCAGUAAAGCGAGAUAAGCGCCGCAACCCCAGAGUCCCUUUACCUUUUAUGCACAUCCCGAAUUUCCAUUAAGGCCCUCAAAAUGAUGUACACCAGCCUUUGACAAGCUGGCACUCCCCAGGUAUUUUGGACUAUAACUCCCAUGAGCCCCCGUCAGUGUGGUCAGUGUUCAGGGAUGAUAGUAUUUGUAGUCCACAACACUGUGCUAGGCAGAUCCUUACUAGUCCCUAGGGAAUAGGGAAACCCAGGUGGGCAGAGUAAUAAUAAUAAUAAUAAUAAUAAUUCCCAUUUUACAGAUAGGGAACUGAACCUGCAAUAGGAUGUCUCCUGCCCAUAAUCACCUAUCACUCUCCCUUGGCUCAUUCUACAUCCAAAGGUCUCUUCCAUUUAAAUACUUUUUUUUGGCCUUGCUGUUACCACAAAGUGCAGAAAAUGUUUUACUUAGAAAUAAUUCAUUUGUGGAGUUCGAGAGCCUGACGCUGGCACACAGCCACCUCCUGUAUUCUGGCCCCUUCUUUGGCUCCGCUAAACCUUCUAAUUAAAAUCAGGUUCCUCUCCUGCUGUUCAACCUGUGCAUUAAACUAACCAGAUAAAAAUAAAGACAAGGUAUGUGUGUGUGCGAUGCGGGGGGAGAAUGUGGAGAUGGGAAUUCACUUAACAUUACUUAGGAAGUUUCUCUCAUUAUUCAUUUAUUUGCCUUCAGUUUUGGCCGCGCCAGUCUGCAAGAGGUUCAGGGUUGCAAUGACUGCAGUAAAACUAAGUACAGACUGUUGCUGAUUCACAGGUGGGAUUCACUCGCAUACCGGUGAAUUAAGCUUGUGCGAUUAAAGAGGAUUUGGCACUCUUGCAAAAAACAAGCCUGCUUCCAAAAACACACCACUCAAGUUAUUUCCAGACUACCUGUUAAUUGAGCAUGGCCCGUUUUGCACAAUUUUUUGCCAGGAGGCAAACACAAGUAUUCAGUGGGCAUAUAAAUUCUGGUUUGAUUGCAGGGAGGUUAGACAAUGUGCAUGGAAAAAAUUGUUUAUUCAUUUUUGUUUUUGUUCUUAUUUUUAUUUUCAUUACAUUUAUAUUCCCCUUUCAUCCCAGGAGCUCAAGGUAGCAUAUAUACCGUAUUUUUCGCUUUAUAGGAUGCACACACAUUUCCCCUUCAUUUUUGGAGGGGAAAUGGUGCGUCCUAUAGAGCGAAAAAUACGGUGCUUCUCUUCCUCCCCAUAUUAUCCGCACAACAACAACAACCCUGUGAGGUGGGUUAGGCUGAGAAUAAGUGGCCCGAGGCCACCCAGUGAGCUUGAUGGCUGAAUGGGGAUUCGAACCCCAAUCUCCAAGGUCUGACACUUGUUGCAGGAACCCACCCACCCCCAUCAUUCAGUUUGUACAAACUUGGCACACACACACACGACAUAUGCGAUGCUUCUGUUAUAAAUUCAUAGAAAAUCACCCGUACAUCGGAUCUGUACCGUUCCACUUUUAUUUUGCUCUAUGAAGGAAGGACUAUCAAAGGGGGAAGGUUUGAUACAGGGCAGCCAUAAUCCCUUGAGCGUACCAACACGUCCGCAGGAGCCCUACCCAGUUGGCAUGCCAACCUUGAUGGUCCUAGACAGGAGACCAUCACACUCACAAAGAACCUGCAUAUGCGAGUGGAUUCAGAACGGAUUGGAACAAAGGGCAGUGAUCAGCUCUUCCCUCUGGGGACAGGAAACUGCAAACUCCCCUUUGUCCUCUGGAAAGUACUCAUGGGUGGAAUCGGCCAGGUGAGAAGACACUCAGGUUACCACCACAACUCCUCCCUCAACCCCUCCUUUUUGUGAUGUGUCAAUGAUGUAGUUGUGAUGUAGUUCUAGGGGUGUAACAUGGGGAUUAGUAGCUAAUAAAAGUUGGGGUCUCCUUUUGUUCAGGGCUUCCAUCUUGUUCCACCUGGUGGCAGGUGGGAGUCCUGUCACGACAGUCUUCAAUAAAGACCAAGCCUACUGGCUGCUGUUUUGCUCUGGUAUUCCUGGCUGGUGUCCUUGUUUUUUAUCCAAGGGAGCCCUCAGAUUUCUCCGUUAACACACUCUAACCACUACACCACACUGGCUGCCUUCGUUAUCCCGCACAUUGUGGUGCAUGCCCCCCUUCAGUUUUCUACUACAAAAAAGGCAGGUUUUAGGUGCAUUGGAACACCAGAUCAACUUUGAUUUGGGUCCCACCUGGAAAGAGCAACGAUCUGCAAAGUGCACUCAGACUUUUGGCAGAACGAAAAGCAACAGGGGAAAUGCACACUGGAAAAACCGGUGUUGCCUAGCAUCCCGGCAAACUUUGUGCCAACAAGGCUCAAUAAAUCUGUCGCCUGGAAGGGAGCGGAGAUACUGCAACCUGAACACAGAGCAGAGAGGGGUCAAUUCCAGAUAUCCAGGACUUUUGCUGUGAUGCCUAAGGUCACAUCCCAGCCCCAACAAUAAGUUUAAAGUGCUCUUGUAUACCACUUUAAACAGGUACGGCUUCCCCUAAAGAAUGCUGGGAACUGUAGUUUGUUAAAGGGUGCUGUAACCCUCCAAUGUUUUGUCUUUGCCCACCUCCCAUGGUGCACUAUUCCAUUGUCUCUCGAGGUAGACGGGUGCCAACAAUAUUAAACAAUGAUAUUGUUAAAUAGUGGGAAGACAUAGCAGCCGACGUAGCGAUUUCUCCAAAGCAGCUCUUUAUUUGUAAGCUGGAACAGAACUGAACAGCAAACAGCUCAGCCGGCCUGCUUUUAUAGGCAGCCAGCUGUCAACAUUGUAGCAACAACAGCCCAGGGUUUCCUGCCUAAAGUAACUGACGUGGACCUGAGUGAAAACUAUAUACAUGAUAAUCCUGGUGGCCAGGGUGAGAACUUCAAUACAUAACAGAUAUACCGGUAGCUACAAUUCCCAGCAUCCUUAACAAACUACAGUUCACAGGAUUCUUUGUGGGUAAAGGUAAAGGGACCCCUGACCAUUAGGUCCAGUCGCGGAUGACUCUGGGGUUGCAGCGCUCAUCUCGCUCUACUGGCCGAGGGAGCCGGCGUACAGCUUCCGGGUCAUGUAGCCAGCAUGACUAAGCCGCUCCUGGCGAACCAGAGCAGCACACGGAAAUGCCGUUUACCUUCCCGCUGGAGUGGUACCUAUUUAUCUACUUGCACUUCAUGCUUUCGAACUGCUAGGUUGGCAGGAGCAGGGACCGAGCAAUGGGAGCUCACCCAAUGGGAGCUCGCGGGGAUUUGAACCGCUGACCUUCUGAUCGGCAAGUCCUAGGCUCUGUGGUUUAACCCACAGCACCACCCGCGUCUUUGUGGGUAGUGACUGUUAAAGAUAUAUAUGAGUUCUUUUUUUUUUUUAUAAGAAUAUUUAUUCCAAUUUUAAAGUUACAGAAAAAGAAAAAAGUAGAAAAAGAAAAACAAAUCACAUACAUCUUACACAAAAAACGAACAGUACAAAGAAAAAUACAAAAGACAAAAAAUCACAAUAAAAAAGUAACAAAAAAUCAAAUUAAACCAUUAGAACCGUCUUCCCAUUUACUUAUUUCCGUGACUUCCUCUCACCUCUCUGCUUUGUAUUCUAAUUUGAAUCGUAUCUCCAGCAAAUCCUUCUAACCUUCUUUUCAUUUACUUAUUUUAACAUUCGAAAGUAUUUAAUUCUCCUCUAUCUUUAUUUUACACUUCAUAUUUACUUAUUCCAUUAUACUCUGUCUGCCAAUACGGUCUAAUAUUCUUCUCCAACCUUUUCUAACAUUCUUUUAUAUUACAGUAUUUCUGAAGAUAUAUUUUAAUUUUUUUCCAAUCUUCUUCCAUCGACCCUUCUUCCUGAUCUCGAAUUCUGCCGGUCAUCUCAGCCAGUUCCAUAUAGUCUAUCACUUUUCUCUGCCAUUCUUCUCGGGUAGGCAAUUCUUGUGUCUUCCAGUAUUUCCCAAUAAGUAUUCUUGCCGCUGCUGUCGCAUACAUAAAGAAAUUCCUGUCUUCCCUUCGCACCAAUUGUCCGACCAUGCCCAAGAGGAAAGCCUCUGGUUUCUUCAAGAAAGUAUAUUUCAAUACCUUUUUUAGUUCAUUAUAUAUCAUUUCCCAGAAGGCCUUGAGAAAGAUAUAUAUGAGUUCUUUACAAAUCAGGGCCGGAGAUGUGACCUAAGGACUGUAAACUUUCUUCCACUUUCUCCUGCCCCUUUCCAGGAAAGUUGAGCAGUGGGGGUUGAUAGUACAGAAUAUCUGGAAGGUUCUAGCAUGGGGAAAUUGCCCCUAGGGCAGUAGUGGCCAAACUUGGCCCUCCAGCUGUUUUGGGACUACAAUUCCCAUCAUGCCUGAUCACUGGUCCUGUUAGCUAGGGGUGAUGGGAGUUGUAGUCCUAAAACAGCUGGAGGGCCAGGUUUGGCCACCACUGUCCUAGGGCGUACAACAGGUCCACUGCCCCCCCCCAUCAAUAAAAAUAAAUAAAAAUACAUAGCUGAGGUUCUGCCCCCCCCUUAACAAAGGCCAGCCUCCCCUAAAAUCCUGGCCACGCACAUUUAACAAGCCGCUGUCAAGCGAAAAAUCAGCAUUUCCCUAUGUGUAAGUUUAUGUGCGUGUAUCUAUACUUUCUUAUCUCUAUGGUUGCUCAAUACCAGCUUUGCGCGGGCGGGGCCGAGAGCCGGGAAGCCCUCAUUAGCAUUCGUUGGAACCAUGAUGCAUUGCGCGCAAGGGAGCCGGUUUUCCCUCCGUGGUUUUCGUCGUUAACGCGAACGGCUUCUACUACCGCAGGAGAAACAUUGGAGCAAUCUUUUUUUUUCCUUUUUCACCUAUAAAAAGUGUUUCUCGGGGCGGGGGAAAGAGAACAUAUAGGAUCACCGUAACCUUAGUGGCAGGCGCCUGCGCAGUGGUGGGGCUCGUCGGCUUGUGGAAAGCAUACUCUGGUUUCACCUCAGAUCGUAUAAAUCUUUCGCCUUUUACUAAAGAUUUCCGUGGGGAGGAACAUUUAUGAGUUUUCAACUAAUUUUUUGAGGCCUUGCUGCGGCAGGGCUGCGUUUAUGUGUCUAAAAAAAGAAAAUAUGCUUUUAUUUUUAUUUGAGGUGCACAGAUUUCGGUGCACUCUCCUAACGCUUCCGAGAACGGAAUGUGUCGAUAUUUUCCUUUCUUUGCUAUGGAUUUUAAUUGCAUCUCUUUGUAUCCAUGUUUCCUGCGGGUCCCAUAAUGCAGGCAAUCAUGGUUGGGGUUUUUCAACCACCAUGUGAGCAGCACACUUGAGCAUGUGCAGAGUGUGUUUGUUUGUUUGCUUGAACUGGGUUUCAUAAACAUGAAUAAUGUUAUACAAAUAAGUUUUCCCAUGUCAUUUGUAUAGCACAAAAAUAGCAUAAUUAAUGUGGGAAAAUAUCUGCAACAUAUGUUUCGUUCCUAGUGGUCAAUAUAUAAUUUCUUGGUUUAUGAAUUGAAACAAUUAGGAAAGUGAAUACUUGUAUUUCCUUGGUUGUAAGAGAGGCUGGGUGUGGCUGUAAUGAGAAUUUGUUUUUGUGGGUGAGCAGGGUGUGAGAGUGUAUUUUUGAAUCCGGUUAGCCAGAUUGUCCUCACCAUGUUGAACAACUGAAUGCAACAACCCAGGAUUCUCACUCUUUUACGUUUCUCUAUAAAUCCUCCCUUUCCCUGCCUCCAAUUAUUUUUACUAUUACCUUGAGUCCCUGUCAGGGGAAAUAAAUAAAAAAAUAAAUUUAUACCCCUCCUUUUUCCCAUACAGGGAUUCAAGGCGGGUUACAGAUAAAAAUAAGAACAGAGGAGGGGGAAAAACAACCAUUAAAAAACACUGACAGAAUUAAAUCUCUCCCAUCUAUUAAAAGCAUAUAGUUAAUUAUGGUAAAAACAGCAUGGCGUCAGCCCUUCCAUCAUAUUUAUUUUUUAUUAAAAUCAUCUCUGCAACUGCCUUUCUUUUCAAUGAACUACCAGGGUGGUUUGCAGAACAAUAAACCAACAGCAAUACCUAGCGAUAUAGCAAUAAGAUCCAGAUCGGCGAUUAGCAAUAAAUCAAUUAGCAUUGAUCACUGCAGUAUGAGAAACCCGGAGGCCGUAUGAAAAACCAGGAAAACGGUUUGUAGAAGAGGUUUGCUUCACCUCCACUGUAGACGUUAUACCUGGAUAAUCUGGAAAUUAGACCUUUGGAGUCUUCGGGGUGAAAUCAAAGGUCGAUUCUCUAGAUUCCUGCAUGAAUAUAAUUCUGUGAUUCGAUGUGGUUUAACCAUAACUUGUGAAAGGGCAUUAUCACGCUGCUCAGCAACUGUUGUGCAUUUUUAGCUUUCAGUGUCACUGAAAAACCCUACACAUUUUGUCAAGAAGUUCAGGAAAGGAGGCCUCCACACAUACAAACAAAAUCACACUGCUCUGCUGCAGCCUGGAGACCUCCAGAUGUUUUGGACUCCAAUUCACAUCAGCCACCCAAAAAGUAUGGCCAGCAGUAAAGGAUAAUGGUCACAGGUUCACCAUCCCUGCUCCCAUGGGCUGUGCAGGGCAGUAGAUCAUCGCCACUUAAGGGCUGUCACAUGGAAGAGGGGACAAGCUUGUUUUCCCCUGCUCUGGAGGGUAGGACUCAAACCAAGGGCCUCAAGUUACAAGAAAGGAGAUUCCAACUAAACGUUUGGAAAAACCUUUCUGACAGUAAAGGUAAUGGGACCCCUGACCAUUGGGUCCAGUUGUGACCGACUCUGGGGUUGCGGCGCUCAUCUCGCUUUAUUGGCCGAGGGAGCCGGCGUACAGCUUCUGGGUCAUGUGGCCAGCAUGACUAAGCCGCUUCUGCCGAACCAGAGCAGCGCACGGAAACGCCGUUUACCUUCCCGCCGGAGCGGUACCUAUUUAUCUACUUGCACUUUGACGUGCUUUUGAACUGCUAGGUUGGCAGGAGCAGGGACCGAGCCUGUCACGGGGAUUCGAACCGCCGACCUUCUGAUUGGCAAGUCCUAGGCUCUGUGGUUUAACCCACAGCGCCACCUGCGUCCCAUUCUGACAGUAAGAGCUCUUCUAAAGUGGAAUGGAUUUUUAAGCAGAGGGUGGGUGGCCACCCGCCAUGGAUGCUUUAGCUGAGAUUCCUGUAUUGCAGGGGGUUGGACUAGAUGACCCGUGGGUCCCUUCCAGCUUUGGGGUUCUAUGAUUCUAGAAUGGCUAGAGCUGGUGCAAGCCAGGGCCCUGUUGCCUUUCUCAGCAGAAGGCCAUACAACACCAAGAAUAAGGUGUGAAUAAGCUUCUAGGGCAGUGGUGGCCAAACUUUGCCCUCCAGCAGUUUUGGGACUACAAUUCCCAUCAUCCCUGACCACUGGUCCUGUUAGCUAGGGAUGAGGGGAGUUGUAGUCCCCAAACAGCUAGAGGGCCAAGUUUGGCCAUGCCUGUUUUAGGGGAAGCUCAGCGCAAGAGAAUACCUGGCUCUGUUUGACUUUGCUUCUGCAUAAGUGAAAUCGCGUAAAAUGGGGAGCACCCGCUAAACACCCUUUAAACGCCCUCUCUGGCACCCACUCUUCAAUCUGUAGCAAAAAUAUUGUAUCCAAAAAUAUCCACAGCUAGAUCUGAAGCUUUUUCAGGAGGCUGGAGGACCUAAGGGGAAGUGGCGGCUGCUGCUGCGCUACCUCCUGUGCCAGCUGUUAAGCGGGGAGGCUGAGCAGCCUAAAUUAGGCGUCAGCAAACUUUUUCAGCAGGGGGCCGGUCCACUGUCCCUCAGACCUUGUGGGGAGCCGGACUAUAUUUUUUUGGGGGGGGAUGAAAGAAUUCCUAUGCCUCACAAAUAACCCAGAGAUGCAUUUUAAAUAAAAGCACACAUUCUACUCAUGUAAAAACACACUGAUUCCCAGACUGUCUGAGGGCCGGAUUUAGAAGGCAAUUGGGCCAGAUCCAGCCCCCAGGCCUUAGUUUGCCUACCCAUGGCCUAAGCAAAGCCCCGCUGGGCCUCCAGUCUUUUCGGAGCUUCGUCUGCCCUCACUGACAUCUUCUUUGGGUUCCGGGGAGGGUCUCCUCGCGAGCCACAAGGACUCUCCAGUUUUGGAUUUCCAGCUUUGGAUUGAAUUAUUUAUUUCCCAGUGCCGUGCACAAGUCGGUCGCACGUAAGGGGUGUGUGGAACACCUGUACCAGGCUUUCUGCAGAGAGUAUUUUGGAGAUGCAUUUAGAUUUCACGUGUGGACCUGAUGUCCGCCACCUCCUGCACUCUUAGAGCCCACAUGUGACUGAUGGAUUGAGAGAGUCUCCUUUGCUUUCCAGGGAUUUGCGCUUCAACCGCAUCAAAGCCAUCCAGCCUGGAGCCUUCAGGAAUCUGAAGAACCUCAACACCCUGUAAGUGCUCAAUCUUCUUGUACCUAAAAUGGGAAUCCAAAACCCAGAGGCGCAGCUUAGCUUUGCUCUGUGGGCCGUCCGAUCCAAAUCUGACAGAAAUAACCCCGCUGGCUCGCGCACACAGAGGCGAAGUUCAGCAACGGUAUGCUGGGCGGCUUUCAAGCCAACUUUAUUUUUGGCUCUGGCCUCCGUAAGCAGUAUCACCUGCUCCGUUGUUUUUGGACAGGUUCGAGUUUGUGUCGGAUCUCAGAUUUUAAACAGCUGAGGUGCUUGGCUCCAGAAAUCGCUGGAUCCUCGGAGCACUCUUGGCGAGCCGAGGUCCUUUCAGGAUAACAGCACAUCUGCAGGCGCCCGGGAUGAGUUUGCUUCGAGCGACUUCCAUGCUGCGUUCAAUUAGGAGGCGGGGAAUGAAUUAGCACUUGGUACAAUCCUACAUAUGGGUCUGUCGCAGCAGAACCCUCCAGCUACAACCACACUUCGGCUCGCUGGCUCAGUCCUUGCUCUCUUCCCAAAGGACCACCCCAAAGGGCCAUCGCCCUUUGGCACCGAUCCUUUGGCAAUCACCCCGGCACUUUUUCUGGCUCCAGUCAAAAUGCCCCAACCCAGAUGUUAUUACUGGGUGGCUGCAGUUUCUGGCAGUGGUGCUGCAAGCAGGCUGCUUUGGGCCGAUGGUCCUCACUGCAGAAUGCAAGAAAGUUUGGAGGGGGUGACGGUUUAAAAACGCAAUCCUGUGUGAGUGCCUGGAGGCAGUUGGAGGAUGCAUAGUGGAUAACAGAUUGAGGCUGAAUCCUGACGAGACAGAAGUACUGUUUUGGGGGGACAGGGGUUGGGCGGGGGUUGGGGACUCCCUGGUCCUGAAUGGGGUAACUGUGCCCCUGAAGGACCAGGUGCGCAGCCUGGGAGUCAUUUUGGAUUCACAGCUGUCCAUGGAGGCGCAGCUCAAUUCUGUGUCUAGGGCGGCUGUCUGCCACCUCCAUCUGGUACGCAGGCUGAGACCCUACCUGCCCGCAGACUGUCUCACCAGAGUGGUGCAUGCUCUAGUUAUCUCCCACUUGGACUACUGCAAUGCACUCUAUGUGGGGCUACCUUUGAAGGUGACUUGGAAACUGCAAUUAAUCCAGAAUGCAGCAGCUAGACUGGUGACUGGGAGUGGCCGCCAACACCGGUAUUGAAAGACCUGCAUUGGCUCCCAGUACGUUUCCGAGCACAAUUCAAAAUGUUGGUGUUGACCUUUAAAGCCCUAAAUGGCCUUGGCCCAGUAUACCUGAAGGAGCAUCUCCACCCCCAUCAUUCAGCCCGGACGCUGAGGUCCAGCGCCGAGGGCCUUCUGGUGGUUCCUCAUUGUGAGAAGUGAGGUUACAGGAACCAGGCAGAGGGCCUUCUCGGUAGUGGUGCCCGCCCUGUGGAACGCCCUCCCAGCAGAUGUCAAGGAAAUAAGCAGCUAUCUUAUCUUCAAAAGACAUCUGAAGGCAGCCCUGUUUAGGGAAGUUUUUAAUAUUUAAUGCUGUUUUUAACACUUGAUUGGGAGCUGCCCAGAGUGGCUGGGGAAACUCAGCCAGAUGGGCGGGGGUAUAAAUAAUAAAUUAUUAUUGUUGUUAUUAUUAUUAUUAUUAUUCUCCCUUAGCUCCCUUUCAGCAGCAGCUCUCUCAAGGGAGACCUGCUACCUGUGUCUGCUCCUUUUGAGGUUGAGCAAAAGUAGUUGAAUUGCUAGGAGGGGAUCCUGAUUGAUCCCUCCCCAAAAAAGCUCAAGAACUGUGGCUCUUCCACCCCAAAAAAAGGUCAACAACUUUGGUAUAUCCAAUGGGUAUAAAAAGGUAAAGGGACCCCUGACCAGUAGGUGCGGUCGUGGCCGACUCUGGGGUUGCGGUGCUCAUCUCGCUUUAUUGGCCGAAGGAGCCGGCGUACAGCUUCCGGGUCAUGUGGCCAGCAUGACUUGCUGCUUCUGGUGAACCAGAGCAGCGCACGGAAACGCCGUUUACCUUCCCGCCGGAGCGGUACCUAUUUAUCUACUCGCACUUUGACGUGCUUUCGAACUGCUAGGUUGGCAGGAGCAGGGACCGAGCAACGGGAGCUCACCCCGUCACGGGGAUUCAAAGUGCCGACCUUCUGAUCGGCAAGUCCUAGGCUCUGUGUUUUAACCCACAGCGCCACCCGUGUCCCUUAUCCAAUGGGUAUACUGCCAGUUUAUUUAUAGUGGGAGUAGAUCAGUCUCUUGGCAGUUGGACGUGCCUGCUGUAGUCAAUUAAAUACCCUGAUCCUUUAAACAGCAGCUUUUUUUAGAAAGGGUUGAUUCUUUCAAUGGAAAAACGUGUAGUUUCAAGUGCCAUCUUGGAAUGUUUUAGUAACAAUAAUAGUAAUUUUAUGAUUUGUACCCCGCCCAUCUGACUGGGUUGUCCCAGCCGCUUUGCACGGCUUUCAACAUAUAUAAAAGUGUAAUAAAACAUUGAACACCAAAAAACAUCCCUAUACAGAGCUGCCUUCUAAAAGUCGUAUAGUUAUUUAUUUUACAUGCUUGAAAUUUCUCAGUUCCACAUUGCUCUUUCAUUGAUUUUUGGUUAUGCUUUCGCGUUCAUGAUAUAUCGCUUGCUUUUUGGACUGUACACCUCUUAGAGAUUUUUGAAAUACUGUAGUAAGCAAUUCAUAAAUUCCUUUAAAUAAAAUAAAAUAAAUUGAAGAGUGGUUAGGUGCCGCAGUGGUUAGAGGGUUCGUUGUCACAAUCAAUUUAUUUGUAUGUCAGUUCUCCACAGAAUUGGGCCCAUGGUGGCUCACAGCCUAUCAAAUGAACAACAAUAAAUAUAACAUUUUUAAUAAAAAAAUGUAUUAGGAACGAUAGGAAAUAAUCCUAUUGUCAGUAACGCAAAAGGAAAAUUGGUUCAGCACAGUACUAAAAACAAUAGGGCUUUGCAACGGAGCGGGCAGGGAUCCACUGGAUUUUGUGUCAUCUCUGCUGCCGUUGUGUGACAGCACAAGGCCUGAUUUGAUCUGGUUAGAAUAACAGAAUCAUAUAGUUGGAAGGAACCCCAACCACCUGCAAUGCAGGAAUCUGCCUGCCUCUCUGCCUUCCAUCCCAGCGGAUGGAAGAUGUUUUUAUUUUUCAAAAAAAAUAUUCAUUUUAUAACGCGAAUAAAGAACACAAACAGAAAAACAAACAAUACAAACAAAUUCUUGUCAUGGCCUUAUUUUUCUAAACAUUGUUAAGUGGGCUUCCCCAAGUCCCACCAAUCUGAUUUUCAUUUUACUUCAUCUUUAGCAGUUUACAUAUAUCAUAAUUUCUAACCAUCUUUUUUUAAAUCAUACUUAAAAUAAUUUGAGGGACGUGGGUGGCGCUGUGGGUUAAACCACAGAGCCUAGGACUUGCCGAUCAGAAGGUCGGUGGUUCGAAUCCCCGCGACGGGGUGAGCUCCUGUUGCUCGGUCCCUGCUCCUGCCAACCUAGCAGUUUGAAAGCACAUCAAAGUGCAAGUAGAUAAAUAGGUACUGCUCUGGUGGGAAGGUAAACGGCGUUUCCAUGCGCUGCUCUGGUUUGCCAGAAGCGGCUUAGUCAUGCUGGCCACAUGACCCGGAAGCUGUACGCCAGCUCCCUCAGCCAAUAAAGCAAGAUGAGCGCCACAACCCCAGAGUCGGUCACGACUGAACCUAAUGGUCAGGGGUCUCUUUACCUUUACCUUAAAAUAAUUUCACAUUUUAUCACUUAUAAAUAAUACUAUUUUAAAAUACACUAUCUUCUACUUCUAACCCUACAGCCUAUAUCCACUUCCAAAGCUAUUCUAAGAUUUAAAUGUUAACAUAUUUUUUUCAAAUAUUCCUUAAACUUCUUCCAGUCUUCUUCCACCAUCUCUUCUCUCUGGUCUCAGAGUCUCCCGGUCAGUUUGGCAAGUUCCAUAUAGUCCAUCAUCUUCAUCUGCCAUUCUUCAAUAGUUGGUAAAUCUUGUUUCACGGAUGGAAGAUGUAAAGUCCCACCAGGCUAGGGGGCAUUUAUCAUCAUCAUCAUCAUUCUUACCCCACAUUUUACCCAGAUUUGGCGACUCAGCUAAACAGCUGCAAAUAUGUUUUAAGUGCAUUAUAUAAAUGUGACACUAGAUGGUGAUGGUGAGCUUAUGGCAAAUUCAAUAUAUUUUUCAAAAUGCUUCUUAAAAAAGCAUUUUCACAGCAUGUUUUUUUUAUGUGUCCAGAUUCCACUCCGGACUUGCACAAAUUAAAAUGACGCAGAUAAAAUACCCCCCCCCCAAAAAAAAAACAUAUAAAAGAUUCUUUUUUAAAAACAACAACAACCCUAUAAUAAAAUUAAAACAAUAUUAAAAAAAUAAAUAGGGAUGAUGAAAACAGCACAGCACUGUUAAAACCCCUUUCCUUAAAAAGAAAACAAAAAAACCAGUCAGUUGCCAAUGAUCUGUUUCGAACUGGGUGAGGAUGAUUUAAAAGUCUGGGUAAUUUUUUUUAAAAAAGGGUUGGAUCAAGGGAUCUCUGGCCAAGAAGACUCAUAGCGGGAGAGCCAAGAAUGUUAUCACCCUCUACUCUUGCCCAGUGUCACAACACAAAUGCGGAGGGACGUUGCUGGAGGAGAGCAAUUUCCCCUGGAUAUUAAAUCCUCCGUGAGGGAACAGAUGGCUAAUUGUUUCUUGCCACAGCCUAAUUGCAUGUAAUCUAAAAUACUGGCUGGUCCCGUUUGGCUUAACCGGCCUGCUUUGUUUGCGGUUGCCAUGGCAACCCCGGGAUGAUGCCUCCACUCCAAGCGAAGAACUGGAACGCCACACGAUGGUGGAGAUCACGAUAGUAAGGCAUCAGGGCAGUCGGUCAGAUUCCUACCAAUUUGAGUUUUACUGUGAGUCAGUGGGACAGGAAUGAACUUGAUUCAGGCUGCAGUUCCCACAGGAAGCUGCUUGUGUGGGAUAGAUCCAGCCCCAUAGAACCAACAUGCUUAACUCUGAUUAAGGUUUGCCCUGUCUCACCAGAGUGGUGCAUGCUCUAGUUAUCUCCCGCUUGGACUACUGCAAUGCGCACCUUUGAAGGUGACCCGGAAACUACAACUGUUAUGUACUGAGUUGAAUAGGAUCCAAAAGGCAGCAGUCUGAUUGGUCCUAGAACAAUAGGAUUCAGAAUGCAGCAGUCUGAUUGGUCCUAGAACAAUAGGAUUCAGAAUGCAGCAGUCUGAUCGGUCCUAGAACAAUAGAAUUCAGAAUGCAGCAGUCUGAUUGGUCCUAGAACAAUAGGAUUCAGAAUGCAGCAGUCUGAUUGGUUCACAGGAGGCACCCAAUCUAACUCCAGGUGGAAGUGAAUCCGCAACCUGAUUGACCUACAGGAGAAUCCUGGAAUUAUCCAAUCACAUGGGGUCUAUUAUGUAAAUAAUGUAUAUAAAGCAGACAUUCUGGGGGAACUUCCAUUCCUCCUCACCACUAUGAGCUGGAUAAAGAGCAUGAAAUCCACUCUCAACUCCAAGUAUAUUUCAACAACUAAUCCAGAAUACGGCAGCUAGACUGGUGACUGGGAGCGGCUGCCAAGACCACGUAACACCUGUCCUGAAAGACCUACAUUGGCUCCCAGUAUGUUUCCGAGCACAAUUCAAAGUGUUGGUCAGUGGCGUAGCGUGGGGGGUGCAGGGGGGGCCAGCCGCACCGGGCGCAACAUCUGGGGGGGGCGCACUCGCACUCGCAGCUCUCUGCCCCUACCUGGCUCACUCACUCUCUCUCACUGCAGUGCUGGCUGUGCGAAUCCGAUCUGAGCCGCUGGGUUGCCGCCCACUGUGGAGGGGGUGGGUGCCAGGCGUGCGGUGCGGAGAGAGAGCGAGGGACUAUCUGGGGGAGGGACAGUGCAGCGGCUGCCCAGCGCAGCGCUGAGCGCGGGAGAGAACCACACCAGACCAGACCAGGCAGCAGCAAGAAGAAGCUGGCAGCGGCGGCAUGUUAGGGGUUAGGGGGCGCAAAUUACUUGCCUUGCCCCGGGUGCUGACAACCCACGCUACGCCGCUGGUAUUGGUGCUGACCUUGAAAGCCCUAAACUGCCUCGGUCCACUAUACCUGAAGGAGCGUCUCCAACCCCAUCAUUCAGCCUGGACACUGAGGUCCAGCGCCAAGGGCCUUCUGGCAGUUCCCUCGCUGCGAGGGAACCAGGCAGAGGGCCUUCUUGGUGGUGGUGCCUGACCUAUGGAACGCCCUCCCACCAGAUGUCAAAGAAAUAAACAACUAUCUGGCUUUUAGAAGACAUCUGAAGGCAGCCCUGUAUUAGGAAGUUUUUGAUGUUUGAUGUUCUGUUGUGUUUUUAUAUGUGUUGGAAGCCACCCAGAGUGGCUGGGGCAACCCAAUCAGAUGGGCAGAUGAUGAUGAUGGUCAUCAUCAUAACGGGAGAGUGAAGAACCAGCCUAGGUGAGCCACAGCAGAGGUCUCCUCUGGAAUGGUAGAGAACCUUCCUGUUCCACAGCAAACUUUUCGUUUGCCAAAGAGAGAAGUGCAAUGCCAAAAAGAUUAGCUUGGAAUCCACAACCGCAAGGGUUUUCUCAUGUGCUUCGGGGCUGGAAAGGAAUGUUAUGACAACGAUGGCGAAAACAGUGCUGAAAGGUAAACAAGAGUCCAGACCAUGGACAGGAUCCUAUUGUAUCCGUCCUCCUGACCUUGCCUGCGGAGCUCAAUUUGCCUUCCUUUGGACCGCGGAGCUUGCCGGUCUUCCAGCUCUGACCCAGUUAGAGAGGCAGACAAAUUCCAAAUGGCACCACAGGAGAAUUCUGAAGCAGAUAAGACAUUUCUCUCUCUCCCUCCCUCCCCGCCCCCCCCCCCUUUUGGCAGGAUGCAAAACAAGCACAUUAAUUUAAGGGCCUGGCUACGUGAGGUGGCAGGAUUUGGCCUGGUCCAGUCAUUCUUCAGUGGAUCUUUUGCAAAAAUGCAGUACGUAGCGCCCUGAUCCAGAACAGGGUCAUGGUGCUCUGGCGGUGAGGGUUUAAGUUCAAUCCAAAUUUAUCCUUUAUUUAUUUAAUGUCAUUUGUAUCCUGCCUUCCUCCCAGCACAGGACCUGAGGUGGCUCGCAACAUACAUUAAGCCAGGUGCAAACUAAUAAUAAUAAUAAUAAUAAUAAUAAUAAUAAUAAUAUAUUAUUUGUACCCCGCCCAUCUGGCUGGGUUUCCCCAGCCACUCUGGGCAGCUUCCAACAAAGAUUAAAAAUACAUCAAAAUGUCACACAUUAAAAACUUCCCUGAACAGGUCUGCCUUCAGAUGUCUUCUAAAUGUCAGGUAGUUUUUUAUCUCUUUGACAUCUGCUGGGAGGGCGUUCCACAGGGCGGGUGCCAACACUGAGAAGCCCCUCUGCCUGGUUCCCUGUAGCUUUGCUUCUCACAGCGAGGGAACCGCCAGAAGGCCCUCAGCACUGGACCUCAGUGUCUAGGCAGAACGAUUGGGGUGGAGACGCUCCUUCAGGUAUACUGGACCGAGGCCAUGUAGGGCUUUAAAGGUCAACACCAACACUUUGAAUUGUGCUCGGAAACGUACUGGGAGCCAAUUUAGGUCUUUCAAGACUGGUGUUUUAUGGUCUUGGCGGCCACUCCCAGUCACCAUUCUAGCUGCUGCAUUCUGGAUUAGUUGCAGUUUCUGGGUCACCUUCAAAGGUAGCCCCACGUACAGCGCACUGCAGUAGUCCAAGUGGAAGCUAACCAGAGCAUUCACCACUCUGGCGAGAUAAUCCACAGGCAGGUAGGGUCUCAUCCUGCGUACCAGAUGGAGCUGGUAGACAGCUGCCCUGGACAAAGAAUUGACCUCUGGUUCCAUGGACAGCUGUGAGUCCAAAAUGACUCCCAGGCUGCGCACCUGGUCCUUCAGGGGCACAGUUACCCCAUUCAGAACCAGGGAGUCCUCCACACCAGCCCGCCUCUUGUCCCCCAAGAGCAGUACUUCUGUCUUGUCAGGAUUCAACCUCAAACAAAAACACACAAUGAGCAUAAAUAUUAGAAAACAAUUAAAUAAGAAACUGUAUUGAAAACCUUGGUGAGAACACUUAAAAGCACACACACACAAAAGCCUAAGACCCAGCCUAAGAAGACGCUGUCACAACAGCCAGCUAUUGGCCAAAGGCCAGUCAAGAUUUUUAAAAAAAUUGUCUCCUAGCAAAAGGAAAACAGAGAAGGAGCUGGGCUGUCCUCUUGUGGAAGGGAGUUCCACAGUCUUGGAGCAGCCUCUGAGAAGGCCCCCUCUCAUGGCCUCACCAAUCUCAUACCCUCCAACAUUUCUCCAGUGAAAAUAAGGACGUCCCAUUCCAUAAUGAUAACUUUGCUUUUCAUACCCCACACAUCUUAAUGGGUUGCCCCAGCCACUCUGGGCAGCUUCCAACAUAUAUGAAAAAACAUAACAAAACAUUAAACAUUUAAAAAAACCCCUACCCUGUACAGGAUUCCCUUCAGAUGACUUGGGAGUCGGAUAACUUAGGGCUGCCAUAUGUCUGGAUUUUCCCAGACAUUAUCAGGAUUUCAAAGGCAGAACUGAUGUCCGGGCUGAAUUGUCCUGAAUCUUAGGCAAGUCAAUUUUUUUGGCAUUUUUGUAGAAACCCACCAAAAUUGUUGAGUUCUUUUUAUGGGAAAAUUGCCUCCAGACGCCAUUUUUACACCCUAGGGUGCAAGCCUAGCGUGUGCUGGUUUUUACUUUUUGAAAUAUGGCAACCCUAGGAUAUAUCUCCAUACGCUCCAACAUUUAUUCAGUGAAAAUAAGGACGUCCUAAGGAAAUGUGGGACAUUCUGGGAUCAAAUCAAAAAUCCGGGAUGACUUCUUUAAAGCAGGGACAUCCCUGGAAAACAGGGACGCUUGGAGUGUCUACAGUCGUAAUACUGAGACCGCAGCCUGCCGCCUUCAAAGUAAUGCAUUAAUGUGUGCCUUCCUUUCCCUUAUUUUCUCACAGGCUUUUGAACAACAACCUGAUAAAGCAAAUUGCACGAAGAUCCUUCGAAGGACUUGACAGCUUGAAAUACCUGUAAGUGUCUGUAAGGAGGCCCGUUGUGACAACAGCCUCUGAACAUUAGUAGCGGGAAAGUGAAACACUCCUGAUACUUGUCAGAUGACAAUUACUUUAUCGUAUCUACAUCCUGCUACACACAUGUGCAUAGUAAAUAUUGAGCAGGAAAAUAAAUUGCAGCUGCAUAUUUUUUUUCUUAAUUAUUCAUAUGCCAUUAGACAGGGCCUUCUUGGUGGUGGCUCCCAGGUUGUGGAAUACCCUCCCUCCUUAUUAGCUUUCAGAAGGAGCUUGUAAACAUUCCUGUUCACCCAGGCAUUUGGUGGCUGAAAAUUCCUGCAACUGGCAACCACGACAAUUAUUAGCUGUGAGGGUAUGCAACCAUUUUACCCGUUAUUAGAUUUUUUUGCUGGCUUUUAGGUUUCAUACAUUUCAAGAUAUUUUAAAUUACUUUAAAAUGAUUUAGUCAUGUUUUUAUAUUAUUCUGACUUGCAUUGUUGUACAACGUUUCUCUGCUCUGGGCUCCUUUGGGAGGAAAGCCUGAAUAUAAAUUUAAUUAUUCAAUGAAUUAAGUAAUUGAUCAGCAGAACACAAUUAGAUAAACUGGCUUUUUCAUGUUGCUAAGCCAGAAAAGAGGUUUGGAUCGUUCACUGCCUGCCUUUUUUUUCUUUCUCACACGCAGUUCAGUCGCCAAUGAUAGUUGCUCUGAGAUCUGCCCUGGGUUUUUGUGUUCACUUUGCCAAACUUCAUACCCAUCUCUUUUUCCCCUCGAGGGGACGGAAAAGCAGCUUGAAGUGUGUCUGAUUUUUAUUUUUUGAAAAAUCUCGGGCAGGAAAAGGAUUAGCUAUGCACAUAACCUCCACUCCCCUUCUCAGCAGGACUGGCGUCAGCAGCCGACAUCCUCGUUCAGCUGCCAAAGGGUCCUGCCCAGCUCUUUUGGCACCAUUGCCCUGGGCCUCCCCUCCUCCAGGGCUCCUUCGUUAAAUGAGCACCAGGUGGUCUUCGUUGCAAUUGCACCCUGGAGUGACAUCACGGCACAGCGGGGCAUGGUGGGAAAUUGCAACGGCAGCUGGCCUUUUGCUCAUCCUCCUCUUCCAGCGAAAUAUUCACGUGUGUCGGGUAGUGGGGACUUUAUUGUCGCCAAGUGCUGCAAACACGGCCCGCAAAGACCUGGGCAUUCUAGUGACGCCUUCGCCCAUCUGAUGCCCGCCAGAUUGUUGUGGACGACUGCUGCCUUGAAGGGAUGCGGGUGGCGCUGUGGGUUAAACCACAGAGCCUAGGACUUGCCGAUCAGAAGGUCAGCAGUUCGAAUCCCCGCGACGGGGUGAGCUUGAGUUGCUCGGUCCCAGCUCCUGCCUACCUAGCAGUUCGAAAGCACGUCAAAGUGCAAGUAGAUAAAUAGGUACCGCUCCGGCGGGAAGGUAAACGGCGUUUCCGUGCACUGCUCUGGUUCGCCAGAAGCGGCUUAGUCAUGCUGGCCACAUGACCCGGAAGCUGUACGCCGGCUGCCUCGGCCAGUAAAGCGAGAUGAGCGCCGCAACCCCAGAGUCAGCCACGACUGGACCUAAUGGUCAGGGGUUCCUUUACCUUCACCUUACUGCUGCCUUGAGCCCCAAGCCAGCACUACUAAGAGAGAGAGAUAAAACUUUAUUCGCAUUAGCCAAUGGCCAUAGCAACAGUAAAACAUUACAGUAUACGCAGAAAAGGAAAUUUGAUAUAAAAGCACAGUUUAAAGUCCUGAAGCAGCAGUCAGUUAGUGGCCCUUAUUCUGAUUGCCGCUGCUAUGAACCUAGCACCCUUUGCUGUUAUCUGCUCAUUUUGAUCUGAUAAAAGAAAGGACAUUGUGGCAGUGGCUGAGCGCCCUGGGAUGGCUAGUACGAGUUUGGUGAUGAUCUCGUUCCUCAGGUCUUUGUAGAGCCAGCACCACUGUAAGAUCAAAAUAUCUGGAAGGAACCAGGUUUGAGGAAGGCUGCCUAGUGCCUCCUAAACCAUGACGGGGAGGUUCAGACACUAUGGUGGCAGAUAAAUUUCUAAGGAUGGAAUCAAAGAAUCGUAGAAUUGGAAGGGGGGGUCAUCUAAGUCCAACCCCCUGGAAUGCAGGAAUAGGCUGCUGACCCAUGCAGGGAUUGAAACUGCAACCUUGGCAUCAUCAGCACCAUGCUCUCACCGACUGAACUAUCCACUGAGAGCCAGUGUGGUGUAGUGGUUAAGAGCGGUAGACUCGUAAUCUGGGGAACCGGGUUCGUGUCUCGGCUCCUCCACAUGCAGCUGCUGGGUGACCUUGGGCUAGUCACACUUCUUUGAAGUCUCUCAGCCCCACUCACCUCACAGAGUGUUUGUUGUGGGGGAGGAAGGGAAAGAAGAAUGUUAGCCGCUUUGAGACACCUUCGGGUAGUGAUAAAGCGGGAUAUCAAAUCCAAACUCUUCUUCUUCUUCUUCUUCAUCCAGGCCAGCCGAUAGUUACCUCUGUUUUGUUAUUUAUUUACCUAUUGCCUGCCAUUCACCCUACAGUCGCAGGGCAGGUUGCAGCAUUGAAACACGACAAUUAAAACCAUUCAAAACAACUUACCACCAUAAAAAUAAGGGAGGUCCUCAAAACAUCCGCCCCGAGUGUCAAAAGCCAGGGUAAAGAGGUGCAUCUCCAGAAUUAUCUGAAAGCUGUAUAAUGACGGUGCCAAACGCACCUCUGUGGGUAGGGGCUUUCACAUUUGGGGCCACCACCGAAAAGGCCCUCUCCCAGGCAACACCGAUACACAGUGCCCCGAGGCUUUGAGGGCAGAGGAACUACCAAGAGGGCAUCCUCUGAUCUCAUGACUCAGUAGGGUCUCUCAGGUAUUUGGGGCUUGAGUCAUUUAUGGCUUUAAGCAAUAGUGUGAGCAGAUUGAAUUGGGCCCUGAAACAAACUGGCAACCAGAGCAGUUGUUUUAAAACAUGGGUUACGUGGGUCUCAAUGUCUGGCUGCUGCAUUUUGGACCAACUGGAGUUUUUGAGUCGUCUCCAAGGGCCACCCCACAUAGAGUGCAUUGUAAUAAUAUGAUUUUAGGCUGUUGAAUCCAAUGCAGCCCUCCUGUUAGCCAGCCAGAAAGCUUUUCUCAACCAAUGUAAUUUUAUUCUCCUUUUCCGCUCUCCCUCUCUUUGCAAGCUACCUUUACAAGAAUGAAAUACAGAGCAUCCAGCAGCAUGCAUUCAAGGGCCUUUCUUCCCUGGAACAGCUGUAAGUUGGCCGAGGUUUGUGUUGGAAAUUGCAUGGAGACGAGGGAUGGAAUUUCGCCUCUGGAUUCCUGCCAGCCCCCUGAGACACCAUCUGCAAGCGCUCCUUAGAGUCCUGAGAAACUGAGCUUUGAUUGAAAAAUGAAAUAAAAGUAAUAUGUUUUUAUUUAUUUACUCUUAGGUAUUCCUAGGCUGCUUUUCUGGGCAGCGCCGACUCAAGGCAGCUUGCAAACGUUUCUAGUUAUCGUGGUGAUAGAGCUACGUUUAAACAUCUCCUGCUUUUUAAGCUUUGGUGUUGAGCUUUCUGUCACUCAUGUUAAUCCACGUAACUCGAGAAUGAUGAUUUCAGAAGUAGAUUGCUGCAGAGCACUGGUUGGGCAACUCCUAAAGAUGAUCUCCUUAUCACGAAAAGCAUCGCUUGCUAAUUUCUGCUUUGCAAAUGGCCAUUCAAAGCACAACUGCAAGAGAGGUCUGAACCAUUUGCUAUAACAUUCUGGCCAAUUGACAACCCAGUUGCCACCUGUCUGUGAGGAUCUUCUGGGGAAGAUCUAGAAUAAUAUAAUUGUAGAGUUGUAAGGGACCCUAUGGGAUGCAGGUGGCACUGUGGGUUAAACCACAGAGCCUAGGACUUGCUGAUCAGAAGAUUGGCGGUUCGAAUCCUCACGACGGGGUGAGCUCCCGUUGCUCGGUCCCUGCUCCUGCCAACCUAGCAGUUCGAAAGCACGUCAAAGUGCAAGUAGAUAAAUAGGUACCACUCUGGUGGGAAGGUAAAAGGCGUUUCCGUGCGCUGCUCUGGUUCGCCAGAAGCGGCUUAGUCAUGCUGGCGACAUGACCUAGAAGCUGUACUCCGGCUCCCUCCGCCAAAAAAGCGAGAUGAGCACCGCAACAACCCCAGAGUCAGCCAUGACUGGACCUAAUGGUCAGGGGUCCCUUUACCUUUACUUUAAGGGGCCCUAAGGGUCAUCUAUCCAACCCCCUGCAAUGCAGGAAUCUCAACUAAAGAGGCCUCUACGUGAUGCCCAAGAGAACUACUGCCAGUCAAUAUUGAGCUGGACCAGAGGUUUUCGACCUUUUUGAGUCCACGGCUCCCUUGACCAACUACAUUCUUUCCACGGCUCCCCUGUGGGCCUGAGGAACCCAGCUAUGUCACCCCUUGCCUGCAGAGCUGGCAGCCUUUCACCCUUUUUCAAACACCCUCCCUUGUGGAGUGUUCCCUCAGCCUCCUUCCCCCUUUCCUUGGGAGUCUUCCACUGCUGCCACCCUAGUCUCUCAGCUGCCCUCACCCCCAAGAAAGGUGCCCCCCAGAGGUACCAUUUGCCUGCGGAGCUUAUAGUCAGGGCUGCUGCAAUAAACAGCUGUGCAAGCCUUUGGGAGGCAGAGAUGCAAGAGGGCAUCAGAAGAGGGAGGGAAGGAAAGAGGGACAGAGGCCAGUGUUGCCCACGGCACCCCUGACCAUCAUUCAAGGCACCCCAGGGUGCCACAGCACUCGGGUUGAAAACCACUGAGCUAGACAUACCAAUGACCGGACAUAGUAUUGUUGGGAAUCAAGCCUUUAUCAGGAGAAACUGGCCACUCUCCAGGCACCCGGCUUGAUCUCCUGUUGACCUCCCUGUCUGCAUUCCCGGCAGGAUCCAGGCUAGGUCGCGAUAGGCAAUCCUUCUCAGAGUGAGAAGAACACACCCCCUCUUUCCUGCCCCCCCCGGGCAGGGGAGAGAGAUAGACAGAAACGUAUUUACAUUCCUUUAUUUCUGUCUUUGCAGCGUUACAAAAAUCAUGACUGCUCUCUUCAAGCUUCAGCAGUCGAGAGACAAACUCCACCUGUACUUCCUGUACAGCUCAUAUUACACUCUGAGCUAAUUCCGGUGCCCUCUGCACUGUGAAUUGACUGUCCCUGUGUUUCCCACGGAACAGUCCCAACAUUCCCAUUAUGUUUUGCUUUCAAGCUACCAGCUCGCGGCCGCAUUGCUUCUAUAUCGUAACAAGUAUACGGCAGCCUCUUAGGUUUCUCUUACACCAGGGGUCAGCAAACUUUUUCAUCAGGGGGGCAGUCCACUGUCCCUCAGACCUUGUGGGGGUCCAGACUAAAUAUUGAAAAAAGAAAUGAAUGAAUUCCUGUGCCCCACAAAUAGCCCAGAGAUGCAUUUUAAAUAAAAGGACCCAUUCUACUCAUGUAAAAACACGCUGAUUCCUGGACCGCCCGCGGGCCAGAUUUAGAAGGCGAUUGGGCCGGAUCCGGCCCCUGGGCCUUAGUUUGCCUACCCAUGUCUUAUGCACACCCCUCCUCAGCCAGCCAUGUUUUGUGUCAGAGUUGGAGCCAAACACAGGCCAACGAUAAAAGAAGCAGAUCUCCGUUGUCAGUGAAGUUCACUCUUUAUUCAAGGUAACAAACAUACAACUCAGUGGUCUUUCCCUUCAGGGGCAAAUCCCAGGUCUGAAGGUCCUUGCCUUCCACCCUUUCUAAGGCGGCUCCUCUGCCGGAUGUUUCCCAAGCAAAUUGCAUCUGCACACCUCUGCUAUUCUCAUCACUCUGUGCGUUCUUGGAGACCGGUGAGAAGGGCACUGGCAGAGGAAGAGAGGGCGGGGGGAGCGCACUGCCCCGGGCACCACGAUCCUGGUGGGGUGCCAUUGCGGCUGGGGGUCCCCCCUCGCUGGGCACCACACCCCUGGGACACGCAUCAUGAAGCUCCGUCCCGGGCUAAGGCGUGCUUGUCGCAGCAGGAGAGGCAGACGCCUUAGAUCAGUGGUUCUCAACCUGUGGGUCCCCAGAUGUUGUUGGACUACAAAUCCCAUCAUCCCUGAGGUCUGGUCUUGCUAGUUAGGGGUGAUGGGAGUUGUAGUUCAACAACAUCUGGGGACCCACAGGUUGAGAAAGGCUGCCUUAGAUUCUUCUGCAGUCUCUUGACCUCCUUCCUCUGCUUCAGCCUCUGUGUCUGCACUGCUUCCUGUCACAGGCUCUUCCUGCUCACAAAACCCUGUUGCCCCUUUGGGAUCCAUCACCUCCUCCCACGCAUCUUUCCCCUCUGACCUCUCCCCAAUGCCCCACCACCAAUCCCCUGGCUCUGAGCCUUCUUCCUCUGGGGGUUCCCUUGGCGGGGGUCCCCGGCUGGUGCCUCCCACCUCUCCUCUGCGUCCAGCCCAAUCCCUGACACUUUGCUGAGCUCACACAUCACAGCAGAGAGAUGAAUCCUUCACCUUGGGCUUUCUGACUUAUUUUAAGCACAGAUGCCUUUGCCUGCGAUGUGGGAGAAGUUCACUGGUAUUCAGGAAGUCAGAGCCCUAGCUAUCCCCAACCUAGUGUCUUCCACAUCUGGUGGGACUACAACCCCCAUCCUCUCUGGGCUGCUGGGAGUUGUAGUCCAACAUCUGGAGGGCACCAGGUUGGGGGCAGAUGGGGUGAUCUCCGGAUAAUAAUUCUUUGAGUUAGAAAAACCGAAAAAACUCUGAGAUGACACAACAGAUCCAAUAAUAUUUGCUUUGUAAAAAAACAACAACCCAGUCCUGUUGAGAUGACGUAGUCCCUGACCAUAAAUGUCUCGCAAGGCACGCUAGAUAGACAAAAUAAAGAGUCAUGGGGGAGAUGUAGGAAAGUAUGUGCUCCUUCACAAAUGAUCUCAUGUGCAGCACUGUGGCCAAGAUCUAAUCUCUCGCUAGCAAAUAUAAUCAACGGCUUUGUAGAUGAUGUAUUAGGAAGGAACGGUCCAGCACUUCUGCGCCCUCAACGAGCCGCUUGUAGUUUUCUUGAGAAUAAUCUCAAGAGUCUGUGGAAUCAGCCUUUGCCGCAAGGAGUGGCUCUUUAUGUUUUCAUAAAACUUUCUAAAUAUACCAUUUUUUAGAGAGUCGCGCUUCUGGCUCUACAUGUGUCACAGCAGUUGUCGAUUAUAGAUAGAACAGUUCAAAGGAACGAGGAGCUCCUCUGCUUUGACCCUUUGAAACAGGUUGUUGUUCAAAUGUUAUGGCCCUUUCCCCAUCCUUUCCGUCAAAAUUCGAAACUGUCUUGUAAAGCAUUGAGCAGACUGAUGGAUUGGUGGUCCAUUUGAGUUCAGGUCUGCUACAGGGUCAUCAUGCAGGAGUAUUUUGCAUUCCUGGUCCCCUUUCGCUAGAGAGGAACCCAUUUACCCAUAGCACUGAAAGUCAUUUAUACAAUUAUUUUUACACCAUCAUUGCAUUGUUUUUCACACCGGCCACAAACAUUCAUUUUCCGCCGGGCCUUUGGCUCUUAAUUAUCUAUGUCCUCGAGUUAGUGGCAUGUUUUAAUCCUGCCUUUUUAAAAAUAGAAUGUCUUUUAUAUUUUCCUUUGUAGCCCUCCCCCCUUUUAUGUCAGUUCCUUUGUAUGUAUUUGCUUAUAUAUUUUAAGUCGCUUUGAGUUACUUUGUUUUAAAAGCGACCAAUAAAUUUAAGUAAUAAUAAUAUAUUCAUAGUUACUUGUUUAAGUCACAGCUUCCCAGAUGUUUGCAUGAAAGCAUGCCUCAUCCAUAGUCGCAUGGCAUAAUGGGUUUUGUAGUUUUUCAGGUUGCAUAAACAGUCAGUUGCAUGCAGGCAUAAUGCACUCGGCGCAUUGCAUGGAAUUGCAAUGCAUCAAAUGCGUUGAGUGAAUCUGGGGCUCCUCUGUUCUAUCCUGGCUCGCAACCCCUGCUUUACUUGUGGCAAGCUAGGAUGAUCCCACAUGCACUCUGGGAAUUAAAGAUCUGUUCCAUAUGUUCUGUUUUCUUCUUCACCCCAGUUACCUGCAUUUUAACAACCUUGAAACCUUGGAGCCAGAGACGUUUAGUGACCUGCCCAAACUGGAAAGGCUGUAAGUCGUCAGAAAAUCACCAAGUGGUUUGUAUGUGUGACAUUUGUGCUAGUCAAUUUGUGGUUUGUGCAAUUAGAGGUUACUGACCAUAACAGCUUCCCAAAGGGUCUAGCAGAGUUUCCCUGGCGGCAGACAACAAAAACUGUAGUCAUACUCAAAUGCACAGUCAAGAAUUACAGUGGCACCUCAGGUUACAGACGCUUCAGGUUACAGACUCCGCUAACCCAGAAAUAGUACUUCGGGUUAAGAACUUUGCUUCAGGAUGAGAACAGAAAUCGUGCUCUGGUGGCGCGGCAGCAGCAGGAGGCCCCAUUAGCUAAAGUGGUGCUUCAGGUUAAGAACAGUUUCAGGUUAAGAACGGACCUCUGGAACGAAUUAAGUUCUUUACCCGAGGUACCACUGUACUUUGUGCAAGCAUUUGGCAUUUCAGUUACUACUAUCUACAAACUAUACAGUCCUCCUUCCUCUCUUUGGCACGGUAUACAGUGGUACCUCAGCUUACAUACGCUUCAGGUUACAGACGCUUCAGGUUACAGACUCCGCUAACUCAGAAAUAGUACUUCGGGUUAAGAACUUUGCUUCAGGAUGAGAACAGAAAUCAUACGGUGGCAGUGCGGCGGCAGUGGGAGGCCCCAUUAGCUAAAGUGGUACCUCAGGUUAAGAACAGUUUCAGGUUAAGAACAGACCUCCAGAACGAAUUAAGUUCUUAACCUGAGGUACCAUUGUACUUUGUGCAAGCAUUUGGCAUUUCAGUUACUACUAUCUACAAACUAUACAGUCCUUCUUCCUCUCUUUGGCACAGUAUACAGUACCUCGGGUUACAUACGCUUCAGGUUACAGACUCCACUAACCCAGAAAUAGUACCUCGGGUUAAGAACUUUGCUUCAGGAUGAGAACAGAAAUCAUGCUCCAGCGGCACAGCAGCAGCAGGAGGCCGCAUUAGCUAAAGUGGUGCUUCACGUUAAGAACAGUUUCAGGUUAAGAACGGACCUUCGGAACAAAUUAAGUACUUCACCCGAGGUACAACUGUACUUUCAGUCUAGUAAUAAACAGUCCUGAUAUCGCAAACUCAUAGUAUCAGCAGCACACUUUACCAUACAUCCAAACUAGCUGUAAGCAUGCGUAUGUGUGCUCUCUUCGUGCCUCAAAUUGCAAACUCAUCUUCCUCCUUUUAAUUGCAUCUCCAGCUGACACCAAUUAAGCAUGGAGUGCCGCUCCCACACAUUGAAGGAACUUCUGGAAUGCUUUUUAAACUUAAAGGAACCUUAUCUGUUUCGUGAAGAAUGUAUUCCUAACAUUAACAUCAUGCCUAGCUUGGUCCAGUGAGAGGGGUGCUUGAAAAGAGCACACCUAGGUGUGUUAAAACUUCACCCAGGGACAAUCUCUGCCUGUCACUUGGGAGAUGGCCUCAAAGAAUACCCGGCUAACGUUCUGACUCUCUUCACUUCCCCCCAUACAGCUUCUUGCACAAUAACCGGAUUUCCAGAAUCCAGCCGGGCGCUGUCACCCAACCGGAAUCGCUUAAACGCCUGUAAGUGGAUAAUCGCUGCAGCAAAGAACAAUUCAUCAUUCUGGGUGGAGGCAAAAAGCUGGUCUCAACUGGACGCAGCUGUGUGGCUUUGCUAAGUGGGGGAGACCCAUGGAGCCAUGUCGGUAGGUGGGCAAGAUGCUAAUAUGUUCAGCCAGCCCUUUGGUGGUGGGGGCCUCUAAUCCCCCUGGGCACCUGCCCCUGCCCCCAACCAAUUUCAAUAUGGGGUCACAAAUCGCAGAAGGUCCAAGUUUCCAUCCCUAGCUGUUAUGUACUGAGUUGAAUAGGAUCCAAAAGGCAGCAGUCUGAUUGGUCCUAGAACACUAGGACUCAGAAUGCAGCAGUCUGACUGGUCCUAGAACAAUAGGAUUCAGAAUGCAGCAGUCUGACUGGUCCUAGAACAAUAGGACCCUGAAUGCAGCAGUCUGAUCGGUCCACAGGAGCCACCCAAUCCAGCUCCAGGUGGAAGUGAAUCAACAACCUGAUUGGCCUACAGGUGAAUCCCAGAAUUACCAUAUUUUUUGCUCUACAAGACUCACUUUUUCCCUCCUAAAAAGUAAGGGGAAAUGUGUGUGCGUCUUAUGGAGCGAAUGCAGGCUGCACAGCUAUCCCAGAAGCCAGAACAGCAAGAGGGAUUGCUGCUUUCACUGCGCAGCGAUCCCUCUUGCUGUUCUGGCUUCUGAGAUUCAGAACAUUUUUUUUUUCUUGUUUUCCUCCUCCAAAAACUAGGUGCGUCUUGUAGUCUGGUACGUCUUAUAGAGCGAAAAAUACGGUAGCCAGUCACGUGGGGCCCAUUGUGUAAAUAAUGUAUAUAAAGCAGACAUUCUGGAGGAACCUCCAUUCCUCCUCACCACUAUGAGCUGAAUAAAGAGCAUAAGAUCCACUCUCAGUUCCGAGUAUAUUUCACUAGCAUAUCUCAUUUAAAAGAUCUUGGCCCACCAAGCUAGAAAAGCACUGCCUGAGAUGGUGGGAGAACUUCUGCCCAUGGAGAGGGUCAUAUGGAGAAGGGUCUCAGUUGAUGAUCGCAGGGUCUGGUUGGUUCAUAUGGGGAGAGUUUGGGGGUCUUGAGUGCAAAGUCACCAUUCCCUUGGGGCUACCAGGAAGUCUCCGCCAAUUAUGAUCCCCACUUCUUCUUCCUUCACCUCUUUGCCUCAGGCGGCUGGACUCCAAUGCCUUGCUGUGCGAUUGUGACCUGAUGUGGCUGGCAGAAUUGCUGAGGAAAUUCACCGUGCAGGGCAACACCCAGACGGCAGCUACCUGCGAGAACCCAAGGGAGCUUCAGGGGCGCUCCAUCGUCACCCUGACCACCCAAGAAUUCAACUGUGGUGAGCGCCCUGCCAAAGACACCGCAAUGUUGGUUUUGUUUAUUUCGUUGGCAUCCAGUGCCUCGCAUAACCUUGCCGUAACUUGAAACUGCACCUUCCCCUUUGAAGAAUCAUUAACCACUGCAUCAAACCACCUUGGUGCUGUAGGAGCGUUUCAUGGCCAUCCUACCUGUUAUGUACUGAAUUGAAUAGGAACCAAAAGGCAGCAGUCUGAUUGGUCCUAGAACAAUAGGAUUCAGAAUGCAGCCGUCUGAUUGGUCCUAGAACAAUAGGAUUCAGAAUGCAGCAGUCUGAUUGGUCCUAGAACAAUAGGGUCCAGAAUACAGCAGUCUGAUUGGUCCACAGGAGCCACCCAAUCCAGCUGCAGGUGGAAGUGAAUCCGCAACCUGAUUGGCCUACAGGUGAAUCCUGGAAUUAGCCAAUCAGGUGGGGCCCAUUGUGUAAAUAAUGUAUAUAAAGCAGACAUUCUGGGGGAACUUCCAUUCCUCCUCACCACUAUGAGCUGAAUAAAGAGCAUGAAAUCCACUCUCGACUCCGAGUAUAUUUCACUACCCAGAAUGCCUCACUCUGAAGAAAGACACACACACCCCAGUCCUUCCUAAAGCAAGGCAGGGAGAGAGAUGUUGGCAGAUCAUUUGAUUUAAUACAUAACGUGGCCCGAGGGCGCUGCUGCCAGUUUACCCAUACAGCCCAGCAGAGGUGCCAGCUUGCAAGGGCGACUGGAGGGAACAAUGUCCCGUGUGUGACUUCACGCAUGACAUUUACCUCCCGAUGUUCUGACAUCCGGACACUGGGAGGAGCCAGGGGCGGAGCCAAAUGCGGCCAUCGCAAGGCUUCAGGAGCAGACAGCUCCUUUGCCUCUUCCUGGCACCAUCACCAGGAGGUGGCUGCUUCAGCGCUCCUUCGUCUCCACGGAGGAGGAGAAGGAGCCAGCCUCUGGAGCCAUGCUUCAGUUGGCUCCACGCUUCGCCUCUGUGCUUUUUGGACAUAGGGGCCCCUAGCCCACAAAUAUUUGGGCCCCCCCAAAAGAUCUCGGCCCCCAGGAGCUGGCACACUGCAGUACCACCUUGCCUUUGCACCAUCCUGGUAAAGAGCAGUGAUGGAACCGGUGGUAUCAUAUCAUCACCUAACUGCUAGGUCCAUUCCUGGCUAAAGAGGGGGGAUAGGAAAGGAAAUGGAAGCUGCGGGGAUGAGAAGAUAUGCCACCAUCUUGAAGAGCCCAAAACCAUCAAGGGGAUGGAGUAAUUACCUUGUGGCUUAGGGCCCUCGUAUUUACGGGACCUCCUCUCCUGGUCUGCCCCGCAGAGGACCUUAAGGUCCAUGAAUAAUCAUAGUUUAGAGGUCCCAGGCCCUAAGGAAGUCAGAUUAUCCUCCACUAGGGCCAGGGCCUUCUCAGUGAUGGCUCCGACCUGGUGGAAUGCUCUGACCCAUGAGACCAAGGCCCUGCAGGAUUUAACUUCCUUCCGCAGGGCCUGUAGACAGAGCUAUUCCGCCUGGCUUUCAAUUUGAACUUAGCCUGAUCUUUUAUUCCCCUUCCUUCCCUCCCUCUCCCCUUUUUAUGAAGAUUACCUGCUCUGGGAUCCCACGGCUAAUUCCCCCCUGGUCUCCUUGCUGGCCCAAAUAGGACUAACUUAGCCAACUUGCCCUGGUGAUCAUCUAAUGUUUAUUGGAUGGAUUUCCCCCCUAAAUUGUUUUUUGAAUUCUGAAUUUAUUGUUAUUCACAUUUUAUACUGUAUUUCAUGCUGUUUUUGUUGCAUCAAUUUGUUGUUAGCCACCCUGAGCCUGGUUUUCUGAACCGGGAAGGGCGGGGUAUAAAUAAAAAUUUAUGAUUAUUAUUUAUUAUUAUGCUGAAAGGCUGCAGGAUCUGGGGCUUUUGAAUUCAGAGAAAAGGCGAGUAAGUUGACCUGCUAGAACAAGGCAGUCCAACUUCUCAAGUGGGGCACCCGUCGCGGUCUUUUCCAGAGAGGCCUCGCAUCACAACCGAGCCACAAGACGCAGAUGUCACCCUGGGCAACACCGUCUAUUUCAUCUGCAGGGCAGAAGGUAACCCCAAGCCCAAGAUCAUCUGGCUCCACAACAAGUAAGUCUUGCACGAUUUUCACCCAGCUGAGCCAGAACGCAAGAGUGCUCUCUCAGGAGGAGCACAGGCAUAAAACAGUCUGGCUCUGAUCUGACCCUCCCCUCAGAGAAUCUUGGGGAUUGUGCCUUUGGGCUCACCAUCUGAAAAGAUCUGACACACGAGGAAGAAGGGCUGCGGAGGGAGGAGGGGAAAGCAAGGCUCAAGCACAAGUUAUCCAAGUUAAAAAUUAAUAAUAAUAAUAAUAAUUUAUACCCCGCCCUCCCUGGUCAGAGCCAGGCUCGGGGCGGCUAACACCAGUAAAAUUACAAUAAAAACAUAAUGGGGAGGGGGGAGAAAAGCAAUUUAAAAUACGGGUUAAAAUAUAAUUUAAAAUGCAGCCUCAUUUUAAUAGUAGCCCAUAGAUCAAAACCAUAAGGGGAGGGAAACUUAAGGGUCAGACUGAGUCCAAACCAAAGGCCAGGCGGAACAGCUCUGUCUUGCAGGCCCUGCGGAAAGAUGUCAUGUCCCCCAAGUAGGGGCCAGUACUGAAAAGGCCCUGGCCCUAGUUGAGACCAAUCUAACCACCUUGCGACUUGGGACCUCCAAAGUGUUGUCAUUUGUGGACCUUAAGGUCCUCCAUGGGGCAUACCGGGAGAGGCGGUCCCGUAGGUACGUGGGUCCUGACAUUACAGCCAACGUCAGUGGCAGUUCUGGAUGUCUUGCCCUUGGUAAAGGGCAGUCAUCCCCCCCCCCCCCACCUCGCACUCUUCUCUCCCCACAUUUCCACAUCAAAUGCAGGAACAGAGCAGGUGGCAAUAUUCAGGACAGGAGCGCAAGGCAGCUGCUGUCACUAUACGCAAAAUUCUAGGACUACUUCAAAGACUCCAUCAGAGUCCAAAUAUCAAGGAGUUCUGAUUUCUGAGCAACUCCUGCCCCUAGCUUUACAGACAAUUACCAUAUUUUUUGCUCUAUGAGACACACUUUUUCCCUCCUAAAAAGUAAGGGGAAAUGUGUGUGCGUCUUAUGGAGCGAAUGCAGGCUGCACUGCUAUCCCAGAAGCCAGAACAGCAAGAGGGAUCGUUACUUUUGCUGCGCAGCAAUCCCUCUUGCUGUUCUGGCUUCUGGGAUUCAGAAUAUUUUUUUUCUUGUUUUCCUCCUCCAAAAACUAGGUGCAUCUUAUGGUCUGGUGCGUCUUAUAGAGCGAAAAAUACGGUAUGUGCAUAUCUAUCUCUUGAGUUAGCGUAUCUAGGGAUGCCCCUGGCUGACUCUUGGUUAGGCUGAGCUAACAUGACAGUUUCCUGCUCCCAGGAGUUCCCAGAUUCGGAGCGUUUAAUAUUCCUUUCUGUUUCUCAGCAACGAGAUCGACAUGCAAGAUGAUGGGCGUCUGAACCUCCUGCAAGACGGAACAUUAAUGAUCCAAGAUACCAGGGAGUCGGACAAAGGCGUCUACCAGUGCAUGGCCAAGAAUGUCGCCGGAGAAGCAAAGACCCCGGAAGUCGUACUGCGCUACUACGGCCACCCAUGUAAUGGCUUUUUAAGAUCCUCUGAAAUUUAAGAAUUGCCGCUGCAUCCGUUAGAGAGCAAGUAGCCUUAUGCUAAGUUGGACGCAUUGGUCCAUCAAGCUUAGUACUAACUGCACUGGCUGGCAGCAGCUCACUAGGGUUUCAGGCAGGGGAUGUUUCCAGCCCCACCUGGAGAUACAGUGGUGCCCCGCAAGACGAAUGCCUCGCAAGACGGAAAACCCGCUAGACGAAAGGGUUUUCCGUUUUGGAAGUUGCCAUAAAGCAAUUUCCUAUGGGCUUGCUUCGCAAGACGAAAAUGUCUUGCGAGUUCCUGCGGGGUUUUUUUCCUUCCCCCCCCUUUUUCCCAAGCUGCUAAGCCGCUUAUCAGCUGAUCCGUUAAGCCACUAAGCCGCUUAUCAGCUGAUCCGCUAAGCCGCUAAGCCGCUUAUCAGCUGAUCCGCUAAGCCCGCUAAGCCGCUAAUAGCGCUAAUCCGCUAAACCGCUAAUGGGCUUGCUUCACAAGAUGAAAAAACCGCAAGACGAAGAGACUCGCGGAACGGAUUCUUUUCGUCUUGCGAGGCACCACUGUAAAGGUAAAGGGACCCCUGACCAUUAGGUCCAGUCGUGGCCGACUCUGUGGUUGCGGCACUCAUCUCGCUUUAUUGGCCAAGGGAGCCGGCGUACAGCAUGACUAAGCCGCUUCUGGCGAACCAGAGCAGCGCACGGAAAUGCUGUUUACCUUCCCGCCAGAAUGGUACCUGUUUAUCUACUUGCACUUCGACGUGCUUUCGAACUGCUAGGUUGGCAGGAGCAACGGGAGCUCAACCCGUCACGGGGAUUCGAACCGCCGACCUUCUGAUCAGCAAGUCCUAGACUCUGGGGCUUAACCCACAGCGACCAAGGGAUUAACUCCAGAACCUUCUGCAUGCAGAGAAAUCUACUGCUGUCCCUUUCCAUUUUAAGAGAUGAAUGGUGGAAAAAUUUGGUUUAGUAUCCUUCUAGUAUAAACCAAGCACUCUCAUUAAUUGUGAUUCUCGACGGGUGCAGAGUGGAUCAGCAAUAAGUCAGGUGUAGAGAACCUGUGGCCCUUCAGGUGUCAUAGAAUCGUAAAGUUGGAAGGGACCCAGGGGUCAUCUAGUCCAACCCCCUGCAAUGCAGGAAUUAGACUCCAACUCCCAUCAGUGGGCAGCCAGUGUGCUCAACGGUCAGGGUUGAUGGGAGCUGGAGAUCGGGAGAGUCACAGUUUUCCCACUACUGCUCAAGGCUUAAUUCCUUUGUGGUGAAAGCCCCGCAUACUUUGUAUUGGAAAGUAAAAUGGGAAUCUGUCGGUUUUAAUAGUGGAAGUGCUGGUAAGGAGACUCUUAAAACUCAGGGUCGUGGGUUUGAGCCCCAUAUGGGGUGAAAGUUUCCUGCAUUGCAGGGCGUUGGACUAAAUGACCUUUGGGAUACCUUCCAACUCUGCAAUUCUAUGAUUAUGUGACUGCAUUGGGCCUGUACCUCUUUGUCGCUAAGACCACAAGACAAGCCUGCUGGUUCAGACCCAAAGCCUACCUAUCUAGUCCAGAAAUCUGUCACUCCCCUAUCAAUCUUCAUGCACUCUCAUUCCCUUCUUUAACAGAGGGAGAAUAAUGACUGUCCUACCUUAUAAGGUGGGAGAUGCGGGUGGCGCUGUGGGUUAAACCACAGAGCCUAGGGCUCGCUGAUCAGCAGGUUGGCGGUUCAAAUCCCCGCAACAGGGUGAGCUGCCGUUGCUCGGUCCCUGCUCCUGCCAACCUGGCAAUUCAAAAGCACGACAAAGUGCAAAUAGAUAAAUAGGUACCACUCUGGUGGGAAGGUAAAUGGCAUUUCCAUGCGCUGCUCUGGUUAGCCAGAAGCGGCUUAGUCAUGCUGGCCACAUGACCCGGAAGCUGUACGCCGGCUCCCUCGGCCACUAAAGCGAGAUGAGCGCCGCAACCCCAGAGUCGUCCGCGACUGGACCUAAUGGUUAGGGCUCCCUUUACCUUAUAGGGCUGUUGUGAGAACAUGCAUUCUGCGCACUAGAUAAAUGCUAAGCACCAGCAACCAACUGACAGCACCCAGCCCUCGUUUCUCUUUUGCUUUCAGCCAAGCCCAGCUUUGUCAUCCAGCCCCAAAACACAGAAGUGCUGAUUGGGGAGAGCGUCACUUUGGAAUGCGGGGUCUCCGGGCACCCUCUGCCCCGCGUCACCUGGGUGCUGAGCUCAGGGUCUCCACUGCCGCAGGACCCUCGCUUCACCAUCACCAGCUCCGGGGGGCUGUACAUCCAAAACGUCACCUUCUCGGACCAAGGGCAGUACAGCUGCAACGCGAGUAACAGCGAGGGCUCCAUCCAAGCCACGGCCAACGUCAUCGUGCAAGGUGACCAAGACACACAUAGUAACCGCCGGGCACCGGUGGGCGGGAAGUUGUGCCAAAGUCGGGGAGAUCUACCUCGGAACAAAAAGUAUCAUAUGUGAGAAGGGCCUCCUGUUUGAAAUCCAUGCCGUUCUGAAACUUUCACCCCACUGUCUUGAUUCAAAAUGGCAUUGAUUUGUAGCCAAACGAAAACAAAAACCCGCCCCUGUUCUCAGGGACCGCCAUGCAAAAUUUGGUUAUGAUGUGUUAAGAAGUGUCCAAAUGCAAAUAAGUUUCCAAAAUAGACAGGCACCCCCCAGCUUGGGCGGAGGUUAUGCUCUGGGCUUUUGCGCGUAUAAGAAAAAAUUGUAUAAAUGGGGAGCCUAAAAAGCAUCUAACUCAUGGGUAGGCAAACUAAGGCCUGGGGGCCGGAUCCGGCCCAACUGCCUUCUAAAUCUGGUCCGCGGAUGGUCCGGGAAUCAGCGUGGUUUUACAUGAGUGGAAUGUGUCCUUUUAUUUAAAAUGCAUCUUUGAGUUAUUUGUGGGGCAUAGGAAUUCCUUAAUAAUUUUUUUUCCAAUAUAUAGUCCGCCCCCCCACAACGUCUGAGGGACAGUGGACCGGCACCCUACUGAAAAAGUUUGCUGACCCCUGAUCUAAAUGCUCACUUUUUCUGCUCUUCAGCAAUCUCUCCCGCUCACUCUCCACACAAUUCUCUCUUCAACUAGAUGCCUGUAUAGCAGUUUUGUCCUGAUUUGCCUGAACAAUGCUUUUGCAGAGGUUAAACCAGGGGUAAAGGUAAAGGGACCCCUAACCAUUAGGUCCAGUUGUGGCCGGCCCUGUGGUUGCGGUGCUCAUCUCGCUUUAUUGGCCGAGGGAGCCGGCAUACAGCUUCCGGGUCAUGUGGCCAGCAUGACUAAGCCGCUUCUGCCGAACCAGAGCAGCGCACGGAAACGCCGUUUACCUUCCCGCUGGAGCGGUACCUAUUUAUCUACUUGCACUUUGACAUGCUUUCGAACUGCUAGGUGGGCAGGAGCAGGGACCGAGCAACGGGAGCUCACCCUGUCGCAGGGAUUCGAACUGCUGACCUUCUGAUCGGCAAGUCCUAGGCUCUGUGGUUUAGACCACAGCGCCACCCGCGUCCCAGGGGUAGUCAACCCUUUUAUACCUACCGCCCACUAAUGCAUCUUUCUUGAUGGUAAAAUUUCCUUACCACCCACCAGUUCUCGAUGGAAGGAGCAUUCAGCUUGUGCCGUAGAACCCCACCUAGAACCCCAACCCCACCCUUGUGCCGUAGAACCCCACCUAGAACCCCAACCCCACCCUUACAGCCCACCUAGAAUCCUGAAAUGCAGUAGGAACCAGGUUGACAAUGUCCAGUUCUGGGUGGAAAGGGAUCUUUUUGCCAUUCUCGAAAGACCUGAUUUCUGUUCUCCCCCCCCCCCUCCCUCAGAUACUCCUAAGUUUCUGAUCAUCCCCACCGACCAGACCGUAACAGAGGGUCAAAGCGUUGACUUUCCCUGCUCUGCUGAAGGCCGUCCGCUGCCAGUCAUCGCCUGGACGAGAGCAGGUAUUCUUUGUUCUCCCUGUUCUUCUGUAAUGAUUUGCAGACUCCAGAAGCUGUAAGCAUGCGGCAUGCUUGCAGGGCACCAGCCUUCCCCGGUUUGGUGCCCUCAGGACGUUUUGGAUUACAACUUCCCUCAGCCCCGGACAGCACAGAGCUGAUGAGGAGUCGCUAUCCAAAACCUCUGGAGGUCCAGGUUGGGUCGGUCGGGUCUAUCACUCUCCCUCAGAGGUUGAAAGACCGAGAGGUCACAAAGGCUCUUUGCUUGCCUGCUUUUAGCCUUUAGCUUUUAAUAAUCUGGGCCAACGGUGUAUUCACAUAGAUGACCUAACUGCAGCUAUCACUGGGCAACUGCUCUCCCGCAGAUCAACAGGAAGUGGGUUCUUUCAGCACCGUAUGGAGUAACCUCACCGCAUAGGUAAUUGUGCCCAUCAUAAUGCUCGCCUGCCAAGGCAGUGCCCCACUCAGCCUUUCCAAAGAUCUGCUCAGGCCAGUGUGCUUUGAAUUGGUACGUUUCUGAGUGACUGGGAGUGGCCGCCGAGACCAUAUAACGCCAGUCCUGAAAGACCUAUAUUGGCUCCCAGCACGUUUCUGAGCACAAUUCGAAGUGUUGGUGCUGACCUUCAAAGCCCUAAGCGGCCUCAACCCAGUAUACCUGAAGGAGUGUCUACAUCCCCAUCACUCAGCCCAGACACUGAGGACCAGCUCUGAGGGCCUUCUGGCAGUUCCCUUCCUGCAAGAAGUGAAGUUACAGGGAACCAGGCAGAGGGCCUUCUCGGUAGUGGCGCCCGCCCUGUGGAACGCCCUCCCAACAGAUGUCAAGGAAAUAAACUACUCUCUGAAUUUUAGAAGACAUCUGAAGGCAAGCCUGUUCAGGGAAGUUUUUCAUGUUAGAUGUUUUAUCGCUUUUUAAUGAAUAUUCUGUUGGGAACCGCCCAGAGUGGCUGGGGAAAUCCAGCCAGAUGGGUGGGGUAUAAAUUAUUAUUAUUAUUAUUAUUAUUAUUAUUAUUAUUAUUAUUAACAUCUUAAGGGGUCAUAAAUAACCAGAUCCACACCAUGCAUUCAAAGCACAUCCAAUGCACAUUUAAAGCAUGUGAUGUCCCCCAGGCAAUCCUGCAAACUGUAAUGGCCCACUUGCAGAGCUACAAUUUCCAACUCCUGUAACAAACUACAGUUCCCAGGGAACCACUGCCUUAAAACAGUCCCAGUGUUCCUCAGAACCAGCACCAAGCCUUUGGCAGCUGCCAGCUCCUCACCUAGAUGCAUUGUGGGAAAUAAAAAAUGUGGCUUGGCCCAUCUUCCCAGGGCUGCCACCACACCUCAUCAAGAACGCCCAACUGGAGCCAGCCUUGUCCACAAGAACUCAGUCCAAACUUGGCCGCUGCCUUACAGCAUGUCGUUGUUGUUAGGUGGUCCGUUGCCGAGCGACCGGAGACACAGCAUCCUCUCCACGGGCACCCUGAGGGUGGUCCGAGUGGCUCUUCACGACCAAGGCCAGUACGAAUGCCACGCCAUCAGCGCCAUUGGGGUCCGAAGCUCCCCUGUGCAGCUCUGGGUGACUCCGCGAGGUAUGUUUGGUUGUACAUCUUCUCCUCCUCAAAUUGCUUUUGCCUCCUGCAGCCCUUUGAGCUUCUUCCCCAGUCAUUCCUGUUAUAAGAAAAAACUGCUCCUUUUCCCUUAUGGGGUAUCCAAGAGUCCAUAAACCAAACAAACCAAACCAAACCUUCCCUGUUUAGGGAAGUUUUUAAUGUCUGGUGCUGUAUUGUUUUUAAUAUUCAGUUGGAAGCCGCCCAGAGUGGCUGGGGAAACCCAGCCAGAUGGGCAGGGUAUAAAUAAUAAAUUAUUAUUAUUAUUAUCCGUAUAGAGCCCUUAAAGUGGGUCCCCCUAUCCGUAGGAGAAAAUAACAGAGGCAAACCAGAGUAUAUUGAGAAGGAAAGCGGUUAGUAAGCCUGAUCUUUUUAAACUGUUGCAACAGGGUCCCCACAACCUGGAGGGAGAGAACUCCAAACAAUGGUGCGCAAGUCCUUAUAUAGACUUUUGAAAUUGCCCACCCUGUAGCCCAGGACCCCCCCCCCGAAACAUUAUACAAACAUCGCAAAAGGAGGCGGUCUACAGCAGAAAUACUGUCUGCCAGGAUACCUGAUAAUGGUCACUGAUUGCUUUACCUGGGCAGCCUGGCCAUUCUUUUGUGAUGGUAAAUACUUUAAUUCCUGAAUCCAGGUCACAGGCUCACCCUAUUCAUACACAAAUCUGCCCUUAAGACAGGUAAGCAAAAGACAAUGGAGAGGCUUUCCCAUUUCCUUCCUCCUUGCGGAGAAAUAUUUGAGGUCAAUUUGGGAGAGUCCUGUACUAUUUCGGACACGUGGUUUAUAUACUUAUGUGUGUAUUUUAUAUUUGAGACCUUGGAAUUCCUCCUUUGGUAAUCCUCACAGAACUCUAGCUCAAUGGUUGCCAUUAAUUUGAUUUGAUCUGAUUUUAUAAUGAAUUGAUUUUUAGAAUGCUUUAUUAUUUUUCUGUUGUUAGCCACUCUGAGCCCGGCUUUGACUGGGGAGGGUGGGAUAUAAAUAAAAUUUUAUUAUUAUUAUAACAUUCCUGACCGAGAAGUUUGGGGUGUCUGCCUGACUCUUUCCUCUUCGCCCUAAACAGUGAUUCCGGUCUUCCUUCACCCCCCGCAAGAUAUGGUGGCGGAGACUGGACAAGACAUCGAGAUCACCUGCGCUGCCCAAGGGGAUCCACAGCCCACCAUCACAUGGGCCAAGGUACCUGAGUGUUAAUCGAUGCCCUUUGAACACCUGUUGCCUUGAGGCCUGCCUGCCUUGGAUGGGGAACCCACUGCUGCUUCUGCAAACGCACAAUAUAUUUUAAACACAUUUCAAGCACACACACACACAGAGGAUCCCGGGAACUGUAGUUUGUUGAGGGUGCUGAGAAUUUUAGGCCUGUAAGGGGUAAAAUACAGCUCCCAAUUGGGCUACCAAAAGUUUGUGGACAGAGAGAAUGGUGGACUGAAUGUGCAAAGCCUUUUCCAUACCACCGCCAGUAUCCGGGGGGGAGCAACGGUUAUUUUGGGUCUCCAAAAAGAUUUCAGGCAGCGCAGACAUCCCUAAUCUGAAGCCCGGCCCUCUGUCCCAAAUCUCAAAGAGAACUUUAAAGAGUGCAUGCGAAGGAACACAGCCCAAUGUGCCAUGCGACCGUAGCCUGAGAUGACUUGUCUUUUGCUGCCAAUCGAAUUUUUGCAAUGCCUUUGCUGACAUCUGGUGGACAGCUGGGUGAGACGCCGUAGCCUGCAAGCCCUAGUUUGCACUUGCGAGUACAGUGGCACCUCAGGUUAAGUACUUAAUAUGUUCCGGAGGUCCGUUCUUAACCUGAAACUGUUCUUAACCUGAAGCACCACUUUAGCUAAUGGGGCCUCCCGCUGCCGCCGCGCCGCCAGAGCAUGAUUUCUGUUCUCAUCCUGAAGCAAAGGUCUUAACCCAAGGUACUAUUUCUGGGUUAGCGGAGUCUGUAACCUGAAGCGUAUGUAACCUGAAGCAUCUGUAACCCGAGGUACCACUGUAUUCUGGUGGCUGUCAAAGUGUAUCACUUCACACAACCGUUUCUUCCUGGAUCAAAGUCAGCAUGAAUUGGGUUUUUUCAGGAGACUUGCACGUGCCAAACAAGCAGCCCACGCACAGUUUGGGGAUCAAGGUGUCCAAUUUCAUCUCAUUUUUGGGGGGGGAGGUACAAUUUGUUCCAGGCGCGGGUGGUGCUGUGGUCUAAACCACUGAGCCUCUUGGGCUUGCCGAUCGAAAGCAUGCCAAAAAGUGCAAGUAGAUAAAUAGGUACCGCUUCGGCAGGAAGGUGAACGGCGUUUCCGUGCGCUGCUCUGGUUUCACCAGAAGCGGCUUAGUCAUGCUGGCCACAUGACCCUGAAAAACUGUCUUCGGACAAACGCCGGCUCCCUCGGCCUAUGGAGCGAGAUGAGCGCCGCAACCCCAGAGUCAUCUGUGACUGGACAUUGGUCCUUUACCUUUACCUUUACAAUUUGUUCCAAAACGCAAGUUUUGCACAUGCAGAUAUCCAUUGGAGGAAAGCAAGUGCCUGCACACUAAUAUCAACCCAGGCAAUAAUAAUAAUAAUAAUAAUAAUAAUCACUUUGUUUUGGCUUUCUGACUCAGUCAACACAUAAAAGAAGACUGGAAGGGAUAAGUUCAAGUUUUGAAUGCACUUCCACAUUAGUAAAAGUCUUCUCUAAAAAAAUCAACCUUUGAAAUAGAAAAAUAGCUCACCUACUGAUUUUCUAUUUGCAUUGUGGUUUGCUUGUCUUAGCACAGAGGAACAUUCGCACAUGUGAUGCACCCCUCCCCCCAUGCAUUCCCACCCCAUUCUCCUGUGUGCAUAAAAAGGUAAAGGGACCCCUGACCAUUAGGUCCAGUCGCAGAUGACUCUGGGGUUGCGGCACUCAUCUCGCAUUACUGGCCGAGGGAGCCAGCGUACAGCUUGCGGGUCAUGUGGCCAGCAUGACUAAGCGGCUUCUGGCGAACCAGAGCAGCGCACGGAAACGCCGUUUACCUUCCCGCUGGAGCGGUACCUAUUUAUCUACUUGCACGUUGACGUGCUUUCGAACAGUUAGGUUGGCAGGAGCAGGGACCGAGCAAGAGGAGCUCACCCCGUUGUGGGGAUUCGAACCUCCGACCUUCUGAUCGGCAAGUCCUAGGCUCUGUGGACUGUGCCACCCGUGUCCCAUCCUGUGUGCAUAGCAUGGGCCACAGGUGAACCUAGUCUAUCCAAGCUCCAAAACCUCUUUUCCUUGCAUAUCAGGAAGGAAUUCAAAUCACAGAGAGCGGCAAGUUCCACAUCAACAGAGAAGGGACCCUCUCCAUCCGAGACCUGGGGAUGGCUGACCAAGGGAGGUACGAGUGCGUAGCCAGGAACACAUUUGGGUUUACUUCCAGCACCAUGCAACUGACAAUCACAGGUGAGAGCAAUCUUCCUUUGCAUCUGCAGUGUUAGCCUGGUCAUGCAACCUUCCCGAAGUUGGCGCCCUCCAGCUGUUUCAGACUACAACUCCCACUGGCUGGCGCUGAUGGGAGUUGUAGCUGGAGGGCACCAGAUUGGCAGAGGCUGGUCUAGUUGGAGCCAGUUUGCAUGGCUGGCUUUUCUGCACCCCUGUACCCAUAUACAAUCCAUACCGACAUGCAAUCCUAGAUCUAUGUUUUCUUUUCUUUUUAAAAAAUAAUUUUUAUUUUAUUUUAAAAAGAAAUAAAUGUACAACAAAUUCAAUUGCAAAUCCAUGCUCUGAAUCUCGAGAUUUUCCCUCUUCCCUUCCAUGGGUCCUAAUAUGAACAUUUACAUCUGCAAAUCAAUCUGUUAUCCACGUUUUUUAUCCAUCUGAGUUGUUCAUAGUUUUUGUUACCUUACAGGUGAGAUUAAAAUCCUCUAGAUCUACAUUUUCUAAGCAGGGUUGUCACCCAGUUACAGAAACCCUAGUUGAUUAAGCAUGUACAUUUUCUUGAUGAUUGAUUAGCUGGUUGAUUAAAUCUGCAUACAUUUGCAAAAUAUCCCCCCCCCAUAAAAUGAAAAUGAUUAUUUGCAGAUCUCUGCCUGUAGCCCCUUCUCUGGGUGACACAACGCAGCAGGGAGCAUAGGAAGCUUUCUUAUGAGUCACACCAUGGUUCUAUAGCUCUAUAUUGUCUACACGGACAGGCAGCAGCUGCUGUGGUUUCAGGUGGGAGUCUUUUCCAGCCCAACCUGGAGAAACCUUCUAUGUGAAACACAAAUCUCUGCCACUAAUGUGUGCAGCGCAGAAGGUUAUGCUAAAAAGCAAGGGAAAGGCAUGGGUGCAAGAAAAAGCAAAACUAUUCUUAUUGUUCUGACAUUUUCACAUUCCAAGCAAACUCAAAAUAUGUGCUAGGAGCUGGUGUACUGGGCGGUAAGGUUACUGUUUUCAAGGCAGAUGAUUCUAAAAUGGAAGUGGUUUAAAUUUUGAAUCUCUUUCCCCACCACCGCCGCCGCCACCUUUGUGGUUUUAAAAAAGCUACAAACGUUGGCAGAAGCGGCGACACCUUUGUAGCUACCUCGAUCCAAGAAGCCAUCAGCAGUGUGGACCACGCCAUCAAUUCUACGCGCACCGAGCUGUUUAGCAAGUAAGACCGUUUGGAGAAUAAAUUCACAUUUACAGGGGCAGAUGGGAAGGCCGCACAGAUGCAGAAGCCAUUUUGUGUGGGGAGGGCAGUUUUGCAGUCAUUUCCCACCCUGGCUGGGUCUAGACACAUCAAAGAAGCGAUUCGGUUAAACACGUUGCAAAUUUCAUACAGAGAAAUCCCGUUAGCGGAAAACGGGACUUCACAGCGCCAUCUGGUGUCUCAGUGUUAUAAAGCACUUUAUCUUCACAAAUGUAGCAGAGUCCCCAAUUGUCACUCGGCCAGGGACUUCACGGGAAGUAGGAAUUCCCACGCAAAUGGAAAAGGAAGCAGGAAUGGCUGCAUUCCACCUGUCUGUCUGUGGUCAGGAGUGGAAAUGAGCCAAGCAAAUUCAAUCUUUCACAUCAUUGUUUUCUUAAGUCUGCAAACAACACAUACCGUAUUUUUCCGUGUAUAACACGCCCCCAUGUAUAAGACGCUACCUAUUUGGGGGGGUUCAAACUUAAGAAAAUGGGGGGAGAUUGCCCAGAGUUGUUGAGCUUUUUUUUGGGGGGUGGACCAGAGCUGUUGAGCUUUUUUAGGGGCAAUAUUGCUGAAAAUUGCUCACCCGUCUGACCUGCGCUGCCGCAACCGCAAAUCACCCACACUUCUUGCUGCAGCAACAGCAAAUAAACACCAGCCCUUUUCGCAGACACCAAGAACCCCGCGGCAAUCUCCAGCUAGCAGAGCCAAACAAUCCCAUGUCACCAAUAUGCACUGACUAUGUAUAAAGCGCAUUCCCCCCAUUUUUUAGCAUUCUUUUUUUGGGGGGUUGAACCUCAUCUAAUACACAGAAAAGUACGGUAGUUUUCAUGUUUCCUCAGCAUGGAAAUGAACAUAAACAGUUGUGUAACACACAGUGAAUAGCAGACAGCAAGACAAAGAAUGCAGUAUUUGUCAGAAACCAAACUGCAGCAGAACAGAAUCGGUGCUGAUUGUGACGGAUGCAAGUGGAAGCGGAAACUGCCGUUUUCUCGCUUCCCUAACUGAAAGUAAAAGUAACAAGUGGGAGCUGUGACAAACUGUUCCAUUGUGGCCUGCUCUUUUUCAGGAUACUCCAUUCCACUCUCCUCCCCUAGUUUUCUGUCUCCUGCCCCAAUAGUCAGCCAGCAUUGUGUGACCACUGAGCAUCCUCAGUCAUCCCUGGGUAGCUUUGGGGGUCGUCGUCCCCCCACUUCCAAGGCUAUAAUCCUAUACCCACUCAAUUGGAAGGAAGCCCCAUUGAACUGAAUGGGACUUUCUUUGGAGUAGAAAGGUUGUUUAUCCCCCUGCAUAGUUUGGGGUUCCCCCAAGCCUGCUGAUAUCGCCCUCUUGUGGACAGGAGGAACAGAGCCAUUUUGGCUGCAAUAAGGACCAGCACGUUUGAGAACUCGGAUUGCUAUUAGUAUCUCAGCCGAUAAUGCAGAGGCUUUUGGAAAAUGCGAUGGCGCUUAAAAAUGGUUUUCUGUCCUCUCCGGACAGGCGACCGAAAACUCCUAAUGAAUUGCUGGCUCUUUUCCGUUACCCGCGGGAUCCAUACACCAUUGAGACAGCUAGGGCCGGAGAGAUCUUCGAAAGGACCUUGCAGCUCAUCCAGGAACAUGUGCAGCAAGGCUUGGUUGUGGACAUGAACGGAACAGGUAAUAAAGGCACCACUGAGAAGCAGCAACAAACCAUGAGAGCAUGUUAUGUGUUAUGUCUCUGUUGUGGCGCCCUAGAUAUGGAAAACCCUCCCACUAGAGGACUGCUUGUCCCCCAUGUUAGCAGCUUUUCAGUGCUAAAUCGUGUGUUUCCCCCCCUUCAGAUGUACAGGAGACUAAGUUAAGGAACUGGUGUGUCUGCUGCUAAGAUUUCAUCCUAGAAUUGCUUUUCUGGUUUUUAUUUGGACGUAUACUGCAUUCUAAUAAAAUGCUGAGAAUGGGUUGCAUUUGAACAAAAUGUUCAUUGGCCUAGAAACCUUUGGGUUAAAGGGAAGGCUAUAAGGACCUCUCUGUGGUCAUUCCUUUGCCUUAAGAAGGCAUACCGUAUUGGCCUGAAUAUAAGCCACACUUUCCCCCCAAAUUUCGAUCGUGAAAAGUUAAAGUGUGGCUUAUAUUUGCGUCCGUACACCGUCGGCAAAGCGUCAUGGCUCUCCGCCCCCCCCCCCAGGAAGCAGCCCAGGAGUGCAGGGCAACAGCGUCCAGCCCACCCACCACUCCCAAGCUUCCCCCAAGCUGUUGGAACAAAGGGGGGGACAGGGGAGGCCCCCGGCAAAGCGGUAUGGCUCUCCCCCCCAAGAGCAGCCCGGGAGCGCAGGGCAAGGGUGUCUGUCCCAUCCACGGCUCCCAAGCCUCCCCCAAGCUGCAAAAUUUGGAAGGUGUGGCUUAUUUGCAGGUGCAGGUUAUAUUCGGCCCAGUACGGUAGCUCAUAUGUAAUUAGAGUUUCCCUCUGAAGGACUAGGCAUUUGCUAGAAACUUUAAAAAUAAAUAUAAACCUGCGAGGGUUUAGGGAAGGUUCCAGAUAUCCUGGAAUUAAUAGCCUCACAAUCUGGUUGUGAGAUUUGCAAUGUUAGAAAAAGGAAUUCGUUUUGUAGCGAAUGCUUGUUCUGAUUCUAAUCCAUUGGGUAACGCUCUGGGAGUGGUCUUUCAGGGUACCGCUACAACGACCUGGUCUCCCCGCACUACCUGAACAUGAUCGCCAACCUGUCUGGCUGCUCUGCCCACCGCCGCACCCCCAACUGCUCCGACAUCUGCUUCCACAGGAAGUACCGGACCCACGACGGCUCGUGCAACAACCUCCAGCACCCCAUGUGGGGAGCCUCCCUCACCGCCUUUGAGCGCCUGCUCAAGCCGGCCUACCAGAACGGGUUCAACCUGCCCAGAGGCUUCUCUCUGGCCGACGACUCCCGAGAGCUCCCCCUGCCGCUCCCUCGCUUGGUCUCGACCGCCAUGAUUGGCACGGAGACCAUCACGCCCGACGACCAGUUCACUCACAUGCUGAUGCAAUGGGGACAGUUCCUGGACCACGACAUGGACCAGACUGUGGCGGCCAUCAGCAUGGCGCGCUUCUCCGAUGGAGCGUCGUGCAGCCAGGUGUGCACCAAUGACCCUCCCUGCUUCUCCGUCAUGAUCCCGGAAAACGACCCGCGGGUGAGGAACGGACACUGCAUGUUCUUCGUCCGCUCCAGCCCCGUGUGUGGUAGCGGGAUGACCUCUCUGCUGAUGAACUCCGUGUACGCCCGGGAGCAAAUCAACCACCUCACCUCGUUCAUCGAUGCAUCCAACGUCUACGGGAGCACAGAACACGAGUCUCUGGAGCUGAGGGACCUCAGCAACCAGAGGGGGCUCCUGAAGCAAGGACAGGUGGUCCCCAGCUCCGGGAAGCACCUCCUCCCCUUCGCCGUGGGGCCUCCCACUGAAUGCAUGCGGGACGAGAGUGAGAGUCCCGUCCCGUGUUUCUUGGCCGGCGACCACCGAGCCAAUGAGCAGCUGGCCUUGACUUCCAUGCACACCCUGUGGUUCCGGGAGCAUAACCGCGUGGCCGCCAAGCUCCUGGCCCUGAACCCUCACUGGGACGGGGAUACCAUCUACCACGAGGCUCGGAAGAUCGUGGGGGCCGAGAUGCAGCACAUCACGUACGCGCACUGGUUGCCCAAGAUCUUCGGGGAAGCCGGGAUGAAGGUCUUGGGGGAGUACAAAGGCUACGAGCCCAACACCAACGCCGGCAUCCUGAACGCCUUCGCCACGGCCGCUUUCCGCUUCGGCCACACCCUCAUCAACCCUCUCCUCUACCGGCUCAACGAAACUUUCCAGCCCAUCCAGCAGGGCCACCUCCCUCUUCACAAGGCCUUCUUCUCGCCGUUCAGGAUCACCCAGGAAGGCGGCAUCGACCCGCUUCUCCGCGGACUCUUCGGGGUCCCCGGGAAAAUGCGAGUGCCUUCCGAACUCUUGAACAUGGAGCUGACCGAGAAGCUCUUCUCCAUGGCCCAUUCCGUCUCUCUGGACCUGGCAGCCAUCAACAUCCAGAGGGGGCGCGACCACGGCAUCCCCCCUUACAACGAUUUCCGGGUCUUCUGCAACCUCACGUCCGCGCAGGAGUUUGAUGACCUCAAGAACGAGAUUAGGAACCUUGAGAUCAGGGAGAAGCUCAGGAGGUAGGUGGCCCGGCCAAAGGGCACCAGAGAGGUCAGCGACAAUUGUAACCAACCCUCCUUUAGGUGUCUCCUUUGUGCAACAACCAAACUCCAGCCCUCCUGUUUCUCCCCCUGGCCCCAGCACAUGAGACCAUUUACUUCUGUUGCUCUAGGUCAGGCGCAGAGAACCUGUGGCUCCAAAUCUUGCUGGGCAACAACUCACAUCUUCCCUGAUCGUAGGCCCCACUAGGAGAGGCUGAUGGGAGUCAAAGUCCUCUAGCCUCUUGAGGCUCACAAAUUAUAUUGCCCUUAGCAACAGAAGUGAAUAACUCAACACACAAAGGGAUUGUAGUGUUUACAUGCCUCCAUGUCAGGCUGCAGUCCAUAGCAAGCGUUGACUCAGUUCACUGCAAGUAUCUUGAAGAUUGCCCAAGGUAUAUCUGCACUGCAAACCUAUCCUGGUUUUAUGCUGCUUUAAGAGUCAAAUCAAGGGACGCGGGUGGCGCUAUGGCCUAAACCACAGAGCCUAGGGCUUGCCGAUCAGAAGGUCGGCGGUUCAAAUCCCCGCGAUGGGGUGAGCUCCCAUUGGUCGGUCCCAGUUCCUGCCAACCUAGCAGUUCUUAAGCACGUCAAAGUGCAAGUAGAUAAAUAGGUACCACUCCGGUGGGAAGGUAAAUGGUGUUUCCAUGCGCUGCUCUGGUUUCACCAGAAGCGACUUAGUCAUGCUGGCCACAUGACCCGGAAAAACUGUCUGCAGACAAACUUCAGCUCCCUCGGCCAGUAAAACGAGAUGAGCGCCGCAACCCCAGAGUCGUUCACGGCCACGACUUAACUGUCAGGGGUCCUUUACCUUUUUUAGAGUCAAAUCAGAUGUGACAGGAGAGACUGGUGAUUAGAUAUCCUUACUUUUUAAAAAAAAAAUUUUUUCUAGGAGGGAGACUGUUUUUAUCAGAGAGUCUGUGGCGGUGGAGGGGACUAUUUAAUCCCCCCAACACACCAUUUCCACAUAGUGAGCAAAAUACAAGUACCUGUAUGGACACUCCAGAGUUUCAGACUGUGCUUCUGGGACCCUAUGCAUGCAAAACAGAUGCCCUAUCACUGAGCCACAGUUGUUCCCAAUUUGUAUUAGAGAAACAACAUGGGGGAGGGCUGAAUACCUCCUACCCGGGCAUUGCCCCUCUGAUCAAACAUGGAUCCCCACACACUGGCUUCAAAGCAGCAGCAGCAGCAGCAGCCGCCACAACAAUAAGGCCGAAAGAUCUGAACACAGAUCCGCCAUGUCUGUAAUGCCUCUGUUGGCCCUGAUCUGUCAUGGCUUCCCCCAAAGAAUCCUGGGAACUGCACUUUGGUGUGGGUACUUCAGCUUCUCCACUAGAGGCACCCUGGCCCUUCACAGAAUUACGAUCUCCCCUCAGGUCUUUUUAAGCCAUAACGCAGAUACCCUCCUAGGUCAGUAUGGGGAAGGGACUGUGACCCUCCAAAUGCUAUUGAACUACAACUCCCAUCAUUCCAGACAUGGGCCGUGGUAGUUGGGGGCUGAUGGGAGUUAGGUAAAGGGUAAAGGGACCCCUGACCGUUAGGUCCAGUCGUGACCUACUCUGGGGUUGUGGUGCUCAUCUCGCUUUAUUGGCCAAGGGAGCCGGCGUACAGCUUCCGGGUCAUGUGGCCAGCAUGACUAAGCUGCUUCUGGCGAACCAGAGCAGCACACAGAAACGCCGUUUACCUUCCCACCAGAGCGGUACCUAUUUAUCUGCUUGCACUUUGACGUGCUUUCGAACUGCUAGGUUGGCAGGAGCAGGGACCGAGCAACGGGAGCUCACCCCGUCACAGGGAAUCAAACUGCCGACCUUCUGAUUGGCAAGUCCUAGGCUCUGUGGUUUAACCCACAGCGCUACCCGCAUCCCAGCUGAUGGGAGAUGGGCUUCAGCAAAAUCUGCAGGGCCACAACAUUCACACACACACACACACACACACCAGGCAAACGUUUGCUCCUCCAGCUGAUCUCUUUCCCCUCUCCCUCUGCAGUUUAUAUGGAAUUACAAAGAACAUCGACUUGUUUCCUGCCCUGAUGGUGGAGGACCUUGUCCCUGGCACCAGAGUGGGGCCAACACUCAUGUGCUUAUUAGCGACUCAGUUUCGAAGACUCCGAGAUGGAGACAGGUAAGCCAAGUCAAGUCCAUUUGCCAUUCCAUCCGAGGGUUCCAUCUUUUGAUUUGGAACCCUCGAGGUUUAGAAGUCUCCUCGUUAGAUCCUUGGGGGCUUGUCUUUUUGGGGGUGGUUGAGGUUGCAGUCGUGAUCUACUCCUACAACAGCUGUUCCCUGCCAGCGGAGAGCAGCACACAGUCACAGCCCUCAGUCGCCAGGGCUCAGGAUGGAAAUGGCAAUCAGUCCACCAGCACAAAUCAACUGGAUAGCUUGGUUGGUUCAAGCAAGGUGCUGAUAAUGCCAAGGUUGUAGGUUCAGUUCCCCAUAUGGGGCAGCUUCAUAUUCCUGCGUUACAGGGGGUUGGACGAGAUGGUCCUCCAGGUCCCUUCCAACUCUAUGACUCCAAGGACCAGGUGCUCAGCCUGGGAGUCAUUCUGGAUUCACAGCUGUCCAUGGAGGUGAAGGUUAAUUCUGUGUCCAGGGCAGCUAUCUACCAGCUCCAUCUGGUACGCAGGCUGAGACCCUCCCUGUCCGCAGACUGUCUUGCCAGAGUGCUGCAUGCUCUGGUUACCUCCUGCUUCGACUACUGCAACAUGCUCUAUGUGGGGCUACCUUUGAAGGUGACCCAGAAACUGCAAUUAAUCAAGAAUGCGGCAGCUAGACUGGUGAUUGGGAGUGGCUGCCGAGACCACGUAACACCGGUCCUGAAAGAUCUUCAUUGGCUCCCAGUACAUUUCUGUACACAAUUCAAAGUGUUGGUGCUGACCUUUAAAGCCCUAAACAGCCUCGGUCCAUUAUACCUGAAGGAGUGUCUCUACCCCCAUCAUUCAGCCCGGACACUGAGGUCCAGUGCCGAGGGCCUUCUGGUGGUUCCCUCCCUGCAAGAAGUGAGGUUACAGGGACCAGGCAGAGGGCCUUCUCGGUAGUGGCACCUCCCCUGUGGAACGCCCUCCCGGCAGAUGUCAAGGUUUAUGAAGUUUUUGACCUAUUUUUAAGGAAAUUCACCAAAAAAAAUCAUCACUUCCCACAUGGGUUUUCCCUGACAUUUUUACUGAUUUUCGUCUAUUCUACCCGGACGCUAUUUCCGACAGACAAAUCCUGGAUAUGUCUGAGAAAUCCCAGACGUAUGGCUGACGUAUAGUGUAAGAUAUUUGUUUGUUUAUAGACAUGUUUGUCUAUAGUGAUAUCUCAUUCACCUAUUUAAACACUUGCUGCUGUGCUUGUGCUGCAAUAAACCUACAUGCAUAAACAUUUCACAUUUACCAGCCUGUACACCGGAGAUUAAGAAUCUUCUGAUAAUAAUUUUUAUUAGUUUUCAACUACAAUAAUCCAAUAAUAGCCUCAUUAUAACAAUGCCAAAUUAUAAUACAAUCAUUAAUACCAAUUGUUCAGAUGCCAAAUUAUGCAAUUUAGGUGGCACCCUGCGUGCUAGAAUUAAUGAUUUGAUGAUUUACUUUAUUUCUGCGUUCCAAAAUCUUAUUAAUUCCAAUUACACUCCAGUCAAAAUAACAAUCCUUUAUAAAACAGCUGCAGUUUUAACGACUUCCACAAAGAAGUCACACUUCUUUGAAGCCUCUCAGCCUCACGCACUUCACGGAGUGUUUGUUGCGGGGGAGGAAGGGAAAGGAGAAUGUUAGCCGCUUUGAGACUCCUUGUUGUUGUUUAGUCAUUUAGUCGUGUCCGACUCUUUGUGACCCCAUGGACCAGAGCACACAAGGCACUUCCACUGCCUCCCGCAGUUUGGUCAAACUCAUGCUGGUAGCUUCGAGAACACUGUCCCACCAUCUCGUCCUCUGUCGUCCCCUUCUCCUUGUGCCCUCCAUCUUUCCCAACAUCCGGGACUUUUCCAGGGAGCCUUCUCUUCUCAUGAGGUGGGCAAAGUAUGGGAGCCUCAGCUUCAGGAUCUGUCCUUCCAGUGAGCACUAAUGGCUGAUUUCCUUCAGAAUGGAUAGGUUUGAUCUUCUUGCAGUCCAUGGGACUCUCAAGAGUCUCCUCCAGCACCAUAAUUCAAAAGCAUCAAUUCUUCGGCGAUCAGCCUUCUUUAUGGUCCAGCUUUCACUUCCAUACAUCACUACUGGGAAAACCAUAGCUUGAACUAUACGGACCUUUGUUGGCAAGGUGAUGUCUCUGCUUUUUAAGAUGCUGUCUAGGUUUGUCAUUGCUUUUCUCCCAAGAAGCAGGUGUCUUUUAAUUUCGUGACUGCUGUCACCAUCUGCGGUGAUCAUGGAGCCCCAGAAAGUAAAAUCUCUCACUGCCUCCAUUUCUUCCCCUUCUAUUUGCCAAGAGGUGAUGAGACUAGUUGCUAUGAUCUUCGUUUUUUUUUAUGUUGAGCUUCAGAGACUCCUUAGGGUAGUGAUAAAGCAGGAUAUCAAAUCCAAACUCUUCUUCUUCCUGAAGACCAAAGGCUCCCCACCUUGUCCUCGCAUCCCUUGCUUGCUGUUUACAGGUCCAUCGCUGAUGCUCUUGCGUGCAAUUUCCCCCAUCAGGUUUUGGUACGAGAACCCAGGUGUGUUCAGCCCUGCCCAGCUCACGCAGAUAAGGCAGGUGUCUCUCGCCCGCAUCAUCUGCGACAACAGCGACCACAUCAGGCAGCUGCAGAAGGAUGUUUUCCGGGUCGCAGCCUACCCACAGGGCAUGGUCAGCUGCGAUGAGAUCCCGGAGGUGGAUCUGCGCCUCUGGCAGGACUGCUGCGAAGGUAACGUGAUGAGGAUGGGAGGGGGAAUUGUGGGUUUUGUUUUUGUUUCGUUUUUUAAAAUAAUCUUUAUUAAUUUAAAUUAUUAUUUUUUUAAUUAUUUUGUAUUCAAAAUUAUAACAAGACAUAUUAUCCAAAAACAUACCAUCCUUGUUUCCCCCCCCUCCAUUUUUCCUCCCUCCCCCCUCCCACACAAAACCCAUCCACACCCACACCCACCCCCGACCUCCCUCAGUUCCAGUCUUUGGUUUCUUUAAGAAUGCUGUUUUCUGCAUGUUACAAAGUUGUAUAGAUCCUCAAACUAUUUAGCUGAUUAUUAUCAAUAAAAAGUUUGUGGAUGUUUAUUCAAUAUUAAUUUAAAUUACACACAUAUACAAAGAAUUGACAAUCUCAUACUACAAAAAGAAAAUUAAAGAAAAAACAAUUAAGAAAAAAUAGGAAAAUACAGAAAAAACAAAGAAGAAAAAAACAGAUUUAUGUGCAUAAAAAAACUUAAUCUUCCUAAUUAAUACUUAAAUAAACACUUAAAUAAAAAAGACUUCUGACAAAACAAGUCUUCCAAUCAUUCUCAUUGUACUGUUUAUACUGUCGUUGUUUUUUCCGCACAGUUUUAUAUUCUUUAAUAUUGUUCCCAUCUACUCCACAAACAGAUUUGUGUGUUUACAAGUAUCACUCAAGUUCUGCUAAUAUGGUGUGGUUGGUAGAAUAUGAUUUUAUAUAAUCCUUAAAUAUUCUCCAUUCUCCAAAUAGUUUCUGGUUCAAUACUCCUCUAACUCUUUCCGUCAGUUUUGCUAGUUGUAAAUAUUCUAACAUGAGUAUCUGCCAAUCUGAGAUUGUCGGUUUUGUUUCGUUUUUCCACUUCCUUGCCACAAGAAUUCUUGCUGCUGUGGUGGCAUACAUGAACAGUGGUCUUAUGUCUUUUUAAAUUUCUAAUGGUAAAAUGCCUACUGUUUUGAAAAGUUGAAAUUGGAGAGAUUUGCUUCCAAAUGUGAAAUGAAUCAAAUUUCUCCUCACGUUCCUAAUUGUGGCAAGUGCCACCUGCCUAAAGGCUUAUUUCUGUACACACAAUCAUACACAUCCGCCGUACCUGGAUGUUUGUAAGCAAAUUAUUAGAGAGGUGUGUCUCCCCAUAGGAACCGGCCCAGACCCUGCGAUCAUCAUCUGAGGCCCUUCUUUGUGUGGCUCCUCCAAAAGAGGUCAGCGGGGUGGCAACACGAAAACAGGGCCUUUUCUGUAGUGGCUCCCAUUUGUGGAAUGCUCUCCUCAGGCGCCAGUCCUCUUCAACCCGGCCUUUGGCCUGCAUCCUAGAUCCUUUUCAGUGUGUUUGUGGGAGGAGGUGGGGUGAGCGAGGUUAUUGGUGUGUUUUGUUCUUGAUUUUUUUAUGUAUUUUGUGUUAUCUUCAUUUUAUGCUGUGAACCACCCUAAGAUCUACAGAUGGUGGUAUACAAAUUGAAUAAUAAUAAAAUAAAUAAAUAAAUAAAUAAAUAAAUAAAUAAAUAAAUAAUAUUAAGGCUUCCUUUUCAAGAUGAAAUGAAGCCUAAACACAUCACCCUCCACCUCCCUCUGCCCAGAAGCCGCUAAACAUGGAACACUAAAAUGAUAAAUAUUUUGGGGGUGGGCAUGUGUUUCAGAGCUUUUCAAUUUUUUAGUUUUUUUUAAAGUUUUUAUUUAUACUUUCCAAGUUUGUACAUUUGAUUAAUUUGAUUAAUUUUACAAUCAAUUGAACAUUUCAAAAUUUGACUUCCUUCCCCCUCUUUCUGCGGUUCCUUAAUUUUUUUAAAAAAAAUAUCUUCUGCAUAUCCAAAUUCCUUUCACUUACUCAUUUCAUUACCUGUUCCGCAGAUAUACCCUUGCGAAACUGCAGGUUAUUACAAUAAUCCUGCUAGUGUUUUUAUCUGUUUACAAUUUAUCUGUAAAUAUUUGAUAAACCAUUUCCAUUCUAAAGUUUGUUAUCUUGAUUUCCUUUUCUUCAGGUAAGUUUCGCCAUUUCUGCAUAUUCCAUGAGGGUUUUUUUUUUGGCAAAAAUCCAGCCUGGUCAUAAUGAAUUGCCUCUUUUAAUACCAAUUUCAACCUAUUUGCUAAUAUAUUUGCAAAAAGGUUAUAAUCAUCAUUCAACAGAGAUAUGGGUCGAAAAUUUUAUAGCUGCUCAGGCUGUCUUGUUUUGGAAUCAGAGUUAUAUAAGCAUUCUUCCAGUGUUUCUGAGCUUUUCAAACCCUGCUGCCUUAAACUCACUCCUUCCUCUUCCCCCCAGACUGCAGGACCCGGGGCCAGUUUAGGGCCCUCUCCCAACAGUUCCGAAGCAAAAGAUCUUCCGGCUUCAGCUACCCAGAAGAAAACCCUUCCAAAGCCAAGCCUGGAGAUCUAAGGUGAGCUGCAGACUGGUCACUUUUUCUUCACAAAUCAUUUUUAUUUUAUUUUGUGGGAAUGUUCAGGGAUGCAGCAGAGGGUUAGCAGAGUAACAUUCCCCCUUUUAAACUCAGCGGAUGCGUUUGCUCAGGCUCGCUAAAGUCUCUAUAAUAACUGUUCUGGUAUUUUCCCUUUAUUCCCUCAUAAAAGUUAAGACACGACACAGUCUUCUAUAAAAGUAUAAAAAGAGUUUAAUCACAUUCUGUUCACAAUUGGAUCCCAGAAGGCAGACUUAGCUUAGAAAAGUAACAUACACCUGGAAACUAUCUGGACCGUCUAGAGGGGCUGGGAGCUGGGGGCACUGUCAUACAGUGGUUCCGCUCCUUCCUCCUGGGCCGUGUCCAGAAAGUGGUGGUGGGGGAUGAGUGUUCAGACCCCUGGGCUCUCACUUGUGGGGUGCCUCAGGGUUCUGUCCUCUCCCCCAUGCUUUUUAAUAUCUAUAUGAAGCCGCCGGGAGAGAUCAUCAGGGGGUUUGGACUGGGUGUUCAUCAGUAUGCAGAUGACACCCAGCUCUACCUCUCCUUUAAAUCAGAACCAGUGAAGGCGGUGAAGGUCCUGUGUGAGUGCCUGGAGGCGGUUGGAGGAUAGAUGGCGGCUAACAGAUUGAGGUUGAAUCCUGACAAGACAAAAGUACUGUUUUGGGGGGACAGAGAGCGGGUGGGUGUGAGGGAUUCCCUGGUCUUGAAUGGGGUAACUGUGCCCCUGAAGGACCAGGUGUGCAGCCUGGGAGUCAUUUUGGACUCACAGCUGUCCAUGGAGGCGCAGGUUAACUCUGUGUCCACGGCAGCUGUCUACCAGCUCCAUCUGGUACGCAGGCUAAGACCCUACCUGCCCGCGAACUGUCUCCCCAGAGUGGUGCAUGCUCUAGUUAUCUCCCGCUUGGACUACUGCAGCGCGCUCUACAUGGGGCUACCUUUGAAGGUGACCCGGAAACUGCAAUUAAUCCAGAAUGCAGCAGCUAGACUGGUGACUGGGGGCAGCCCCCGAGACCACAUAACACCGGUCUUGAAAGACCUACAUUGGCUCCCAGUAGUUUCCGAGCACAAUUCAGAGUGUCGGUGUUGACCUUUAAAGCCCUAAACAGCCUUGGUCCAGUGGGAGUGGCCGCCGGGACCACAUAACACCGGUUCUGAGAGAUCUGCAUUGGCUCCCAGUACGUUUUCCAGUCAGUUUUGCCAUUUCAGCGUAGUCUAACAGCUUAGUUUGCCAUUCCUCUCUGGUAGGGGACUCUUUCUUCUUUCCAUCUCUGGGCUAAUAGCAUCCAUGCUGCUGCUGUUGCAUAUAUAGAGCCUUUUCUGUUCCUUUGGAAUGUCAGUACUUAUAAUUUCUAAUAGAAAGGCUUCUGGUUGUUGUUUUUACAAAAGUUAUUUUAAACAUUUUUUUCAAUUCAUUAUAUAUCAUUUCCCAGAAAGCUUUUAUUACCAUACAUGACCACCACAUAUGAUAAAGGUACCUUCUUUUUCUUUACAUUUCCAGCAGGUAUUUGUACUUGUUUUAUAUAUUUUUACUAGUUUAAGGUAAAGGUAAAGGGACCCCUGACCAUUAGGUCCUGUCGCGGACAACUCUGGGGUUGCGGCGCUCAUCUCACUUUACUGGUCAAGGGCGCCUGCGUACAGCUUCCGGGUCAUGUGGCCAGCAUGACUAAGCCGCUUCUGGUGAACCAGAGCAACGCACGGAAACACCAUUUACCUUCCUGCCAGAGGGGUACCUAUUUAUCUAAUUGCACUUUGAUGUGGUUUCAAACUGCUAGGUUGGCAGGAGCAGGGACUGAGCAACAGGAGCUCACCCCGUUGCGGGGAUUCAAACCGCCGACCUUCUGAUUGGCAAGCCCUAGGCUCAGUGGUUUAGACUACAGCGCCACCCAUGUCCCUUUUUUUUUUUUUUUGCUAGUUUACUAGGAGUUAAAUACCAGCAGUACAACUUUUCUUUCAGCGUACAGCACACUAUAAUAAUAAUAAUAAUAAUAAUAAUAAUAAUAAUAAUAAUAAUAAAAAAAUUAUUUUUACCCCACCCAUCUGGCUGGGUUUCCCCAGCCACUCUGGGCAGCUUCCAACAAAACACUAAAAUACAAUAAACUAUUAAACAUUAAAAGCUUCCCUAAACAGGGCUGCCUUCAGAUGUCUUCUAAAAGUCUGGUAGUUGUUUUUCUCUUUGACAUCUGGUGGGAGGGCGUUCCACAGGGCGGGUGCCACUACUGAGAAGGCCCUCUGCCUGGUUCCCUGUAACUUGGCUUCUCGCAGCGAGGGAACCGCCAGAAGGCCCUCGGAGCUGGACCUCACUGUCUGGGCAGAAUGAUGGGGGUGGAGACGCUCCUCCGCCAUGAAUUUCAAAUCUGUUUUCCAUAACCUUUCCCAAUCUGAAAUCUGAAUAUUAUGCCCCAAAUCCCUUUUUCUUGCUGCUGCCUAAAAUGCCCAAAGUUGCACCCGCUCUGAUAAUUCUGUGCCAGGUUGCUUGGAAAGCAUUUUCAAAGCAGGCAGGUGUUCAAGGUUUUGAACUUUUGGACCUUGUAUGUUGGACCCAACCAACACCUUAUCGUGCUUCCUGGGACAAUGGGCAGCGGGUUGGGGAACAGGGCAAGGAAAGAGAAGACGGUUGAGGUUCAAAAUUUGAAGAAGGCCGAUUGCACAUCCUACCCAACCUCAGCAUCCCUUUGCCUUGCUCAUAGCAGGAGAGAGCAGUCACCUGGACACACCCCUUAAAUGAAGCCACACCUCUUUUUUCUAUCUUUUCUUGCAGGCCGGAGGAACCUUCUCAGAACCCCCCUUCAGAGGAGGACCUCGAGGCAUUAGUAAACGAACUGGAAAAAACCAUCUCCUCUCUUCAGAGAAAGGUAGACUUUGGCUGUGUACCCACCAAACAUUUAAAGUGCAUUCUUUUCUUUGAGCGUAUGGGGUAUUAGGGAAGGGGUGGUACCUGUUAUGUACUGAGUUGAAUAGGAUCCAAAAGGCAGCAGUCUGAUAGGUCCUAGAACAAUAGGAUUCAGAAUGCAGCAGUCUGAUUGGUCCUAGAACAAUAGGAUAGGAUUCAGAAUGCAGCAGUCUGAUUGGUCCACAGGAGCCACCCAAUCCAGCUCCAGGUGGAAGUGAAUCCGCAACCUGAUUGGCCUACAGGAGAAUCCCAGAAUUAGCCAACAUUAUUUACAUAAUACCUUUUUAGGGAAGAUAGCAGUGGUUAAAAUGAAUGUUUUGCCGAGGAUGUUGUUCUUAUUUCAAACUCUUCCAGUUAUUAAAGGUCUAAAACAAUGUAAAGAAUGGCAGAGAACCCUGAUGAAAUUCAUCUGGCAGGAAAAGACCAAGGAUUAAAAAAUGCAUACUAAUUGAUAAAAAGGAAAAGAGGAGGUUUGCCCUUCCAGAUUUGAGCCUAUAUUAUGAAGCAGCGUGCCUACUUUGGCUAAGAUUGGAUAAAAUUGGAGAACAGAGACCUGGAUUUAGAAGGUUUUCAAUAACCGGUAUGGGUGGCACGCAUAUCUCUGGUGAAGGUGAAAGUCCACAGGGGCUUUCUUAAACCACUGUUUUCAGGGGACCAAUAUAUCAGGUCUGGGGAAAGAAAUAAGAACCUUCUCGAAGAAAACACCAGUGGAUUUCACAGUAGAGGUCUUAACAAUAAAAAAAUAACAUGGAAGGAAGACAGCCACCCUACAGUUUGCUAAGAAAAUCAGAACAGGGCUUAAACUUAAACCGUAUGAAAUAAGGAUCAAUUCACCGGUUGGCUACAAUAUCAUCAGAUUGAAUGAUAUGCUAAAACAAGAUAAAAUGAGCUUUGAGGACAAGAAAUCAAAUUCAAUAUAGAAAUAAUAGAAGGCAAAAAACAAAACAUUCACAUUAAUAUAUGACCAUAUUACUGGAAUGGCACCUAAAGGCUUGAGAGGAAGUCAAAGAGGCAAUAGUUAAAUGGGCAAUUGACUUCAGUUUAUAACAUCAGAAGUUUGAAAGUGGUUGAAAUUGUGGAAUAGAGACAUUAAAUUUACGGCCUGUACGAGGUUUGAGGAAAAUGUUUGGAAAAUGCUCUAUAGAUGGUAUCUUCUGCAUUAAAAUUGGCUAAAAUCUAUAGAUCAGAAAAUAAGACAUGCUGGAAAUGUGAUGAGUGGAGGACCUCUACCAUAUGUGGUGGCAAUGCAGCAAGGUGAAGGUUUUUGGAAGCAAUUUAUAAUGACAAAAGUUUUAAAUACACUUUUCCCCCAGAGACCUGGGAGGCCUUUAUAGAAUAAUGGGUAAGAAAUAAAAAAUGAAGAUAAAAAAAAUGUUUCUCUAUGCCACCACAGCGCAAGAAUUAUGCUGGCACAAAAACUGGAAAAUAAAACUGCUAAUAUAAGUGACUGGCAGGUCAAAAUGAUUAACUAUGCCGAGCUAGAUAGAUUAACAGGCAGAAUACGAGACCAAGACGACCAGAAAUUUCAAAAAAAUUGGAGUAAGUUUUGGAAAUAUAUUGGAACGGAUAUAUAGGAGGAACUGGCGGUAAUAGAAAAACUUUAUCAGCUAAUAACUAUAAACUUUAAUAAACUAAUUACGCAACCCGGGAUUUAUUUGAUACUUACCAAAAGGGUGAAGGGAAGUCAAAGGCUAAGGAGAGCCUAACGGUUAUAUUAUUAUUUUUUGUAUGAACGUAUGCUUUCUUUUUGUAUAGUAUGAAAAUAGGAUGAAUAAUUUAUGUUAAAAUGUUUAUUUUUGUAUUUGUUAGUUCUUUUUUCUUUUCUUUAUACAAAUUCUGAAUAAAAAUUUACUUGCAAAAAAAAAAAACAAAACAUUAUUUAGACCCCAUGUGAUUGGCUAAUUCCGGGAUUCACCUGAAGGCCAAUCAGGUUGCGGAUUCACUUCCACCUGGAGCUGGAUUGGGUGGCUCCUGUGGACCAAUCAGACUGCUGCAUUCUGGACCCUAUUGUUCUAGGACCAAUCAGACUGCUGCAUUCUGAAUCCUAUUGUUCUAGGACCAAUCAGACUGCUGCAUUCUGAAUCCUAUUCAACUCAGUACAUAACAGUAGGAGAAGGCAAAUUCUGGUCCUAAACCUCCGCUGCCUGGUGGGAGAUCUUUGGGUGGAGAAAAGGCUGAGGAGUAAACCCUACACAAAUCCCUAAGGCAGUUGGAUGAUGCCUUGUAUGCCUCCUUCAGCAACUCCUGCAGCCAAGCUGGCGCCAAACGUAGACCAAGAAUCUCUGGAGGGCCACAGAUUGCACCCCUGUCUUUGAAUGCAGUUGCUGAUCCGUUAAUGAACUCUCUUGUUUCCUCCGCUGUCAGGUUAACGGCUUGGAAAGUCAACUGAGACAGCAUCAAAGAAGCACCACAGCCAGAUAUGGCUGGCAGCAGAAGAGUGGAGCCGCCUUGAGGAAAAGAUGA